UUCCGUGGUGCUCGGGCGUUGCUGCUGAGACGCCGAGGCUUCGGAGCUCAGCUGCUUCUUCCCAGGGCGGGUUGCCUUCUCCUGGGCGGGAGAGCGCGUCCCUCGCUUGCUUUCUCCUGGCUGUUGCUCCAAGAAAAAGAGGGGAAAAUGCGCCUGAAAGGCAAAGUAACGGCCACCCCUCCACGCCUCGUGCAGCAGGGCCGAUUCUGCCGGGAUCAGAAUGCGGCCAGGAUCUCAUCCGCUCAGGUAUUUGCGGAUUAGAACAGCCCCUUUUGUAGGUCGGGGACCCCCCCCAAAAUUUCUGCCUGGGACAGAAGGGGCUCCAUGCUGACGAUUUCCUUUGCUUUUGGAGAUAACCUUAGCAUAAGUAUCUUACUCAAAAGUAAGUCCCGUUUGAAUUCAGUGGAGGUUACUCCCUAGGUGGAUAUAAAUUUAUUUCAGGUUUAUAACUAACCGUGAAUUGAAUUUAGUGAGGCUUGCUUCAAGGAAAGUAAGCGUAGGAUUACAAUAUUAAAGUGAGAGCAUGUUUACUCGCAGGUAAACUCCACUGCACGUUGUGGCUUAGACCACUGGAAGUGUGUUUGGGAUUCUGGCCUGAGUAAAUCAGUGUUUCCCAGGUCCUGAGGGAAGUUCAGACAACUCUCUGAAAUAUUCAGUGUAAAGUUUACUUCAAGAUCAAAUAUGAAAACAAUUCAAUCCAAGUGUUAUUUAAUAACUGUGAGACGUUUCCUAGUUAGCCCCGUUCCCCCUUUUAAAAUAAAGGCAUUGCUGUUGCACAACAUAAAGCAUUUGAAAUCUCCACAUUUGCUGCUUGGGGUAUAGAUUAUAGUUCUGUGGUCUCCAUUCCUCCCUUGCUCUUCAGUUUAGCAAUGGUUUUUGUUUUGUUGAAGUUUCUGUCAAUGCUGGGUGGAUAAUGAAAAUCUCAGUGUAGUGUGGUGCCUAAGAAUUUGAGCAGGUUAGAAUCUCGCAUCUUCAGGGGCCUUUGCAAAUGGAAAUGCUGUCUCCACCUCCCAUCUGCAAGAUCUGCAUUACAGGAUCCUUAAAAUGCUCACUAAAUUAAUAUAUGUCACAUGUUUUCAAGUAUAUGCAAUUUAGAUGGUAAUAUCAGGGACUGCUGUUUAUGGACAAUUUCUCAGUGCCUUUAAAAGCUGCAUACCGGAAAUCAACUGCUGGAGCUGCUCCUUGUUACAGUGAUGGGGAUAACUUCACCUGCUGAAGGCAUACAACUUCUGUCUAUGAAAGAGCAACAAACCUAUCAAAACGCAAUUGACAGUUUCCCAAGAAUAUAUAUUUAUUUGGAAGCUGCUACUUAUUCACCCCCCCCCUUUUACAAAAGGCGCAGGAAAACGUUACAGAUAACACAUCUAAAGGAAGGAUAAUUUGCAAGUCAAUUGUAUAAAAAAGGGCAGCUGCAUACACGCUCUAUAAACAUUUGCAAAAUAUUUUUUUCUACUUUUACAAAAUAUGUUCCCAUACAAAGUGUUUUUCCUUUUGCAAAUAGCAGUUUAAUGGAAGCUUACAAUUUUCUAGUUACCCCUAAUUGCCGAUUAAAAGUAGUAGUGAGGGUAGUGCUUUCAUUAGAAGUAGAUGAGCGUUUCCACUGCAAACCUGAACCCACGCUUAUGUUAUUGGAUAUAUCUGUGCAGUAUGUGCAUCAGCUGAGGAAUGAAACCUUAACAUUUUGUUGAUAAUACCUAAGCACAUAAGAACUGUCCUACUGGAUUAGAUCAGUCUGUCUAUUGCAGCAUUCAUUUUUGGACUGUAGUAAGACAAAUUACCCUAGAUAGCAACCAACCAAAGAAUUUAUUUUAUUAGCCAAAGGCAAUAACAAUUUCAUUACAAUUUGCCAAACUACAAACCAUAACAUACAGCAUACAUCAAUUAUGUAAUAGAAGGCAUCAAGGAUUUAAGGAAAGGGAGUCAAGAGUUCAUUAGUGUAAUGUGCUAGCUCAUACCUAUCUUACUUUCCGUUAGACCUCCAAAUCUCCAAUACAGCUUACUGCAAUAUUGUCUGUCUCUCCCUUUCUUAUAUUUCUUGCAGUCACUUUAUUUGUCACAAAUCGUAAGUGUCACUCAAAAGAAAGUGAACCAUUUCUGACAUAGUAAACCUGCUUCCAGGAAUUAGCAAAAGUUUCAGGAAUCGAUCUCUUCGAUCCCUAUACAAAGGGCAGAUUAACAUAUAAUGUAUUGAUGUCUGUGGUUGACCACAUAUGCUGAGUCUGUCAUAUGGAACCCUAUGAUAGCGGCUAUCCAAGACCGCUAUGGGCAUCACCUUGAAUCUUAGCUCUAUAAAGGCGUUUCUUAAGGCACCAGGAAUGAGUUGGGCCAAAUAAUAUGCUCUGAAAUGCUGUUUUCAGAAAUGAGAGCCAUGGUAAGAAUCUGGAUUUCCUAAUUAAAUGAAAAUCCCUUCUGGGUUCUGUCCAGAAGAUCCAAUCCCAAAGUUGUCUCUUAUGAUGGGAUUUGGACUUAAAAGAACGUUGAGAUGGCCUCAGGUUCCUCACCUUAAUAUUUUAAUUUGGGAAAUGUUAUAAACCGUAUAUAUAUAUGGAACGUACUUAUAAUGAAAAUUUAAUAAAACAGGAAAAUAUUUUUCAAUACCACACAGAUAAAAUCCGCAGAAUUUAAAAGUAAGUAUACUUAACUAAAUUAUAUGUCCCAGGCUACUUGAUAACUUAAAGUUUUUAGCUGGCAUCUGAAGCAUGAUAAUAAGGUGCCUGCUAAAUGUUAAUAGGCAGGGAGUUAGCGCCAAAGCAGGGCAUGUUGGCAGUGACCAUUCCCUAUAUCCUCAGGAUCAGGUACUGAGAACUAUACUGCCUCCGAACGUAACGUUCCAUUUAGUUCUCAUAAUUUAAAGCUGUUGCUAGAUUUCAGUCAGUGUUAUUAGGUGAUCGUAGCUCUGGUAUUACAAUAAGUGAUGAAUAAUUUCACUUUCUCCAUGCUAUUCACCAUUAAUUUUUCUAUAAAAUUGGCACGUUUAAAUUUCUCUUCAAAUCUUUUAACCCAUAACACUUUUGAGAAUAUCUGUAGUCUUAAGGGGCUCAAACCACAGAUACCUGUUCCACUCUCAGCCUCCCCAAUUGAAGCAGAAAGGCUUUUCACAAUAUGAAACACUUAUAGCAUAGGGUUUCAGAUCUUGGAGAAGCUACCAAGUGUGUUUAGCUGAACCUGUUUAGAAGCUCAACAUAGGAAGGUAGAGCAUGGAGCAGGCAUGUCUGCCAUGUGCAGGGACAGUGGGAGCAGUGGCAGAGUGUACAUCUCCUUCCUCAGUUUGAGCCCUUCCACAUUCAUUUUGAAUGUCUGCGGAGGGAGAAUGAGAUUGGAUAAAAACAUAGAAGCUGACUUCUUAUCUGAAACUUGCUUGUUUUAUACAGUAGACUAGAUUUUGUUCCCCAGUGUGCCUUGGAAAGUAGACAGAACUGAGUCCAUAGAGGACUCAGAAAAACAUAUCCAUGGACACCCCCAAGUUUGUUUCUCAUAUUUGCUAUAAUAAAUGUUGAUGAUGAUGUUUGUAAAACAUUCUGAUUUUGUAAUAAAAAUUAAAGCGGACAGAGAAUUGGAGCUCUCUUUUUUCUUUGUAGUUGAUUUCCUUUAAAAAAAAUGCAGAGGUCAGAUUGAGUGCAUUCACUGAAUCUCUGACUUAUUUGGACAUUCAGGGACUAAAGUUGACAUGAGUUGAAAGUGGAUCAUCAAUCAGUUCCUCACAAGAUCAGUUCCUCACUUUGUCAUACAUUUCAGCAAAGUUAGUGUUUCCAUUGCUGCUCCAUCCGGUCUCUUCUGCAAUGCUUUUAAGAGCAUUUGUGUGUCUGAAAGUAAUCCCCAGGACUGGAGUUUCUAGAAGUUCUUUUGCAGGGUGUUUAAAGUCAUGCAUGCCCACUUCUACUCUAACAUGUGGCAUGGCUACAUUUCUAAGUUUUUCCACAUUUUUCUCAUAAUAUGAGGUAUGUGACUUUCUCAUAUGUUACAGGAUAUAAGUGCAUACAGAGCAAGUGUUAAUUAAUACCUUGCUUGUACAGUACUAUAAAAUGUGAAGCCAGUGACCCAAGAACGUUAGAGAGGAAGUGUGGCUGAAACACCCUUGUGUAUGUAGACAGGUGCUAAUUCAUGAUAACCCUGGGAUUGCAACCUCUGCAGCCAGAUAAAGUAAGGAUGGAAUGCCUCAGAAUAACAACCCUGAAAAAAAGCUUUAACUUCCCUUUCUGCUCAGAGGCAAGCUAUUAGUCUUGUGGAUUACUUACUUUCACCACAGUGCUAUGCAAAAUAUUUUGCAGUUUUCUUCUAAAAGGUGAAACGGAGCUAUUGGGUUUAUAUGGGUAUCAUGUAUUUAAAAAUUGAGUUAAAUGCUAUUGAAUUAUUUCUGUUUUUUCUACAGGCUUCUCUUAUGAAAGUAAAUACAUUUAUAAGUACAGUGGUACCUCGGGUUACAUAAGCUUCAGGUUACAGACUCCGCUAACCCAGAAAUAGUACCUUGGGUUAAGAACUUUGCUUCAGGAUGAGAACAGUAAUCGUGCUCCGGCGGGGCAGCGGGAGGCCCCAUUAGCUAAAGUGGUGCUUCAGGUUAAGAACGGACCUCUGGAACUUAUUAAGUACUUAACCUGAGGUACCACUGUAUGGUUGAGUAGAAAUAAAUGAAUGCUAUUCUUUGAAAUACUUGAAUGGAAGUAUAGUAGAACCUCUACUUACGACCGCCUCUACUUGGGCCCGAUCCAAGUUGUGACCGCGGUGAACCCGGAAGUAAAUUGCGGGUUAGCUGCAAUUCGCGCAGAAGCGGUUUCUGUUUGCGCACAUGCAGAAGCGGCUGCCACCGUCUGCGCAUGUGCAGAAGUGCACUGCUGCUGAAUGCACCUGCGCACAGCAGUGCUUCUACCAGCGACCUGGAUCGACUUAUGGACGGACCUCCGGAACUGAUUACGUCUGUAAGUAGAGGUUCUACUGUAAAUGGAUUGUGCCCAGCUGUCGUUUUGCUGGUGGAAGCCUUCUGUCAGUGGAAAGUGGAGGGAGGUAAUUCCCCAGCCCCCCCCCCAUGUCUCCCCUAAAUCGUCCCUGAAUGGUCCCUGGGGAGACACCAUUGAAUUUAGUCCAAUUUAUUUAUUUGACCAAAAUUAAACUGAGGCUUAGUUUGCAUGUUAAAUCAAACGAUAGCUUAGCAGUGGGUGUGCAGGAGAGCAGAUUGUGGCCGCUUUGUUCUUCCCUAGUCGUUUUUUUCAUGCACUUAUUUCAUAAGCUUUUAUUAGAUUCCAGACAUCAUGGACACAGCAUCACAGUCCUGGAAGGGACACAUGGAUGUUAUCCAGACUGACCCCUCAAUCUUAUAACACUCAAGGGAAUGCAAUUUGUCAUACAAUACAAUAGAAUAUAAGAAAUAAAAGAAGCAAUAAAAUGCAAUUAAGAAUCAUACAGUAUCUAGUACAGUGCAUCACAAUUGCAAUAGCAGCAAUUCCCCCCCCCCCCAAAUUAAGUGGUCCACCAAAGGCCAGCGUUUAUGGGGUGGGGGUGGUGAAUUGGGAACGGUUAUAAUGACAGACCUCCAGCCAUCAGGCAAUUUUGAAAUCCUUCCACAUUUUAGGCCAACAUUUUAAAUUUUCACUGUUGUUUUGAAAUGUCCUUUAAAAUACAAUAUAGUUUAUGGAUAAGGUAGUAGUAGUACCGUAUAGGCCCCAAAAUAAGCCACAUUUCCCCCCCCACACACACACAUUCCGAUUGAAAAGUUAAAGUGCAGCUUAUACUCACGACCUUACAGUAUACAGCCAGGAGCGUGGGGCAAACAGUGGCAGGAGUGUGACAAAGCGGCGCCCAGCCCAUGCCAAGUCCGUCAUCCCCUCCCCCAAGGCUGGGAAGGAGGAGAGAGCGAGGAAGGGGAAAGGCCACCAGCAACACAGCACGGCUCCCCCCCCCCCAAGUAUGCAGCGAUGAAGAGAGUGGCCUAUAUUCUGGUAUUUUUUCUCUCUCCCCCCCCCCUCCAAUUUUAAAGGUGAGUCUUAUAUUCUGGUGCGGCUUAUAUUCGGGCCAAUACGGUAGUAUACCACCCUACACCUGUAGAUCUCAGGGUGGUUUACAAAAUAAAACAUAUGUUUAAAAAUAUGGCCUAAAAGUAAUCUUUGUAUGGCUUUUAGUGGUUUGUGCCUCUGUUACUUCUCUUAAAAAGUCAGGAGAUUUAUUGUGGUACCAUAAUCCAGAGUUUGAGUUAGCCACACUUUGCAGUUGCCUCCUGUCCAUGUGUGCAUUUAUCACAUACAGUAUUUGAGAUUGGUUGUUUUCAUGGGACUUUGCAUCAAACAUGCUUUUUUCCAGCUUUGAAAGUUUUCCAGAAAAUACUGGAACUGGAAAGUUUUCAUUUUCUCUAAUUCAUUUAUAUUAAUUAUGGCCCACAUUUUGUCUCAAAGGAGACAUUCAUAAGCACUUACAUCAAAUAACAGUAAAAAAAACACCAUAAAAUGAUUGAAAACAGAGUUUAAAAAUGAAGAAGAGAGACAGCAAAUAAAGAUGCUAAUACACUUUUACAGUAAAUAGAUUGAGAUCUGAUUUAACGUGUAAUGAAGUUAAGCAGACAGUGCAACCCCAUGCAUGUCUAUUCAGAAGUAUGUCCCAUUGAGCACCAUGGAGCUUAUUCCUAUUGCAUGUGCACACUAUUGAAGCCUUAGCAAACAAAACUAAAAAAAAUGCCAUCUUUGUUUUUUAUGUGCUGUAUAAAUAUCUCAUUUUUCCCCAAUAGCCAGAAGUAGUUGAUCUGAAAUAUUAGACUAGGAAAAAUCAAUGAAGCACAUUUAAAAUGGUAUAAAAAAUGUAUUAUAAGAAAUUCAAAGCUUUACUUGGAAAUUAUUUUUAUUGGAUUACUUGUAAAUAUUUGAAGACAAGAUCAUUCAGUAGCAUAUAGAUCCCUUCCAUUAUUUAGAUGGUGGUAGGAAUAUAAAGGCACUGAAAACAUACAUACCAGUUUUUGCAUGCCUGAGGAGCUGUGCAACAAAUGUAUGUGUUUCCUAGAGAGAACGACUUAAAGCAAGUUUUUUACAACUUUGAUUUUAAGUUUUUUGAACAAGAUUGUUGUAUACAGUGGUACCUCCAGUUGCGGACGGGAUCCAUUACGGAGGUCGGGUCGGAUCCCGGGUUUCCGCAACCUGAGGACUGCUUCUGCGCAUGCGCAGCGAAACCCGGUAAAAUACUUCCAGGUUUGUCGCGCGUGCAUCCCAAAGUUUACGUAACCAGAGGGUUACAUAAACGGAGGUUCGACUGUAGUGAUAAUGUAAAUAAAAGGAUAACUGUUUUAAAAAAGGAGUUGCUGAGUACAGUGGUACCGUUUCGGAGCCCCGUUCGCAUUCCGAAGCGAACGUAACCAGUGUCUGCGCGUGCACGGAUCACGUUUCGGCGCUUCUGCGCAUGAGUGUGAUGUCAUUUUGACGGUCUGCACAUGCGCGCACGGCGAAACCCGGAAGUAACGCACUCUGUUACUUCCAGAUCGCCGCGGAGUGCAACCCGAAAAUGCCUAACCCGAAGCGUAUUCCUCCCAAGGUAUGACUGUAACUGGAAUGAAAUUAUGGUGAAUUCAUUUCUAAUUCCUGUUGUUAUACAGUGGUACCUCAGGUUAAGUACUUAAUUCGUUCCGGAGGUCCAUUCUUGACCUGAAACUGUUCUUAACCUGAAGCACCACUUUAGCUAAUGGGGCCUCCUGGUGCCGAUGCGCUGCCAGAACACGAUUUCUGUUCUCAUCCUGAAACAAAGUUCUUAACCUGAAGCACUAUUUCUGGGUUAGCGGAGUCUGUAACCUGAAGCGUAUUAAACCUGAGGUACCACUGUAUUUGCUAUUUUGCUAUUUUUGAAUUUUUCAGUGACAUGGAGUGGAUCCUUCUUCCAGUGCUUUAUUGUUUUGUGGAAAAUGGAUGCCAGUUGCUGAUAAAUAUGUGGCAGUUGCAAAGUUCAUGGAAUCAGAAUGGUAGAGUUGGAAGGGGUCUGAGGGUCAUCUAGUCCAACCUCCUGCGAUGCAGGAAUCUUCUGCCCAAUGUGGGGCUCAAACCCACGACCCUGAGAUUAAGAGCCUCAUAGCCCUACUGACUGAGCUUUUUUGCUUUGUUGACACAGGUAAAAUAAACAUUUUAAAUUAGAUCAUUACGUAAAUCAUAACAUUUUCCGUUUCAAAUUGUUCUUAAAAGUUCACGUCACUGUUUAGGAUUAUAAUUUAGUCAGUUGGGUUGUGUAAAUGAACAUUCCAAAUUUCCCUUCACUAGAGCUAAAAUCACUACAUGCUAUACGCAACUCUGUAAUUCAGGAUCAGACUAGAAUGGCUCACAUUUAGUAGGAUUUGUAGUAAUAUAUGUGAGUGUAAUUGAAAUGGGAUUUUCCUGGGAUUACUGAAUUAUUUUUAAAUUUUUCAUUGGUUUUUAGAACAGUGAGACCUAAUUUAAAAACAGCAACUAAAAGUUGGCCUCUGGGAUAAUGUUCCUCUAACAGCACUAAACGUCCUUCCUUCUUUUAUGCUGAUUUUUCUACCUUUAAUUCCCCUCCCACAUUGGCUCCAGUGGUGUGGGGGCAGGCAUUAUUUUUUAUGCCAACUCCAAGGUGUUGUAGAGGGAGGAACCUUAUCCUAGGGCUUCUGCAAUGAAUGAAGGGGCCUUGGGUCCAAGGGAUCCUAUCCCUUUUCUGGAAAGGCCUGUUUCAAAGCCUAACACUAGGAAGCCCCAGUGAAAGGAAAGCCAGCAGUAGAUCUGUUCUACAGACCUAUCUGUGAGUAGGUCUUGCUCUUUCGUACCUGAUAGACUCCUCUGCUAGCAAAGGUUUUCUGCCAGCAGCUGUGUUUCUUCCUAACCCCCUCCUGCCCGUGAAUCUGCCAGUUAGGAUUGCCUCUCCUAGAGUAUACAGUGGUACCUCAGGUUAAGUACUUAAUUCGUUCUGGAGGUCUGUACUUAACCUGAAACUUCUUAACCUGAAGCACCACUUUAGCUAAUGGGGCCUACUGCUGCUGCCGCGCUGCUGGAGCACAAUUUCUGUUCUCAUCCUGAAGCAAAGUUCUUAACCUGAAGCACAAUUUCUGGGUUAGCGGAGUCUGUAACCAGAAGCGUAUGCAACCUGAAGCGUAUGUAACCUGAGGUACCACUGUAUGUUUAUUUCCUAAAUGCUUGUCAUACUAUAAAUUGGCAGGAUUUAAAAAAUACUGCAUUUUUCACCCGGUGCAGUGUAGGAACAGGUAAUCUGGUGCAAUUGUUUUUGUUCCGAAACAACUCUAAAAACAAAGCACGGCUAGUUUAUUAGGGUAGUUUAAAGGUCCCUUAUUGUCCAGUGUCAGAAGAACAAUUAAGUUUUAUCUGAACAGAGCAGGGUGUCUCUAGACACAGGUAAACAAAGCACAUAGUGAUAUUAAGAGAGAGCGCUUGUUUCAUUGAAGAAUCCUUUAAAAACGUGAGGGGAAAUGCCGGGGGGGGGGGAGAACCAUAAAUCUGUUUCUGGAUUGGAAUAUGUUCCAUUGGAAGUUAGUAGCAUAUGGCAGUGUAGAUCUCUGUGCUGCUAGUUUUUCUACAGUUAAUGCCAAUUGUCUUUCAUUGCUAGAAUAUUCUAAGAAAUCUCUUGGUUUGAAAAUGAAAUGUUUAUACUCAGGGAGGGGAGGUGGUGAAAGGAAGGUCAGCUUAGGAAUUCCUUUUUUAGAGAGAUCUGCCAUGCCCACUAUCUUCUGCAUUUGAAGGGCUCUGGCAACAUUUUCAUUUCAUAAGGUUUUUAAUGAGUGACUUGUGAUUGCCUCUUUAUAAAUUUUUAAUGUUGAUAUAUGUGGUUGAUUUCUUUAUUAUUUUUACUCGAUACAGUUUUAAUCGUUUUAUUCCUGUUCCAUUGUUUUAAUUGUGUAAGCUGCCUUUGAAAAGAAUUAUUAUUCAAGGCGGAAUAAAAAUGACUUUAAUAAAUGGAGGAUAAAAGAAAAUCCCAGCUUGCUUGCUUGCUUCCUUCUGACCCAAAUGGUAUUGUUUCCACAUGGGUAAAGCUCAUCCUUCUCAGGGGUUUUGAAAAAGACUUCCCAUUUGAGUUUUAUGUCCUGUUAUUCGAGUGUGAGUCCCAGAUUUAGAGCAGAACCAGCUUGGAACUCCGAGGAACAGAAAUGCAGGGAAGUUGCAGAAUUUCUUCAAAGGCCUCUUUACUAUACAAUUAAAGCUUUAAUAGUGUUAUGUCACAAACUUUGGUUACUCAAGAGGUCCUCUGAGCCACUUUUUGUACCUAGAACAUUGCCUUAAAAAAUAUUUCUCUUCCAAAUGACUGCUCUGUAGUAGUAUCCGUUAAUUGUACAGUGGUACCUCUGGAUACGCACACCUCCGGUUGCGUAUCCUUCAGGAUGCAAACGUGGCAAACCCGGAAGUAUUUUUCCAGGUUUCACCACGCGCACAUGCACAGAAGUGCUCUACCGCCGCAUGUGCAGAAGCAGUCCCUCCGGUUGCAGAAACUUUGGGAUCCAACAGGAGCUCCGGAAUGGAUCCCUUUCUGGGGGAGAAAGAGCAAGGAGAUUGUGAGCCGCUUUGAGACUCCUUAAGGGGCGUGAAAGGCGGGAUAUCAAGUCCAAACUCCUCUUCUUCUUCCGCAACCGGAGGUACCACUGUACAGUCAUACUUCAGCUUACAGACGCUUCAGGUUGCGUGUUUUUGAGUUGCGCACUGCACCAAACCUGGAAGUACUGGAACAGGUUACUUCCGGGUUUCAGCACAGAAGCACUAAAUCGCGCUUUGCGCAUGCGCAGAAGUGCUGAAUCGCAACCCGCGCGUGCGCAGACGUGGCACUGCGAGUUGCGAACGUGCCUCCCGCACGGAUCACGUUCACAACCCGAGUGUCCACUGUACUAGGACUAUGUAGGACAUAAUUGUGGUUGCUGCAUAAUUUUGUCGUUUCAAAGUGGUUUUCAUAGUUUUCAGUACAUUUUUUAAAUAACUUAUGAUUAGCUUGGGAUCUUAACAGGAUUUCUAUUUCAUAAUGUGGUACAGGAUGGCAUUUGACACAUUCAUUCCUUGCCCGCGCCUUAGGUGUGUUCACGUACUUCCCUGCAUGUUUUGAAGCUGAGGAACUAUUUGAUGGGUCCGUAUAACAUCUGAAUUGGGUUUGAAAAAGGUGUGUAGUCGUAUUCUGAUCUGUAGUGUUGACUCCUUGCACAUGAAAGCUUUCUUCCUUCACUAAUAGAUUGAAAAUGAGAGUACUGCUCUUUUUGUUGGAGAUCUGUUUCAGUCACGUUGGUCUGGUGUGCAGUGCGGCAUAUGGUGGUAUGUCAGUUGUUUGAUAUUGAUUGGCUGCGUUUCGCUCUGGGGAUUUCGGCUUCUUAAAAAUGUGUCUUAUGUCUGCUCACCUCCACUUUCCCUUUGCUGUUUGGCUCCAUUAUAAAACAGUGCUCUUAACAAACAGGAUAAUAAAAAUCUAGAAAAUCUAGGAAACCAUGAAUAUUUUAUUCAAAACAGUAAUUAUGCUUUAAAGUUACACUUUAAAAUUAAUGUUCGGGAGAUUAACAGAGGGACCUAAUUGAACAGAAGAAAAUGUGUAUAUCAAUACUUCCUUGGAAAAGGGAUAUAUUUAUUUUCAAUGUAAAUAUGGGGAAAUAGUAAUAGCAGGCAGGAAGAAAUGCGAUGUUUAUGUGAAGAAAAAGAAAAUGAUUGGGAUCAUCAUUUAUUUCAUUGGGAAAUACUAAUUGUGUCAGGUGAGGGUAUGCCUCUCAAAGGAAACUGCACUACAUUUUGAUAACAUUAGGAAACAUAUUCUUCAACCACCACAGUAGAGUCUGGAAUUCUCUGUGUGGAAUCUAACUAAGUCACUAUGUGAGGGGAGUUAAAUUUGCACAGUGGAACUUUGCCUUCUCCCAGGUAUCCAUCCCUACCACCAAAUCUGCUUGGAGGAUUGAAGAGAAACCCAAAGCAGAUCUGGGUGAGUGUGGGGGCUCAGGGGCAGGAGGAGAGAGGGAGCAUCCUCUUGCACAAGUGAAAGUUGUUCUGCUUGGACAAUUAAUUGGAUGCAUCCCUUCAUAUACCUGGAUUUCAAUGUUCUGUACCUUCAUACUUAGCCUUUAAAAAUCGAAGUCACCUGAGUAGAUUUAUUAGGACAGUGGUACCUCAGGUUAAGUACUUAAUUCGUUCCGGAGGUCCGUUCUUAACCUGAAACUGUUCUUAGCCUGAAGCACCACUUUAGCUAAUGGGGCCUCCUGCUGCUGCCGCGCCACCGCAGCACGAUUUCGGUUCUCAUUCUGAAGCAAAGUUCUUAACCUGAAGAACUAUUUCUGAGUUAGCGGAGUCUGUAACCUGAAGCGUAUGUAACCCGAGGUACCACUGUAUUGAGAAAAGAGCAGUAGACCAGUUUAGAUUGCCACUGUGUUGCUGGUUUUCCAGAGGCAGAAAAUAGGAGAAAAUGGGGAUAGUUUUUAUAAUGGAGGUAACUUGAUUAGUGGUAAGGUUGCACAAUGAUCUAUAUUAGGACCAUUAUUAAUUUUGCUUGUUUUGUUUUAUUACAUACAACAGUAUUAAUGUUGGAGAAAUACAGAAACAAACAAUGACUUGCCUGUUUGACCUAUCUGAUUAAGAAUUAUUUAAUUAAUUUAUAAAUGCACUGUAGUCAGCGGUGAUCAUCAGUGUGGCCAAGUUUACAGAUGACACCAAAUGUUUCAGGAAAGUGAAAAGCCAAAUCAAUACGGCAAGGAGUUCCCCAUGGACCUCGAUAUUGGUGAAUCAGUGUAAGUGCAGAGAUGCACAUAUGGGCAAGAAGAAAAACAUAUAUACACUGACGUUGCCUACAUUGACAGUGACUAACCAGGAAAAAAAGAUGUUGACAUUAGUUAUGUGUUAAAUAAGUACUUAACCUGGUCAUUUCCCUUUGCUGUUUGGCUCUAUUAUAAAACAGUGCUCUUAACAAACAGGAUAAUAAAAAUACUAAUAAAUUUGCAUCGGUGCAUUCCAGACCUUUUAAAUAUGGUAUAGUCCAGACUACGAAAGGGGCUUUUGGGUUGUUGUUUUUAUUUUGAUUAUGUAUUUUGUGGUUUUAUAUUUUGAUUUUAUUCCGUGAACUGCCCUGAGACCUCCAGGUAUAGGGUGGUAUAUAAAUUCAAUAAAAAAUAGUCAUUUGGAGAAACAACAAACAUUCUGCGCCAGUUUUCUGCUGAAAUCACUCUCCACAUCACUGCUGUUUACCCACAAACAUUGGGGGGCUAUUUCAGCAGAAAACUAGAAUGGGCCCCUAAUCUAAAUUCAAGACCCUUAUCCAGAGCACCUCAAAGCGUUGUUCUGGGCAAUUUCAACAUGCAAUCCAUAGCCACCUGAAUUGUGCCUACUCAGGACAUCAUGGCUAACAGGACAACCAUGGAGCUCUCAACACAUCACUGCCCUGGCAUAUUGGCAGGUCAUACUCUGAACUGGUCUUUUCCAUGGUUACUCUGGUUAAUGAUCCAACUGAUGGAUUUGUAAUGCUUGCCAUGGGCAAACCAUAGAAAAUUGCAGAAUCUGAUGAAUUUCUAAAAGUUCAGGAACAGCCAUUUUUGGAUAGAAGUAGUCUGGCCACAAUAAUCCAUGCUCUUGAUAACCUCCAGACUAGGUUACUGAAUUGCACUCUGCAUGGGGCUGCCCUUGGAGACUGUUUAGAAGCUGCUGGUGCAGAAUGCUGCAGCAAGAGUGUUGUCUUAAAAGUCUUUGCUGUCUGCCUAUAUGCUACUGAGCUCACUUUAAGGUUCUAAUACUUACAUGACCCAGUUAGCUGAAGACCACCACUUCCUGUAUAUUCCUUUCUGGGAAUUACAAUCUGCUGGAGAUGCCCUGUUUGUUAAUUCACUGCUGAGUUGAGAUUUGCACCUCUGAACUUGUCAAACUACGAUCUCAGCAAUGGCUCUAGUCUUUAGGAGUGACCUCCCGCUUGAAAUUUGGCUGGUGCCAAAUUUGCUUAGUUUUCAGGGCUGGCUAAAACCUUAACUCUGUAGCCAAGUUUAAAAGUGAGACUUUUGUGUAUUAGGCUGCUGACUUUUGUAGUGAGGUGUUUUUAGAGCAGUUGGUUUUCAUAAUGUGUGAACGAGUGGUUUUUAUAUUUGCAUCAACAAAAAUUCUAAUGGUCUCAGUGAUCUAAUUUAGCAAUGCAUGUUUCACUUGUACUUAGUAAACAAAGUUAAAAAACGUGGAAACGAUGAAGCUUGCCCAAUAAUGUAUUUGCAGUUGGCCUCCAUUCAUUACUAAUGAACUGGAAGAUGUUCCUAAAUGUUAAACUAUGGUUAAUGCCUUCCAAACAGGGCCUGUUUUUCUUGAUGGCCAUUGACAAUAGUUUCCUCCUGGGAUGUUAUGGCUAACAGCAACUCCCUGUCUUCUUUCCUUGCUUGCACAAAAGAAGCAGCAAAGUGGAUGUAUGUGUGUGAGGCUCAUUCAUAUCGCAGCUUAUUAAGCCACAUUCUAAAAUUGGAAACCUCCUAGGCUACAUCUUAGGUAGGUGCCUGCUGAAUGGGGGUGGAAAUGGAAAUCUUCGUUAUAGCUGAGUAGGGAAGGGGAGUGUCUCUCCUUAAGGGGGUAUAGUUUAGAUGCAGUAAGCCACAUACUCCUGCAUCCCUGAAGUACCAAGAAGAGGCCCUGUAGACUUUUUUGCUCAGCAGUCCCCUAGUCCUGCAAUCAUUCAUUGGACUCAGAAGCUGUCUUCCUAUGAAUUGUCCAAGUGUAGAUUACAGCACACAGUUGAGUCUUCUAGUGCAUAUGGACUGGAUCAUUACAGCACUCUCUCGUAUUGAAUCUUACCUAGUCCUUUCCCCAAAAAUAAUGUUUUCUGUUAAGCUUUUGACAGAAUUCCUGAAAUCUCCAGCCCCUACUGAAACUUAAGGCUGCAUACACAUGACAUUCUAGAAUUAAUGGAGAUGGAAGUUCUUUUUUCUACGUAGUCCACAUGCUGUCUAGAUCCACUGCAUAUUUUUUGCCCUUGAAAAGCUCUUCUUGAAAAACUUGUUUCAUGCCCAAAUUAAAAUAUCAUUGAUUCUGCAUCACUGGGAUUGUAUCCACACUUACCUAGUGAUGUUGUGGGUGGGCAUAUACAAUGGUGGGUUUUCAAAUGGGUACCAAUGUGUAUCAAGUAACCACACCCACCCUUGUGGAAGGCAGGACUAAAUGUAGAUCAAAAACAGCAUGUUGAGGACAAUUCUUGAUUGAGAAAAAUCAUAGAAUCAUAGAGUUGGAAGAGACCACAACUGCCAUCGAGUCCAACCCCCUGCCAAGCAGGAAACACCAUCAGAGCACUCCUGACAUAUGGUGCUACAAAUGGGUUGCAUGUGUACACAGCCUAAGGUGAAGUAUAUGCAACUGAAUGAACAUACAUUAUUCUCAAUAUCUCUUCAUUCCAUCUGCUGUCUUUCUGAGCUCAUGUUUAGAUUUUAAGCUCCUCGGGACGGAGAGCAGUCCUUUUAAACUUUAUGGAGUACUACUACUGCUACUACUACAACUACUGCUACUAAGAAAUAUAGUAUUCCUGUAGUCUUCUGUAUCUUGUUUAUAUUCUCCAUGAAAUGUCAUACACAAAUCUGAAUUGUAGAUAGCUGAACGGGGCCUUGCAGUUGUUUAGAAAAGGUACUGUUUUGUUCCCAGUACCACAACCUAAAAUCAAGGGUGCUUUGUUUUAGCUGGAAAUCACACACUGAAGACACUGAGAUGAUUUUUUAAAAAAAUAUUUUAAUCAUCACUUUUAGCUUAUCCGUUCAGUCACAAGGACUAUAAACAUCAAGCAAGAACUUGCAAGUGGCAUAAAAGCUAGGAUGCUCAGCUUUUCUGUAGGCAUUGUAAAUUUUUCAUCCAAACAUUACACUAAACCUGCAAUUUACGUGGGGGUCAUGUUCCAGCGAUCGCAUCUAAAGCCAAAAUCGUGUGUAGUGAAAAUACAUUGGAUUCAAUGGUGGGUGGAUUGCCAAAGUCUGUUUUCCUGGAAGUCCACCCCCUUUCCGCUCCCUAUUUAUUUAUUUAUUUGCCAACCAUGUAAAGCUGAAUGCGCACAAGGUAAAAUGCACAUAAAUUGCAGGGUUACUGUAUUCCAAGCAACUAGACAAGUUAAAUGGGAUUGUUGUAGAAUUCCGCUAAACUGAGCAAAGGGAACAGUGCUGAAGUUUAAUGAACAUUUUACUAAACCCUUUCAAAAGUGGUAAUUGGGGCUUUUCAUUUAAGAUGCCUUGUUUUCUUAGGGGUGGGGGGGGGAACCCUGGUAAGUAAUUUUUGAAAUGGCUCAUUUAUCCCCCCCCCCCAAGCUGUGCAUGAUUCAUUGACAAAGCAGAUGAUACAAUCAUGCAAGCCACACCUUUGUCCCUUAUAAAUACUUGGCAUUUUAUUUGUAUAAGGAGCCACAGUUAGGAGCUGUUCAGUUGCAAUCUCAAGAUGUUCAUUUUGAAUCAUUCCACGCUUCCCACCUGGUGGCUAGAGAGUGAACUGUUACUUUAAAGAACAGUUUAAGUAACAACCAUGCUUUGGAGUAGCAGGCAAAAGAGAGCAGUACAUGUUACAGGAGUGAGUCUGCUCUGUAUGCGAAGAGGGAAAAUGCAGCUCACUGACUAGGUGUUUUAAUGUGUUAAAUCUAGGGAGAAAACAUUGUUGUGUGCAGGAAAUUUGACUUCCCCUGUGCUGAUAGAGGACUGGAUUUGCAAAGGAUUCUCUUUUCCGUUUCUCUAAAACCAAAAUCUGUGGCAAGAUGUUUGAAAUCACCAGGACGCUUAGUGCUGCUUUGUUAAAUAAUGAGGUAAUAUUUUGUCACAUCUUCUGGGCAGUGUUUGGUUUUUCUUCUUCUUCUCCAUAUGUUUAGAAAAGAUUCCAUCCUCAAAAGUGAGAGAUUUAAAAGGAAAAAAAAGAGGGGGGGAAUAGAAAUCCUUCGCUUUAUUUUUCUUUUUUCUUUUUUUAAGCAACACCUCCCAUCAAUCAUUUUGGAUAACAGGAUUCUCUUUUAUUUGUGGUUUUAAUCAGCUGCUGUUGCCUAGGACAUUAUGCCACGCAAGCCUUCUUAACUGCACAGUGUAGGUAGUUAUUAACGCUGAAUUGGCUUCUAGUAUAGUCCAUCUGGACUCUGUAUGAGAAAGCUUGCUGGCGGUUCCUGAUGCUAAGAUACCCGCAACCUUUGGGAUGUAUGCAUGGUGGAGAGGGACACAGUGCUAUGAGAUCACUUCUUUUAAGGGAAACUGUCAUUAAUGAGUCAAGAAACUGCUCAUUUAUGGUAAGGAAGAAGAGGGAGGGCAAAAGGACUCGUGUGGUUUCAUUUUGAAAAUGGAUUAGCUGCAUUUUGAGUCAAGUUUUUGGGGGGAGGGGGAGAUAAAGGGGGUUUCAUGAAAAUAGCAUCUCCACUUGGAGGCUUCUCUCGGUUUAUGGUUGAGAGACUUUAUUGAAAAUUUUGAUGCUUUACAAAUUGUGUCACUGCUGGUGAUGCACUGGUCAGCCGCCCCCCCCCCCCCGAAAGAUGAAUGGUCCUAUUGGAAAUCUGAUAAUAAGACUGUUCCCCAGCCCCAACAAUAGGAUUCUGCCUUUGUCUUUAGAGAGAGGCCUCUGUGGACAUUGGUGUAUUUGCCUUGUGGUUUUUUCCCCCACUUGCUUUAUUAUUUAUUUAUUUCAAUUCUCUUAAAUAUUUUUCUUAUGUGGUUCUCAGUGUUGGUGCACAUUGUACAAAAUGCAUGGAUUUUUAGGUUGGCAAGACAGCCAAUUUAUGCUUGUAUCUGCAAUUGUAUUUUAAGACAAAGAGCUGAAUAAUGAUUCUGGACAUUUAAAAAACGGUGGCUAAUGAAGUGCGUUGAGACGGAGAAAAGGAUGGAGAAAGGAUCUCUUUACUCUGUUUAAUUUUUUUUAACCUCAGAAAUUAAUUCAAAAUCACUAUUACAAAUGAAACUUGCAUGUUACAGUUGGGGUUCACCAUCCUCUUGCCCAGCCAUUUACACUACCGUCGUACUACUUGAUGUUUUUAAGUUUUGCAAUGGGUUAGUUGAAUUUCUUAGUUUUAAGUAGACAGCAAUCAGAUCCAGAAGCAAAAGGGAAGCUUACAGUUAUUUAAACAGUGUACAAUUUUCUUUUUCAGUGAGUUGCUUUUAUUUCAGUUUUCACUUCUUUAUUUUCGUUAUGGGUUAUGUUUGCUCAUUGUAUAGUAAUAUUGUGGUCUCAGUGGAAGAUGUGUAUGCUGCAUGGCCCAUGGUAGUGUUUUACUCAGAUGUGGCUGCAUUAGAAACUGACAAACAAAUCAGUUUCUAAUAGCUUGGAAACGUUUUAGCUAAUUUCAGAUCGCACACAGAAUAGUUUUGCUCAGAACAUGCAGUGAGAGCAUAUUUUGUGUGUGUGUAAAAUUGUUAAUCUGAGUUGGCUAUAGUAUGAGCAGGUUCUAGUUUAUAGAUUAGGCUGCUUAAAGCAAACAUAAGAAUAGUGAAUGCGUUUUGGAAACAAACUCUUGUUUAUUGCAAAUGUAAAUGAAAAUAUCCUUAUCGAAAGUGUUUUCACUAAGUGGGUGGACAGUGAAAAGUUUGUGACGUUUUGUGUCACAUUUGUGAUUUUUAUUUUCUCAGAUGCAAAUAAGCAAAGAAAUUUCCACAACCAUAGCAAGACUUAAAAAUGCUCUCUUGUAUAGUGUAGAAAAGCAUUACUGUCUUUUGUCUUAAACCCGAACAGAACAGUCCCUAAAACAAAUCCCUAAAAUCUCCCCCCCCCCCCAUUUUCUACCUGAACAUUCUGACUAAAUUUUUGUCCUGAGAAAUAUCCCGUGACUGUAGUUUUGUAAAUCAAAUUUACAAAAUACACGAACGUCCUUUAUUAUGGGCAGAUCUUCGGGAAUUACGUAGAGACUAAACACUAUAGCACCAGUGAAUAAAUACAGUUAAGAUUCGCAUUAAAGUGUUUUUGUCAUAUCUUUUAAGCCUAGAGGCAGAUCAUUAAAUAUGCAUUUCUCUGGAAAGCAACUGUCGAGAAAGAUAAGGUGGUUUAAAUGGUCUAGACUUCACAGCCUUGCAUGGAAGAGGUGAGAGGAUGGAGUCAGUGGAGCAUGGCUGAGGUGUAACACUUGAGUGUCAAAGUGCUGGAAACUCUAAGGUGUGGCCUGAAACUGCCCCUCUCUCUGAGUGACUGAUGGAGGAAGGGGGAAAGAGGUGUGGGUAAAAUCCAUGCAUGUGUGAUGUUCCUAAACUGGCCCUUAAUUACUAGACACAAGCAGCAGUUCAGAAAUCUGGUCUCUGUUGUUGUAGAGGUCACCAAAUCAUUAACAUUGUCAAUCUGGCAGUAGCUAAUUUCAAUAGCACCUGAUGUUGCAACGCCUCCUUUAGUUUCCCUAGCCAAUCGGAUCUUGCUUUCAGCUGACAGAUGGUCCCAUAAAUGGAUGUAAAAAGGAGAAGCUGCUAGCCAAUUUCAUCAAGGCUCUAUUCAGUUGUUAGCUACGUUCUAAAAUCAGGGGGCUUCAUCACAGUGCUUGGGUUUUUGUUUUGUUUUCCUCAUUUUGCUGCACCCUACAACAGCACUGUGUGUUUUGUGGAUUUUUGAUUUUGAUUUUUAAUUUAUAAAAAAAGAUACAAUUCUAACACAUUUAGUUCCCUGAAACCAUAUCAAAUCCUUAGAGGAAUUGAAGCCUUGCAAGACCUAUUAUUUGCCAUUAAGAAUGGUUAUGGUAGGUAUUAGUAGUUUUUAAAAUCUGUUUGUUACAGCAGUCUUUCAUAGUCUGUGUAUAGAACAUAUAGCUUUCCCCAAGUCUGCAUUUUGAUCAGUCUGUGUUGUCACAUGAGUUUAGUUUGCUCCCGCUGGCUCGCUUGUUAAAUGUCUUUCUCCCUUCAUUUAUCUUCCUUCUCGCUCUCUCCUGCUCUCUCUCGCAUUGAUAUACUUGCCUCGCUUUUAAUAAAGGGCAGCCGCAAUGUGCUUUGCCAUUUUAAGGUCAUUAUCAUUUCUCUUUUGGAAUAAAGAAAAGGCUGGCUUCCAGCACGAGGCUGCGUGUGGCCAACAGAAAUGCUGAAGGCGGGGGUUGGGGUGGUUAUUUCCCCCACAUUCACACGCGGGCAUCACACAUGCAAAAUGGAAUCCUUGAAAAAAAUAAAAUAAGGAGGCAAUUGCCUUGGGACUGAUACUUUUUGGUUUGGUGUAUUGCGCAGUAGGCAUGGUAUUUCUUCCUUCCUUCCUUUUUUUUUAAGAGAGUGAUUUAUAGGAGCUUCAGUAAAUGCUGCAUAUUGUAUUUCAAAGAGUUUCCUGUCAUGACCUCAUAAAAAGAGGAGGCGGCUUGUAUGUGUACCAGCGCCUAGUAUAUGCCGAUUUGUUGCAUCGUUGGGCAGGAGUUCUGUAAGAAGGAAUGUCAGCUUUUACAUAACGUUCUUUUUGCUUUUGACACUGUGCGGGGCUGUAAGGGUCCAUCUUUGUGAUCACAGAUGGAGUGGAAUGGCUUGAAAAUGGUAAGUGGAUGCCGGCAGCAAACUGUCCAUAUAGGCUUAGUGCAGUUGGUAUGCCUUGUGAAUUAUGCUUGUUUAGGGUGGCAGAUUGUGAGCCAUAAAUAAAAUUACAGGUCAUUUUGGCUUUUAAUGGGGGCACCUGUGUAUGUAAUGUGUAUGUACAACUAUUAUAUAAAUAUAGUCAAGUGUCGUGGCACUGAGUGUUUCAUCCAGUGAGCAUGCAUUUGGAUGAUCUCCGCUGACAGUCGCGGUGCUUUUGUAGUGUGUCCCCAGCACAAGACACCUUUUAAUCUUCAUUUGUGCUACACGAUUGCUAAGUUGAAAUCUAAUGACUGCAUGUACUGUUGCCGUAGAAUCCGAACGCUAUUGUGAAACAAGGGUGCUUUCUUUUCUGCCGAAGGAAGUUAAAUCCAUUGGUGUGAUAGUAGUAUUUCUAUUUUUGGAGCGUUCUUCCAGCAGAGAAAAAUCAGAAACUACAUGACUUGUUCUUUCUACUCCCCCCCCCCUCCCCACCACCCCCUUUGCUGUUUCUUGUGCUUUCCUUAUAGAUUGUGCAAAAUGGCUCUAUCAAAUAUGGACUUUUGAAUCUUUCAGAACAGAGCAAAUCACGGAGGUGGGGGGCAGCAGGAGGGAGGGAAAAGGCAUUAACAUUCACCUCAUUCUUCCUACUUUUGUUUCAAUUAAACAUUUUGCAGGCAUUCCCUCUUCUCUCUCUGGAUAUUUAUUAUAAACUGGGAAACAAAGCUGUGGUCUUUUCCCUAUUCUUAUAGGAUUUCUUUGUCUAGCUGCUUGUUUUGAUGGGUGUAAAACAAAUAAGAUUAGACUGAGCAGCCGAACUGAAAGCGAUAGCUGGGAGGAAAAGCCAAUGAAAGGUUGCCGGGGAAACGAGCAUUGGGGAAGCUGAGUGGGGGAGCAGGUGGCAGUCAUGUGGGAAUACUGCAAACAGCGUAAAAAAAUUCUGGGGCUACCUCAAUUACCUUUGGUGUUCUUUGUGGCAGUCACAACUUUAAUUAUUCUUUAUAAAUAAGUGUUAAUUACAUUUCUGGCUCAAGCUUACAGUGAUUUCUAGAAUCCUUUUUUUCUGCAUCUGUUCUUUUUCUGCAUAUGGUGGGUGGGGGCUCUUUAACCAUUUUAUUUCUGAUGUGAAAUUGCAUGUGCAAGAAAGUACAAGGCGCAAGGGAAGCAGAACACUAUAAGGAUACAGGAUGCUGAAUGGAACUAGCAGACUUGCAAAUGCUCUCUUAGAGUAUUCAUCAAAUGUCAGGGUGAGAACUGUGCACAAACUUACCCUAAGUAAAGGUUUUUAUGUGGAAGUGCUGUUCGUUGUGUGUUUUGUGAAAUGCCAUGGUUCUGUAGUAGAAUCAUUAUUUAAUGCAAAUACAGCCUGUCAUUUACUUUAUGCAUGGAAUCACAGAUUUCAAAUAUAAUGAAACUACUCUUUUUCCUACCCAACUUAAUUUCCACAGUCUUACAGAUCUUUUAUCACAAUACGUUAUCUUUCUUUUGUGAAGCAGUACUUAAAAUACAAAAAUAUAAGCUAGGGGCUGUUAAGAACAAACUUAAGUAUCUGUUGCUAAUUUUUAUGGUGCCAUAUGUUGUCGGGCUCAAAAUAAUAGCAUAGCAUCUCUUAAAAGAAGGUAAUAGGCAUGUAAAGCAUUAGAAGACUUUGUUGGUUGGCAGGUGAUGGUAAAUAUAAUACAGAAGGCUAAGGAUGCAUAUGCCCGGAAUGUAUGGCAAGGAUAAAAGAGAAGCAUACCAGAAAUACAGGGGCACACCUUUUAUGCUUGCCAAAUUUCACAUUCCCUUUCUUUGGCACAUAAUUUGAAUCAUCAGUUAGAAUGGAAAUGCUAGUGUUUAGAAGGAUUAAAAGACGAGAAAUCAAGUCUGCUUGGAUUUCAUUCCUUAACUAAUUCUUUUGGAGACUUCAGGGUAGAUGAAAUUGACCAUGUCGCUAUAUAUGAAAAGAAAGUUGUAUGGGUUCAUAUAUGGAAACUGAUGAAUUUUCAAAAAUCAUUUUCAGAUGCAAUAUUACGUUCAUAAUCUUCAUUCCACAUUCAGACUAUUGAGUGUCUCCCUCCCCAUUCUCAAAGAGUAUCGGCAUACAGCUCUAUUGUUUUCUUGAAUCAUUUUGGUAGGUGUUUUUUUAGGGUUCUCUUUUCAUCUACUCUACACAAUUUUAGUGUAGAUUUUCAUUUCCUCCUUACAUAUAUCUCAUUGGCAUUGAACUAUCAGAUUUUUGGUGCCAGAGAUGGAUGUAAUAUCCAUAGCUUCUAUGUAUAUGUGGCUCUUUAUUUACUGUUAGCUUAUACACAUAAGAUUUUCUUGGAUGACAUGAAAGCUUAUGAAUAGAACCUUUGUAGAAGAAAAAUAUAUAAAACCAGCAGAUUAUUUAUGAUUGUUUCUGCACCAAACCUUUAAUUGGAUACCUAAAGCAGGUGAGAUGUGUGAAGCAUUUUAUUUAAAUAUCUAUAGUUUACAAAAUUCUAGUCAGGGCAAAUAGUUAUGGAUUGUUUAAAUAUUGACUCCAUCCUUUAAUUUAUAAUUAUUCCUAUUGCAGUGCACAUAACUAAUGAAACUGGCAUGUUACGUAGAAAGAUGCUCUUCUAGGUGGACAUCUUUCCUUUGGCUCCUUUCUUUUUGUUGCCUCUUUUGGCUGCGUUGGUAAAGGAAGAACUAGCAUGCUGUAUUAGAGAAUCACAACAAAGGGGUGACCAAAAAAAGAAUCACAACAAAAGGAUGCUUCCAGUGGUGGGCUUGGUUAUAUUCUGUUCUUAAUAGGCAUAGAAGAGUUCUAAACCUCUAGAGUUCAAACUUCAAUGGAUUAUUUUUUCAGUGUUCUGGAAUCUUAAUAAAUUGUUUUUUGGUAAUACCUUUUCUUUUUUCUUUUUUCAAUCUUCCACACGUUUUGCCCCAUAAGUUAUGUUUUAAAAACUUUUGAAUGCCUAGCAUGUCGUUGGGAACGCUUGUUAGGAGUUACUACAUACGUAACAUUAAGACUUAUGUAUGCAUGACCUUGUGGAGAGGUUAUGGUUCUAGGCUGUGCAUGAUUACCCACAUAAAGUAACUUCAGGAGUAUAUAAAUCCUUGAUAUUUUUGUACAUAAUCCAGGACCUUAAGAUACAGAGUGGGUAUGGAGUACAGCUUGAAUAUUUAAUUGCACUCGCAGCGUUGUCACACUUUUCAGUUUCUCUAUUGUGUGGCAUUUACUAUAUGUGAUUAUAUGCCUUCUUAUUUGGUUUGACUUUGGGGCAUCUGACAGAAUACCCUCUGAUACACUGGCAAAUACUGCAAUGCAGUAUUUUUUUCAAUGUCAUUGGGGUUUAGGGAGAAAAGAAUUGCAAGAAAUUUUAUGCAGGGCUGAAUCACUGAUGGCAUCAGAUUUUGUAAAAUUGGCCAGUACCUUUUGGAAAGGCAAUUACCCAUCUUGUGCCAUUUCUGCUCUUCUCUCAGAGGUAGAUGAGUGAGUGGGGUGUAUGUGUCUGCGUGUUUAUGCAUGCGAGCAUGUGCGCACUUGUGCUUCUAUUGCUUUGGUUUAGUAAAGCUAAACACAUUUGGUCUUCUGUGAGAACAGACAAGGAUGCAUGAGAUGUACAUAAUCCUAUGGUAGAAAAAUACAUAAUUAAAUGAAAACAUUUGUUCUUUUCACCCUUUUCUAAAAAGUACUUUGGCUAAACUUAUCCUAUAUUUUUAGUUUAUUAUAACCAGUGAAGAAUAUGUUCAUUUACAUUAAACACAGAUUUACUAUGUACAGGAGAGCUAUCAGUAAUGUUCAAAAUUUACUUAGCUGUUCCUUCAGGCGAUCUCUUAAAUACCUUAAAGUGUAGAAGACUUAUAGGUCACUAGCUUCAGAGUUGAAGAAAAGAAAGCACAGGUAGUAAAUUUAUAUGCCAUUGCAAAAAUUGUGUAAACUAAGCUGUCAAGGGAAAAUGAAGGGAUAAACAGAGGAGGGAAUGUACCAAUCCAGUACGAGAGAUAAUGGACAAAUUUUGAAUUUGUGUAGUAGAAGUGUCAAUAGCUUGACUUCAUAUGUUUUUUGCUUUAAUUAUUAUCUAUGUUUCUCCUUAAAGGAUAGCAUGGGGCAGCAAAAACAAUCCCUUAUUAAUUGUUUUGACAAUAGUUUUGCAGCAGCAGUGUACUUAAAAGCCGUAUAGCUGUAUAUGGCGAACAUAUAUUUAAUAUUUGUAAUAAUUUGAUGGGGUUCCCACAACUAGAAAUCAAUUAUGUAUUAAUUCAUUAAGAAUUACCUCCAUGGGCAGGGCUAUUUAUUUUCUCUAAUAACUACAUUAGUUUGCUUUAGCCAUGGCACAGCUUUUGUGCCCAUGGGGCCCUGUAGAAGUAAAGAGGAAACUGAGAAUAAUUCCCAUCCAUUAUUCUUCCCUUAACUGUACCUUUUAAUAUGAAGUAGUAAUCUAGAAGAGCCAGGAAAUACCAAGAAGCAGCGAGAAACCCUUAAUUAAAUUGGAUAAAAAGGCAGAGAGAACAUUGAAGAAACAAGGUCAGUUAAAGGCUGAACAUGCUUUUUAGAAAUGCUCUAUGCAAGGCUGGCUGGGGCUAUAUUUGGGAAUGGGAACAUAUAUAAAAUGAUGAAAUGUUCCUUUGUUGCUAAGGUGAACACAAUUAUGCCCAGUACUCUACCGUGAUGGGCAGAUGAGAUGUCCUUGGCCUGGCCUCUUAAGAGGUACUUUAAUUUUAAAUUAGCUUGUAUCAUUAAAACCAGCAGAGACAAUGCUGUGGGCAUAUGUGGUUAUCUGCACAUGUAGGAGCACUGGAUUGGGUGUUGAUCCAGUGUGUUGUGUGCCAUUUCAGUGAUCCUAAACCUUGAUGAUACAGGGGAUAUUCUGUUUGCCUGUUUACUUGAAACUGAUGCACAUGAAUGUAGAAGUUGUAGUCAUUUGUAACACUUCAAGGAAAAUCCUUGCAAAGCGCUUCUGUGCGUGCUUAAGUGUUUCUGAGUGUUGGUUUUGGACUGUGAUACCACUGGAACCUUUUCAGUAGACAACAUCUUUAAAUUCUGAUCACUUUUGCAUUGCCCUAGGCAUAUUUGCUUUUUGAUUGAUAUGAUACGUAGACACUCGUAAUUUCUAACUCCCUGUAGAUUGGAAUAUUGACCAGAAAUACGCCUGUGUUGUAACCUAGAAGUUUUAUAGGCAAUGUUAGAAAUUCACUUGUAUUGUAACAAUAAGCAGUACUUCACUCUGGCUGGUAAUGUAAGUUGGCCUUGCAGAAUAGCCUUUUUGAUAUUCACUCUGCUGGUUAGUGUAUUUAUUCUCCAGGUUGCACCUGAAAAAUAGCAGGCUGGCUCCAUCUUCAUAAAGUGCCCUCUUUAAGCAGACUUAGCAGUGGGAAAGAGCUGUGAAAAAUGAAGUGUAGCAGUCAAACUUGUUUAAAAACUCUCCAAGCUGAAUUAUAGUUAAUAAAGGAGUGUUGUCUUUUCUAUCGCUUUCUCUAACAAAGGUAUUUUGGAAUUAACAUAGAAGUAAGUAGUAGUGGGGUAACUUUCUCCACCAAUUAGUUCUAACUGGAGCUGGCCUUUUAAUGACUAAAACCCUAGUGUAUUAUCAGCUUACAUAAGAAUUACAGAAGCCUCUGCCCCAUGGAUUUCAAGACAUAUUGGUUGCCGUAAGAAAAACCUAACCCUAAAACAGCUUUUCCAUUAAAAACAACACCCUACACUUGUGUUCUACUUUUUGUGGAAUACAAGGGUAUUCUUAUUCUGUUAGUGUUUAUCAUCACUAAAGCACACUGAUAAUUAAGAUUAGACAUAUUUCAUAUGAGAAUUGUGUUAACAUACAUUUGGCCUUGAAAGCUUCCUGUCAGUGCAUAUAAAAAUGGAAAUCAGUCUGGUGUUUAUCACAAGCUUAAAAGACAAAGGCUGUGAUUCUGCAUUCAAGCUGCUUAAAUCUUAGUGACCUCAAUGAAAUUUAAGAAGCCUAACUGCAGAAUUUCCUGCCAAAAUGUGGGCCUAAAGACAGUUGAAUUACAGUAUUCUGUUUACCUGCAGACCUAGAAUCUAGAUUUUAAUUCCCUCUGGAGUAAGAGAGAAAUUCCCACUGAAACAUUCAGAUACCUUUUCUAAAAUCUUCUGCGACCUUUAGGAUAGUUUGAAAGGUGCUAGUAGUUGAGCUAAGGUGAAACAUUCAAGUAGAAUACAAAGGGAGAAGGUUGAACCAUAUAAAAUGAAACUACUAGAACAGGGUAUGCCCACCAGCUAUUGGGAGUUGAAAGAGACAUGUGUUUUGAAGGUUGAUCUAAACUGUGUUACAUUAACUGUCCGCUCAUAAAGUCAAAGAAGAAGCAUACAUGGUCUUUUCUUCUGCCACCAUCCAUCUAACACUGGCACUUUUUUGGUGCUGCCUUCAAUGUAUGCUCCAACUGUAAGCAUUUCUUAGUACUGAAUUAGUUAUUGAACUGAAGGUAAUCCUAGUGCAGCAGUUGCCGCUCAUUAGUGCAGUGAGAAUGAGCGCAACAAAUACAUAUUUUUGGGAUGAAGCAGGCCACUUAUUUAUUUUGGAUUAUUCAGCAGAUAAGCAGUGUUGGCGUGGCAGUCGGGCAAGGAUCUGGUCUUCAUUUGAAUCAGUGUUGGAAUAAAUACUUCUGCCAGACAGUUGGGAAGCACCCAUGAGAGUUGGCCAGCAGUAGACUCUGAUGUGGUGUAGACCGGACAUCUGGGUUCCCACUGGGCAGCUGGGGGGAGGCCGGGCCCCUUUUGAUCUAGGGGUGUGGCUUGAUUAGCCCCCCCUCCACCCCAAGACCUCUUAUGGAGGUUCUCAUUAUGUUUAGAUCCUGCCCAAUGCUGUUCCACCCAAGGUCAUCACAAAGUAUAGAACGCGUAACAGAAUGACCUUGACCAUCCUACCCACCUAGUACUCUUGCCAGAUCCUGUGGGACCUUGCAUGAACUGGCUCGGGAGGCUGCAGCCUGGCAGCUGCCGAUCUACCAGACAACGUCAUCCCAAACAAAAGGCAUGGGAAGCUAUGGUAUAACAUAUUGGUCCAACUUUAUCUACAGGUUUUGGUCUUACAUUUAGGCUGAAACAAACGUGGUAUUUCACAAAUAGAAAUGGGAUCCAGACAAAAUGUUGCUUGAAUGCAGUGAGCAGUUUUUAACAACUCAUUUUCAGUGUUAACUUUGAACUUGUAAAUUUUAUAAUUUAUAUUUUAUAAUUUUAUAAUUAACAUAUACAGUGAUGUCUCUCUUCCCCCCUUUUUCUUUUGGCCUGUAUUGCUGUGCUGCUGUUGAAAUGCAUGUAUUUUUGAUUACACAAAUAUCCAUAUCUCUUUCUAAUGUGUGCCAGAUGUGCUGUUAAGGUGCAGCUUUUACAGUGCCACAUUGCAGGAGCCUUUUAAGAAGCAAGCUCCACUGAAUUCAUUGAGGCUUAAUCCUACUUAAGGAGGGCUACAGCUUUGGAGCAUCAGUUGUUCUUUCUGUAAGAACAGCUAUUGUAGCGAAUUAGCCAGGUCUAGACAGAUUCAUGCAUUGUAAAGGCAAACUUAUAAUGCAAUCCUAGUCAUAUCUAUACAGAAGCAAGCUUCAUUGAAAUCAUUUUGACCUGCAGCACAAUCCUAGCCAUGGCUACAUCAAUACACGUUCUACUGAAUUCAGUGGGGCUUAGUCCCAAUUAAGAGGGGUUUAGAUUACAUCUUUACUCCUAGGUAAGUGUAUUUAGGAUUUCAGUGUUAGUAUAGCAACUAAAAUGGCUUUGAAUGUGCCCAUUUGAAGGAACCAAUUCAGUAGCUCUGCAUAGUAGCAUAUGUGUUUGGAACACUUCAAAAACUUUACUGCGAGUUUAACCAACUCAGAGAAUCUUGAAUGUGGUUAAUGAGUUGACAUCAUGUUUGAUCAUUCAGAAAGUGUGGUAUAUAUUUAACAGUAGAACUGCUAUUUCCGUAAAAUGAGUAUAUUUUUAGUAUCUUUUCUUUGCCAGCACUAGAUCUGAAAAAAAUAUUUGUAAGUUGAAUAUUUGAUGAAGUGGAAAAUAAAAGCUGAAAUUAACACUGUGUUUCUUAUACAACUUUAGUUGGAAGUUUAGUUAGGUGUGGAAAUCAUGAGGUGUGAGUUAGCAACACAUUUUAGUGAAGGAAGAGGAAACAAUAUUUUUCCACCACAGUUUUGGUCUUUAAAAGGCUUCAGUCUGGAUCCCAGCGGUCCAAGUCCUGGUAUACGCAUGCAACAGAAUGAGAUGGUAGAAUGAGGCAGUACCCACUUAAACCUGCAGGUGAUAGGGAGUGCCAGGCCCUAAGAUGCUAGUUUUCCACUUGCAGAGAAACUUCUGCAUAGGGGGAUUUUUUAAUAUUAAAAAAAUGAUUUAUGCCUGCAGCCCAUUCUGUGACCUGUCUCUGUCACCUUGUUUUGCUGAAUAUGCAGACCAGACCUAAGCUGCCCUUCUGCGGCUGUAGAUUGCACAUAACGACAUAGCUAGCUCCCUGAAUUAUCACUUCAUUGUCAUGUCCUAUACACUUGAAAUGAACUGAUAGAUUAUUCUCAAUUUGUGAACAAAGUAGGAGACAGUAUGAAUGCAGGUGGACAGUAAUUGAACAUCAUGCACCAUUUGCAAGGUGUUACUAAUCCUGUAGGGGCAGAGCUGUUUUGUAACCAGAAUUUAAUCUGUAUUGUUCUCUACACAAUUAUUUUGUUAUGGUAUGCAGUGCCAUGAUCAACUUCAGGUGAGGAAACUUCAGUUAAUUUAGGGUAACCAAUUUGUGUGUUUAUUAAAAAAUAAUAAUCCUAUAAUCUAUAUUUUACCAUUUUAAUUUGAGAUUUCUUUGUAGGAUGAGGUGCACAUAGGAAGAAAGGAAACACCGUUUAUAUUGUAUGGUUAUAUUGGAUACAACUGUAGUUUAAACUUGAAUAUCCCAAGUUUACCUAUUUGACUGUCACAACUUCAGCUGUCUUGGGAAUCAGAUAUUGGCUUUGAUAGAAUAUAAUUAAUUUUGUAUACCUUAAUAUUUUCAGGGUGAAAUUUUGCAUGACAAUUAGUAUACACAUUUAUAAUCUCUAUAUUUGAAAAUAGUUUCUUAUUGGCUUGACUUGUUCAUAAUGAUGAAACCUUGUUUGUAUAACAUAACAUAACAUAACAUAACAUAACAACACAAGUGCUCCUAUUUUCCUCUGUCAAAGUAUAUAUUAGAAGGCUUUAUUACUGCCUUAAACGUCCAGCUGACUGUAACUGAACGGUCAUUUAGAGUUUUAUGCAGGAAGUAUAAUCCAUUUGUAAUAUGUCAUCUGCUGUUUGUUCUUCAGUGUAGCAUUCGCCUGUGUUGUUACAUGCUGCUCACAGUUGACAGCAAUGAAGUAUUUCAUUCACGUGCAAACUUAAGUUCAUCUUUGCAAAACUUGCUGGUUUAGCAAUAUACCAUCUUGUCUGCCUUUCAAAAGCUUUAGAAUAACUGAAAAGUUGCAGCAGUAGGUGUUUGGUAUCUCUGUGCAGAUCUUGUGCAUUUUUUGCCCUUGGAAUAUACUUUUCAUACCUAGAGCUAUGCUGGAGUCAUGACCCUUAGACCAUGUGUAUACCAUGCCAUCCCUUUGGUUAGUGUUCUUUUCAUCAUGGUACACAGUGCACCUCAAAGCACCAAAAAUGUAUUCAGCUUCACCUGCUCCUGAGCAUUUCAGACUCCUGAGAAAUGCUUUAGUUACCAUGGGACUAGAUAGCUGCCACAUCCUUAAAUGGGGUUGCCUUUAAAAUUGUCUACAGAAGCUCCAAUUUGUUCAGAUGCAGCAGCUAAACUUACUGGAGUUGUUUGUUGUUGGGACAUUUAGUUUUCAUUUUGCAACAACUGCAACUCAGAGCCUUGAUGAUGACCUUUUAAAAGCCCCAAGUGACGUGAAUGUUGGUUACCUAAAGGUUUUCUCCUCCCAUACCAUCCUGCCUAUUCCUUCAGACCUUCUAGAGUGGGCUCUCCAUGUCACAGCAAUGACCUAGGCACAGUUGGUUGCAAUGGCACAUGGAAAAGAUCCUUCUCCAUUUGUGUACCUAAAUAGCAGAACUUCUUACCUCAGGAGAUGCAUUUAGCCUCUUUUUAUUGGUCUUGUGCCACCAGCUGAAGACAGUUCUUUCCCCGCAGGCAUUUGCCAAGCAGUAUAAUAUAAUAUUAGUGCACUGAUCCCUGGUUUUAAAGUUUCCUUUAUUUGCUGGCAGUUCUUUUUUAUUUAAUGUGAGGUUUUCCUUUUUAAAAAAGUGUUAGAUCUUAUGUUUUAAUAUUGGAGGGUAGAUGCAUUUAUUUGAUACAUCUAAUAAAGAAAUAAAAAGUAGUAUUGAGAUUGGCGCCUUUUCAUUUCCCCCCAUAAGUGAUCUAGAUUCAGAGGUAAAAAUAAGACAGUCAAGUCUUAUUUUCCCAUCAGAGCAGUUUCCGCAUGUGCUGUAGAUGGAAGUGAGUGGCACAUGGGGAUUGUCAACCUGGGAAGGUAGCUCACCUAGGAGAAGGAAAACUAAUCCUAAACCUCCGCUGCCUUACAGGAUAUCUUUGGGAGACGAAAAGGCUAAGGAGUAAAGCCUACACAAAUCCACUGUAGAGUUUCUAAGAUGGUUGGAUGGCUCCUUGUACGCUUCAUUCUGUCAGCUGCUCUAGCCAAGCUGAGGAUACCAUGCUCAGUGAUAUAAAACACCACGUCAAGGUCCAGAAGUGAGAACCAGGUUGCAGUCCCACCCCCACCCCCCGGUCGUGAUCUCUGUAAAGGUUCCAUGGACAGACCAUAACCCAAAUAGAAAUGGAUCUCAAUAGAAGUGCUAUCCAAGAAUGCUUGCAGCUUGCCCUAUCACAACACUCUCCACCACAUUCCCCUAAGGGGGUUUUGUGACGGUUAGUUUUUCUGUUCAAGGAGUCGAGGCACUGUAUUUUAAAAAUGUCAUCUAUUAAAUAAAUAUUGCUGGAAUUUUAGUGAGCAUCUGUAAUUACAGGUGUGAUAGUGUUAAACUUCUAAAUAUAACCAUAUAUCACCAGAAAUGUUUUCAAAGGCAAAACAAGUAACAUCUCAACUGAUCUGUAGAAAAUGUAACUUGGAAAGAGACAUUGCACAUACUUUUGUAAACCAAGUUUUUUAAAAUAAAAAUAAAUUUUAAAACAAAAAAAAAUUAGAUACUACUUAAUUGUAAACAAAACAUGUAAACUGAUUUAGUAGUAUUCCCCAGUUUUGCUGGGGAAACUUGAGUAACAGUGCCAUGAUGUUCAACUGAUAGAAGUAGAAAAUAAAUAUUCUUGUGUUCAUCCAGGUAGUGGUAAUAUCAGUGAUAGUAAUAUCUGACUACAUAAAGUAUUUGGUGUCAUUUGUGCCCUCUUCUCAGCUUCUUCCACAAUUUAACAUUUUGGCACACCUUUUCCCCUCUAAAUUUUGAUUUCUAAACUUUCCAUCAUUUCAGCUCUCCCCACCCCCUUUAAAAAUAGUUGUGAAUAUGUUUCAGACCAUGGGUAGGCAAACUAAGGCCCGGGGCCUGGAUCCGGCCCAAUCGCCUUCUAAAUCCGGCCCGCAGAUGGUCCAGGAAUUAGCGUGUUUUUACAUGAGUAGAAUGUGCCCCUUUAUUUAAAAUACAUCUCUGGGUUAUUUGUGGGGUCUGCCUGGUGUUUUUACAUGAGUAGAAUGUGUGCUUUUAUUUAAAAUGCAUCUCUGGGUUAUUUGUGGGGCAUAGGAAUUCGUUCUUUUUUUUUCCAAAAUAUAGUCCCGCCCCCCACAAGCUCUGAGGGACAGUGGACUGACCCCCUGCUGGAAAAGUUUGCUGACCCCUGUUUCAGACCUAGAUUACAUGUCAAAGUGUGCACCAGUGUAUAUCCAAAGAAUCAUAACUCUAAAACAAACAUUUCAGUAUUAUCGAAUGUUUCAAUUCUAAGGAUCUGUUUUAAUAAUAUAUAUUUUUAUGUCCUACCUUUCUUUCAUCGUGGAAAUGAAGGUUGCAAGCAAAGGAGUCCCAAGUGAGCUCCCACCCAGAGCAUUCAUCAGAUGCUGCUUCAGCAAAGUUGUUACAGUGGUACCUCGGGUUAAGAACUUAAUUCGUUCUGGAGGUCUGUUCUUAACCUGAAACUGUUCUUAACCUGAAGCACCACUUUAGCUAAUGCGGCGUCCUGCUGCGCCGCCAGAACACAAUUUCUGUUCUCAUCCUGAAGCAAAGUUCUUAACCCGAGGUACUAUUUCUGGGUUAGCGGAGUCUGUAACCUGAAGUGUCUGUAACCUGAAGUGUAUGUAAACCGAGUUACCACUGUACUUCAUUCCCUUCCAACCAUGCUCACAUCAGUCCAUACAUGAGACUUUAUUUAUUUUACAGUGAAUUAGCACUUUAGAUGGCCAUGUCUCUUCCACAAGUAGGAAACACUAAAAUACUUUCUAUCUUCAUCCUAGAUCUGCCAGAUAAACUGGUUGUAAAUACUUUCCCAAGGAACGGUUUGUUAUUCUGUUUCAAACUCGUAAUUGGUGCCUGCCUGUUAAAGGCCACAAUUCAUUCUAAGGUUGGAUAUAGGAGAUAAAAAGAUAUGUAUUUGGUGAGACAGGAUUAUAUGUUUUUAUUUCCAGGUAUUUGGUGAGAGAAAGUAGUAUGUUUUUAUUUCCAGGUUUUAGUAUUAAGUGCCCACUAAAGGAGCGACUCAUACAUUAGAUGGCCGGACAUUAUACGCUUGCACUGCUUUCUGCAAAUUUCACUCUAGCCCCAAUUCCCUUCCUAAGAAAUCACUGCUGAUGUUGUUCUGCGCUACUUUUUCUUUUUCUCUCUCAAGAUACUUACUUGUACAGAAUCAAAUACAUUAUCAUUAAUCACACUGUUUUCAGUUUCAUCAAAUGAAAGUGUGUUUUAGGACUGGGUAACGGGGGAGCAGAAAUAGAUCAUUAGCAUUGCCCAUUGCUUUGUGGAUGUGUAGUACCUCAAGGUUGUAUCCAGUCCUACUCAGAGUACACCCAUUGAAAGUAAUGGCCUUCUCUGAGCGUAGUUUACUUGGAUACAAUCCAUGAUGUUGGGCUCACCACCCAUUCAUACUUGACUAUGGAUUAAGAAACCCCAUUUUCUCCGAUAAAAAUGGUCUUGUUUAAUUGGACUAGAGGUCUGUUAAGAAUAGCAUUGUCUGUGAUGGUGUCCAGUCUCGUGUCACAAAGAUGUUUUCAAACAGGACAGAAUGAUUGUCAACCUCUUAUUUGUCCCCAGCAACUGGCAGUAGAGGUUUAUCACCUUGGCACAUGUAUAUUUUCUUUCUGGCUUUGACGGCAAAUAUCCCUUGAUUAUGUCGUCUGAAACAUACUUAGCCUUGUGAUCAUCACUUUAUUCUGUGACGGUGAAUUUUGUUGGGUUGUUACUCAGGUGGAGGUGGGAAGAAGGUGCCCCCCCGGGUCUACUACACUGAAGGAAUUAAAUCUGAAAUCUAAAUAUAUGAAUGACAUGUUCUGCUAUUAAACUGUUUGUCAUUGAACUAUGACCCUUAUGUCCUUUAUUUCCUAGCAGUAGAAGAUUACAACAGAUAGUUAAAUUCUCAUCUCCCAAGUACUUAGGAAAGCAACACUGACCCUGUAUGAGGAUAGUUAUGGUGCAACCAUUAUAAAAUUAACUUACUUGCUUGCUCUUAUCUAUCUAUCUGAAGAUAGUAGCAUAAAGAUAUAAAAUGAAAACACAAAAUAACUUAAUAAAACCCCAAGACUCACAACUGAGAUUGCCUCUUGCCUCCUUAGCAACCUCAGCAUUUUCUAGCUGGUCACGGGCUAAGCCAUUUGCAAAGUGUUUGCAGAGAUGGCCUAUGUAUUCAUACAUUUCUGAAAUUUAAAUUUAUUUUUUUUAGAUAGGUGGCGGAAAUUGAAAGCUCACCUUCCCAUUGUGCAUAGUUUGUUGGAGAGAUUUCAGGAGUUAAAACAUGAGAGAUCUGAUCAUAAGAACAUAAGAAGGGCUUGUUGGAUCAGACCAGUGGCCCAUCUAGUCCAGCAUCCUGUUCUCACAGUGGCCAACCAGGGGCCUAUGGGAUGCCAACAAGCAGGAUUCAAGCGCAGGACCACUCUCCCCUCCUGUGAUUUCCAGCCACUGGUAUUCAGAAGCAUUACUGCCUCAAACUGGAAGCAUAAAAUCCUAUUUUUAAAGAUAGAAGUUCUCAGCAUUGUGAUGCUGUUCGUAUAUGUCAUUCUUCAGACUCUCAUCUCUGCAGAUACUUGCUUGAAGUACAAGGAACACUGUAGUUAAACAAAACAAAAACAGCAAAAGAUUGUUUAAUACAGUGGUACCCCGGGUUACAGACUCUUCAGGUUACGUACGCUUCAGGUUACAGACUCCGCUAACCCAGUAAUAGUGCCUCGGGUUAAGAACUUUGCUUCAGGAUGAGAACAGAAAUUGUGCUCCGGCGGCGCUGUGACAGCAGGAGGUCCCAUUAGCUAAAGUGGUGCCUCAGGUUAAGAACAGACCUCCAGAACAAAUUAAGUUCUUAACCUGAGGUACCACUGUAAUUUUAAACAAAAAAUGAAUUUCUUGGCUAGAAAGCAAGUUUAUUUCCGAAUGCAAACUAGAUAACAACAGAAAAGUAUGUGAGCUGUAAAAAGGUUCACUCCAUGCACACUCUGAGCAGCUUCUAACACAUGCAGGGCAGCCACAUUGAAAGAGAAAUGGUACGAUUGCUAAUGCCUGCACUGUAUCUUCCUUGGCUUCUCCCCCUCAUGACAUUUACGCUGCCAUUGGCAGGCAGUUUUAAAAAUUUAAUUGCUACUGGAAUUUCUGAGGGAGCAGAUAGUAAGAGAAGAUUUUACUCCUCCUGCAUUCUGUGGUGUCCUCUCCAUCCCUGCCCCCCAAGCCUGAAGUUUUGGGAUAGUUUUUUUGGUAGACAGGUUCUGCUCUAUCUGUUCAUUCCUCCUUGGGCCACUUUCAGAACCUAGGUGAUGGGUGUGUCUGACCUCUCUAGAGAGGCAGAGCUCAACCCAGUGACUGACAGCUCUGAGAUGGGUGGCAUUAGAGGUACAGAGGAAGUGUUGGAGAUGAAAGCAGGGCUGAAGAGGGAGGGAGGGAGGGCUUGGGGUUCUUGUCACAGGGACAGGCAAGGCGAGCAGGUUGAGGGAUCCUCCACUUGGCUCAUUUCCAGUAUCCUCACUGUCGGGCUCCCCCAAGUUGGGCACCUCCCCAGGGUCCCUACAAACCAUCUACAGUGGUACCUCAGGUUACAGACGCUUCAGGUUACAGACUCCGCUAACCCAGAAAUAGUACCUCAGGUUAAGAACUUUGCUUCAGGAUGAGAACAGAAAUCGGGCGGCGGUAGCGGGAGGCUCCAUUAGCUAAAAUGGUACCUCAGGUUAAGAACAGACCUCCAGAACGAAUUAAGUUCUGAACCCAAGGUACCACUGUACCUGCAUCGUCCUGAUUUGACCAGCCCAUGACUGUGUGUGUUUGUGUGUGUGUGUGUGAGAGAGUGAGAGAGAGAGAGAGAUAGUUCCACUCAUCAUUGGCAUGUGACCCCCAAUAAGUUAAUCACCAGGGAAUGUUGACCUUGGACAGAAAAGAGUUCCUCACCUAUGAUGAGUGCAGCAAACUCAACAACACAAGAAUACCUGUUUGCUAAUAUGAACAGAGACUAUGCAGACAGUGGUCAUUUUUGCUGUGGUUAAUUAAAAAUAUAUGUGCUAUUUUUGUCUUGGAACAAACUCUUUAAAAGCCGAAGCUCUGUGGUUAUGCUAGAACUAGCUCAAGAGUGCAGUCUAUGUAGGGAUUUGUAGCUAACACUGUUUAAUUAUAAUAAAUAUUGGAGUAAAUUUGUCAAAUAUAUCUUUGUCACAUACAUAGUUUCUGGGAUAAUUCUUUUUCUGUGAGCAACACCUUGGUGAAAAAUCAGGCUUUUAUUGUGAAUUUUGUCAGCAUUUUGACUAAAAUAAGUUUAUUGAUGCUCAUAGGUUGCAUAUGGCUAUGGAGCACUGGUGAUUAUCAGAAGGCACAUAAUUUUUGCUUUCUAAUUCUCACAAAUUUUACACAUCAAGAGCCAUCUUGGAUUUGUCACACUUGGAAGGUAAUAGUUGCAGGCCCCUAAUAGCAUACAGUAAGUUGGACAUACCUUACAGAUAUAGUCUUGUAUCUUUCUAGAUAAUGAAAAUGACGAGUAAAUGAAGCUUGUAUAUAAGUAAAUUACUUGUACACUUCUUGCUCUGCUUUGUUUCCAACAUGUCCUUCAGGACUCACUAGUCCCAGUCUUGACUUGCUCUGUGACCAUGACUGCAGCAAUAGCUUCACAGCAUCUACACUGCUACCAUUUGUCUCACCCUCCUGGUAAGGUUGUGUCUCUGCUGGUUCACCAGUGGAGCCAAUUUGGUGCUCCCACCGGUGUGCAGCAGUAACCAUGCUGUCACCUUGUAAGCAGCUACUGCUGGGGGCUAUUAAUAUGGCUUUGUCCAUCAGAUAGAGCCGCUCCUGUCUGGGUGGCUCUCUCAGUAGCAGAGCAAGGGCUAAUGCAAAUGUAAUAUCAUGUGAGAUAGAGAUGGAGCAGAAGUUUUAUUCAAUUCUUAUGUCUGAUUCAGUUCUUAGCUGUGAUACCUGCAGUCCAAUGACUCUUGGGACACUGUUCUAUGAUUCUCAUUUAAAGGCAGACCUACCUAAUUUGCACUUUUCAAACUGAAGCACAGCCAUCUUUUAAAAUUCUGGGACUUUCUGAAUGCAGAACACAGGCUGUACCAUUGAGCUACUGCCCCUCUGAUUGGAUUCUCCCUUUUCAAUGACUUCUGUUAUACUAUGGAAAAAUAAAAACCAGCAGGAGAUCUCAUCAAGUCUUGUUUGGCCCUAUCGUUAUGCUAGGAUUCUUUUUAAAGAAAAUUGUAGCCAUAAGCAUAUGCUUCUCUCUUUUUUGGAAUUGAUAUUGGCCUAAUUCAAUGAUGGCCAAACUUUCCCCUCCAGCUGUUUUUGGACUACAACUCCCAUCAUCCCUAGCUAACAGGACCAGUGGUCAGGGAUGAUGGGAAUUGUAGUUCCAAAACAGCUGGCGGGCCAGGUUUGGCCAUCACUGGCCUAAUUCAUGCACCACAUUAAAGUAUAGUAGAAACAAAUGGUCAUUUUAUGUGAGAGUGCAGUCUGCUGCUGGAACACUCUCGUUCUGCUCUGGACCCUACUCUUGUUGUCUUUGCUUGUUGUGUCUGAAGCCAGGCAGACUCACAAACCAAAAGUGAUAACCCAACAGUUUGAUGGAAACAAACCAAGAGCUUGGAUUUGGAUUGUUGUGACAAACCAGACUCUGGCUUGUUUCUGGCAGUGCAGCAGAAGCAGAGCAAUAACUUUUCAGAAGCAUGUACGUUAAGAUACAGUUUGUUCUUGAUUUAAUAUGAUGUGCAAACCAGUCCAUUUCUCUCAUGCAAUAUGUCAAAAACCAACUAAUGUAACUGAGACAGAAGUAGAAAUGCAAAAGUAGAAAUGCGAGUCUGGGAUCAGAAAUACAACCUGUUCUGGUACUUUUUCUAAAGGAUUAGUUUAGAGGGGUUUCUGGAUGUACAGACAGCUGCAAUAUCUAGGAAUGCCUUUCCCCAGCUUUGAGUGGCGUACAAGUGCACACAUUCCUGAAGAAAGCAGAUCAUCCAUUGUUACACAGCCAUUAAUCUUAUCCAGUGAUAUGAGAGCCAGUGUGGUGUAGUGGUUAAGAGUGGUAGUCUCGUAAUCUGGGGACCGGGUUCGCGUCUCCGCUCCUCCACAUGCGGCUGCUGGGUGACCUUGGGCUAGUCACACUUCUUUGAAGUCUCUCAGCCCCACUCACCUCACAGAGUGUUUGUUGUGGGGGAGGAAGGGAAAGGAGAAUGUUAGCCGCUUUGAGACUCCUUAGGAUAGUGAUAAAGUGGGAUAUCAAAUCCAAACUCUUCUUCUCUUCUUCUUCUUCAUCAUCCAUAUUAGAUUAUGGAAACACGCUGCAUGUGAGGUUGUCCUUGAAAAGUGUUCAAAAACUCCAGCUGGUACAAAACAUUUUGGCCAGAAUAAUUUCUACUGUUCACUUUUCUGACCAUAUUACUUUGGUCUUGCUUAAAUUACACUGGCUUCCACUUUUGUUUCUUGCUCCAAUUCAAGGCACUUGUUAUUGCCUACUUUGGGCUGCCUUUGAAGAUGACCUGGAAACUUCAGUUGGUCUAAAACGCAGCAGCCAGAUUACUGGCUUGGUUUCCAUUUAGAGCUUAUAAACCGUGUUUUAGAACAGCUGCAUUGAUUGCCUGUUUCCUGGCCCAGUUUAAGAUGCUCAUGCUAAUGUUUAAACCCCUAAAUGACUUAGGUCCCAAUAGCUGAAAGAUUGCCUCUUCCCCUACAGAUCUUCUUGGAUUUUAAGUGGUUCAAAUGCCCUCAAAAUCUUGAGGGUUGUUGGCCCAGGAGAGAAGAUUCUCUCUAGCAUCCCUGAAAUUGUGGAAUUUCUGCCUAGCAUAGGUGCAUCUGUUACACAGUAAUAUAUCAUGGCUGAAGAUGCACCUAUUUGCUCUGGCCUUUGACACUAUUAUAUAUGAUUUUAGAAAGCAAUUUACAAUGAUAUGAAGGCAUACUUACCCCAUAAAAUACAAUAUAAAACCCUGUAAACGUUUAAAACAUAAACUUCAAUAUAUUUUUGUUAUUUAUAGUUCAAUUAUUAUGCAGGUAUUUUGCCUGUUACGGUGCCCAGUAGUAUGAAACCAUAAAAGUGCCAAUUUUUAACUUACUCAUGUUACAGGCUGAAUCUUACAUUUUAUAUAAAAGUUGUAACGUUUUGUCACUCAAAACUUUAGACAUUGAUAAGCAUCUGUUAGACCAGAAGCUUGUAAUUUUUCUUGACAAGUUAUUUCUGCAACUAGGAAGUUCUGUUUUUCGCUAGGGUUCUUUGGAAAAAUGUUGAUGAUACCCUCAUACAUUUUUGCAGGUUGUUGUGUCAAAAUGCAGAGGGUUAAAGAUUUAUUUUGGGGAUAUUGGAUUUGCCUGGAGGCAGAAAUACUCUGAAACCUAGUUUUCCCCUUUUAUUUGGAGUUCAUAAUGUAUUUAUUAAGUAAAUAAUAGCAAGUCUUGUUGUGCAGUACAGAAGCGUUAAUAAAAAUAGUAAAUGACAUUGAAACAUGGCAGUUUUGUUAUUGAGAAGGAAAUACACUUUUGAAGGUCCCACAGAUAAGCUUUUAUAUUAUUUCCAUGGCGUUUUUUUUCAGAUACCAGCCUACUUAAGCAAGAAUAAGUUUAUUGAUUGAUAUAUUAAGAGGUUAUACCCUGUCCUUGAAGCACAGUAUCAGGAUUACUUCCAAUAAAAUAGUGAAACACUAUGCAAUAGCUAACACAUAUCAAGAAGACAUUGAUUGCACAAUCUAAACAAAUUUAAGCAUUUAUCCCAAUGUUUUAAAUAGAAGAAAUUAAGUAUUUGUUGAAAGCUUAUGUCCACUUCUCUAGGAAUAAGCCCCUGUGAUCUUAUUGAGACUUCCUUUUGAGUUUGCAUGUAUGAGAUUGUGUUGUAACUCACCCUUUCAAAUCAACACUCGUGAAAACCUUGGAUUUGGAUUUACCUUAUACUUGAGGGGCAUUUCUGUUUUGGUCAGAGUGUGACAUGAGAGAUUGGCUGGAGGUAAGAGAGAAGACAUUAACUGAUGUGAUUUGAUCACAAGGAUCAUCAGUAUAUCCUUUUGUUUUCUUCUAGUAUUUUUCUAACAUUUUGGCUAGAGGAAAUAAGGGUUUAUCAUGUCUGCACAAGAUGAAGGAUUUGGGGGUCUCACAUUUUAAUUCUUCAUUUCCUAGAGUAGUAAUGCUAUAUCAGCAACUGAGGAUGGGUGACUAUGUUAAUUUUUGGCUUCUUAUUUUUUUGCAAUAUUAAGUUCGAUUCGUCACAUUUUCAAAUCAGGUUGUAAUUUUUUUAAUGCAAAUUUCUCCUAAUAUACAAUUUUUUGCACGGAUUCUUUUUAACAUGCAUUUUUUUUUGCAAAGUAUUUGUAUUUUUCACUAAUGAAUGCAUUUAUAUGCACACUGUACCCCACUGUAGGCAUAUUUUACAUAUUACAUGACUGGAGAACAAUAUUGCAAACAUUGGAGAUGUGAAUUGUGGAGGAUGGCUGUGUUAUAGUUUGCAUAUUAUUUCAAAAAGUGUGAAUUGGGUAAAUUAGCUUUUAAAUGCAAACUGAAUCCAUUUUCUCCCACAUCUCUUAUCAGCCACAAAGGAAGAAUCAAGAAGCUGCCAAAGUGUGUGGCACAAAAAAUUAGGAGUAUCUCACCACCUAAUUUACUGGAAUCUGAAGACUUCCCGGAUGGGGUGGGGGAUCAAGAAUACAAUUUCCCAGUGCAAUAUUAUUGGCAAAGUUCAUUUCAGCUUUUUAGAAGUAUAGUUGGAGUGAGACCUCUGUGAUGCCAGGUGUUGUACAAACAAGAAGGGAGUUUGUUUGUUUGUUUGUUUGUAAAAGGAGCAUGCAAGGGACCACAGGUCGGCAGUUGACACUACUAAAGUCAUGAUGGGUGGAACUAAUACCCCUAGAUUGAGUUUAUCAUAUUAACUUAAUUACUUAGUGUGUGUUUAAAAUACUUGAUUAAUUGGACAUGGGUUUUCUGUCUAUUAGCUGUAACUUGGACUGAGUUAAUAUAGGGAUUCAGACUGGAUUCAGAUAAUCAAGAAAGGAGUAUAACUGUAGAUUCAGGUAGGUAGCUGUGUUGGUCUGACGCAAUCAAAAUAUAUAAAAAUAUUUUAAAAAAUUGUCCAGUAGCACCUUAGAGACCAACUAAGUUUGUUCUUGGUAUAAGCUUUCAUGUGCAUGGUAUCUGAAGAAGUGUGCAUGCACACGAAAGCUUAUACCAAGAACAAACUUAGUUGGUGUCUAAGGUGAUACUGGACAAUAUAUAUAGGAGUAUAACUGUGUUUUGUAUUUUGUUUUAAAUGCGUGGACUAGCUACCGUAAUCUUUCAGCUACAAGUCAGGUUCUGAAACAUGGAUGCUAUACAUGCUGUAGUUUGCAAUUGCAGAAUAGAGCACAGUGUUGAAAAUAAUUAUUUUAAAGGAGUGCAUUUCUGCAAGUCUUAAGUUUGCAAUGGGUCCCCUCUGACACUUUGUUCUGACAUGCAAAAGCAUGUUUGAAUGAUAAUGAAAGAAUUGCCUUUGACAACAGAAUGCUGCAUUAUUUAUCAGUGUUUAUUUUAUGAAAUAAUUUUCUAAGUCUGUUCAUUAAUUAACAUUUAGAAAUAAUAUGAAAUUAUAGUUAAUGAAUUUUUGAUAAGUUAUAUUUUACCACAGUGACUUUCCUUGCCAUUAUAAACUUUCACAGUCCCUUUGAGUAUUUCCCCUCCCUUUUAAUUUCAGAACCCAUCCAACCAAUUUGGAAGUGAUUCCAUUUUAUUACCAUAUUUCCCAGUUCCCUUUGCUCACUUAGAAAUUGCUAGUUUGUGAAUGCUUGUCAAACUUGUUUUAAUAAUUUUGGGGGGGUUACUUUUGUUGCUCAUUCAGACAUACUUUCCUAUUGGAAAUAGAUGUUUUCAUGUACAUGCACAAGUCAGAUUGGGAUUUAAUAGAUUUUAUUUCUACAAUGUGAGGUUCUUUCCAGUUCAAUACCCAGAUGUUGCUUGACAUCUGAGAAUAUUAACAUUUUUUAAGAAAAUGAACAUUUCCCUGUAUUGAUCAGGGGCAGUGGGAGUUGUAGUCCAAUAACGUCUGGAAUAAGCCACAUUGGCAACCUCUUCUUUAGGCUAUGGGGCAACUGAGUUUAGAAGCUGCAAUAAAGGUUAUUGUAAUUUAAGUUGUCCUUGUUGAUACCACCACUUUGCCAAAUAAGUGGAGAUAACGGGAAGAGGGAAUGUAAAGAAAAGAGGCAAGAGUAACAGGAUGGAUAUAGAGUAACAGGGAGAACCACCUAUCCACCUGCCAUUAUAUUUUUCCAAGUGAUUGUUCCUCAAGCCACUCUUCCCUUGCAGGGUUCCAGACAUAUAGUUGUAUAUCCUGUGAGAUUUCAGGCAUAUUUGCAAUGGUGUGUUGUCUCUGAAAAAUUCCAUCUACUGCGAAGUGCACAGCAGUGCCCCAAUUCAGCUCCAUCUAGGUUUGGAAACUCCAGUAUGCACAUGAUGCUUGUGCAUCCUGAAGGCUUUCUUGCUAACUUAAAUAGAGAGGGAUGGGCUGUACCAAGUGUUCAACAUGAAGUGUGUAUGGGAAUAGGAAAGUCCACUUAUCAGGAGCUCUAUGUGUGUCUGGGUGUUAGGCUUUGAAUUACAAUAUUCUGGUCCUUGAUGCUCCGUGGAACAGCAUACUGCAUCUGCCCCACCAUUUUAUUGCUGAGCAUUGUUUGAAGAAAAAGGAAGGGUGUUCCAGGAAAGGGCAGAGAAUUAGAGGCUAAUUCUUAGGUGCAGCACUUGCAUAAGGCAAAUGGAGCUCCAUUUCCUCUUCUCACCUUUUAGUCCAAACUUUUUGUUGAUGGACAGGGGAUAGGAGAGGAACAGCUUUCUGUUCUGCACAGAUAGCUCUUUAAACAUGGGUCAAAAAGUGGCAACUCUACAUGAAGUAUAUACAGGCUGACUGUUGACUUGUCUGUCUUAUUUAAAGGAAUGCGGAUUUUUGCUUCUUGAAUUGUUUUGCUGGUCCACAGCAUCCAUCAGUAUUUAGAUUUGAAAUCUGCUUGAUGCAGCUGUGUGAGCACUGGGGGGGGGGGUAUGUUCAGUUGAAUUGGGACUCUAGAAUACAAAUGGAGAUUUAAGGUUUGAAAUGUGGGUAGGAGCAGGGGGGGGAAUGUUGCUUUAGCAGCCGCUCAUAUUGCCAUAGCCUUUUUGUAGGAGGAAGAGCCAAGGCAGAAAUUUCCUGAAUGGCUGUGAGUCCUGGGAGAGCUGUUCCCUGCCUUUCAGGCCUUUUCUUACCUGGCUUGGGAGGGUGGGGCCCUGACUGAUUCCAGCUACAAAAGCUGAAGCUGCUGAACAGACUCUUGGGCUGGGCUUUUGUUUGGGGGGCGUUUUCUGUUGAGGGAGGUUCUUGCUGUUGGCUUUGUCUUUAUUUUAGAUCUUGUUCUGAUUUAUGUGGAAAUUAUUCAGGUUUGUUAUGUAUUUUGGUUGUGUACUGGUAGUAAGAUGGAGCCAUUACCUUGAUCUUCUACAUCAGUGGCUCCCAACACAAACACCACCACCACCACCAAGAGAUCGCUUGAAAAUUACUGAGGGUCUUGGUGGAGCACUUAAUGAUUUUUAUGCCUGUUGCAGCUAUUAUAACGUGCACUGCUAGAUCAUAAGGAUAUAUGUCCAGUGCCUUUGCUAUACCUGUUGCACUGUAUAGGCACAUCCUCACUUGCACAUGAUCAGCACACGUGUGAUGGCUGACACGUGUGUUGUUUUCAGUGCCAAAAGGGGGUGGGGGCGGAAUGGACUUGGGCAUGUCCAGGAACAGACUCCCCUGCAUAACCAGGAUUCCCCUGUAGUCCAUGAAGUUGUGGCCCAAUUUAAUCCAAUAACAGUUUGUGUCUGUCAUUAAUUGCCACCUGCUCCUGCGCUGCCAGCUCCACUGUUCUUAGGUCUGCAAAGUGGUCUUUACAAAUUGGUUCUCAGAACUGCACUUUGUGGUAUAUGUGCUUCCUGUGUUUAUAUCUAGAAUACUAAUGCAAAGAUUGCAUUCCAGAAUUUCAAAAACCAACAUCGAGUUAAACACCGAGAAUAAUCGUAUUCUGAUUUUGCUAGCACUCUUAGAAUUUGAAGCAGAGUAUUAAGCAGUAGGCUAAAUCCCCCUUACUUCCACAACUUCCAAUAUCAUGUAUGUGGUCUUUCUGAAACAAGAAAGCUCUUGAGAAAAGCUUUUGAUUACAAGUGGUGCAUGAAACAAAAUACUGCAAUGUGGAGUGCUUCUGCCUAAGAUCACAGCCAGCUGUGCCCUCACCCAGUUUCAGCCCCUUCCCCGUUUCCAUCCUCGCCCUGCCAGUCAGCAUUCCAUGCCUGCUGAGCCAUUGACAUUAGACAAUGUUAUUUGCAUGAAUGGUGUUGCUUUGGCUGCGUAACAGUUGGCAGGUUGAGAAUGAGUUUGCCAUAACUAUACAUUGGUCUCCGCCCCUGCGAGGCAGCUUGCCCACCUUCCCAAGUCCCUUGCCCAGUGCUUCCCAAGCAUCCAACAGCCAGCUGGUUGCCAGGCACUUGGGAACCGCAGUGUAAGGGUUUGUGCCAGCCCUGUGCUUGGCAUUUUCCAAGUGCUGAACACAUGGCUGGCAGAGCUACUUUCUGCAAGGAUCAGCUGUGCUAGAGUUUCCUACAGGGAACCAGUUUGCAUAUUUUAUCUGGCAGACUUGAAGACAUUGCCCACCAGCUGAUAGGUGGUGACUUCAACCCUGCUUUGUGCAUAUACUGGCUGCAUGAUAAAGUUCUCCACAGGGAACUCGGUCACACAGCUGGCCCAGUUGUGCCUCUGCCCCACACCUGAUGUCACAUAUGAUAUCAUAUUAGGCAGGUAUGUAUAUUUUGGAGGGGCAGAUUGGAACCCAUGCCUUGCCUAACUUCCUCACCCCCGUGUCUUUACUUUUUCUACCAAGUCAGCAAGUCCCCCCCCAAACAGACCCUAAGAUAGUUUUUCUGAGGCUUGUAAGAAAAUUGUUCUCCUAGCCAUUUUUGCAAGAGGAAGUGUCAUCUUCCUGGUGGUAAUUCUAUUAUUUCAAAAGAUGCAGUGAACCUUCCUGUAAAGUGGCUGUCCAGUUCAAAGGGUAACCAUCCAUUGAUGACUAAGGAUUCCUUGGGAACCCAAUAAAUAUUAUGAUUUUUCUCCUACUCCUAUGCAUCAAGAAGAUUCUGAUGCGGCAAAGGAUGUGUCUAUGCAUGCAUCAAAAGAUGAUGAUGACAGAGCUGUGGCUUCCCGCUUCCUAACAUUUGCAGUCCUGGUGAAUAUUUGUGAGAAUUUCACACAAGGCAGCAUGCACCUUACGUUCACAAACCUGUCUAUGAACAAAUACAGUUUGUUAAUUGGUUGUUGCAGAGUAGUUUGUGUCAUCAGUAGUUUGCCCCCAACUAUUUUAUGUUCCUUUUGCACAAUAUCUUGCAUAAUGAAAGCCUAACUAAUUUCCUUUCAUUUACUCAUAUGUAAAAUUUAGUUCUGAACUUUCAUUGCUCUUGGCCUAUGUAAGGAGACAACUUUGAAAUCCGUAGCAUUUGAAAAUUGUAGGUUAUGCUCAGAACCAUGUUUUUGUUUUUUUUCUUCUAUGAUAAGAAUAGAACUGUUAAAUGCAUUAGUUUGCUGUCAUAACUCACUAUGGCAUACCCAAUAAUAGUGUGAUGGAACAGUGAGAGAUUGUUCUUAGAAAUAAAGUUAAAGCAUCUUUAGGACCAGGUGGGGUCACUAGGUCUAGAGGUGGUAGCUCUCCAUUUGAAUUAUUUUAAAAGACUGAAAGAGUGCACAACUUUUCUGCCCUCCUCUUUCAGUUCCUUUGCCCAUCUGCUGUGGAAGAUAGGACACUGGUUUUGCACAGUUGGUAAAAGGAAAUAAUGAUAGCAUUUCCCUUUUUCCAAUCCCCACUUCUUUCAAGUUAAGAAAAGCAAACAUCCCUAGAUCACAAUCAGCAUAAGUGUAUGAUAGAAGGUUCAGGACAGACAACAAGAAGUACUUUUUCACGCCGGCUAUUUUAUUCAGAGGGCUAGUGCACACAUGUCUUGCUUGCAUAGUUCCCAGAGGCUUCUCGUUGGCCACUGGGAAACAAAAUUCUGAGCUAGAUAGGUAUUUGGUCUGAUCUAGCAGGUAAUUUCUUACGUCUUAAUGAAUUAUGUUGAAUAAUUCUGUAUGAUUUUAAAGCUUGCGUAUCCUUAAAAGAAGAGAAGUUGGCUUAAUAAGAGUUUUACAUUCCCCAUCUUGUACCCCCCUUUUAAACAAACAAACAAAGUGAAGAGGUUCUUCCAGUUUCAGCAAAAGUGGGGCUGUUUACUUGUGCAACAUUAGCUCAAAUAUAUAAGUACUUGCAGUUUUAGGCCUUUAGUGUAAGAAUAAAUCAAAAGAAGCCCUUGGUGAUAAAUGUAACUGAAGAAUCCAGGCCUUUCAGUGAUACAAGUAAGUGUGUUCGGUAGAGACUUGAGAGGUUAUUGCUUCAAGCUGAUCACAGUCACAUCUUUCUGUAGCUUGAAUGCCCUAGAUAAACCUGUCACAGCGCUGGGUGUUACAGUAAUUAAAUAGCUAAUGUAUUUUUACCUUUUCAGUUUCUACCUCUAUAUGGGACUCUUCCACUUAAAUGGAACUAUGAUUUUAAUCAUAGUCAUUAUACCUUAAAUCAAUUAAAUUGGUGUGGUGUAAAUACACAUUUGUGAAAAAGGUUACACCAGGAAAAGAGAAAUUAGCUUUUCAUUAACAAAAAAAGGAGGAGAAAAAAUAGACGGGGAGGUUUUAUUUGCCUCUGCAUCUUAGUAUGUGCUCUCUGCCAAAGACUAGCAUGACCUACUUUACAACAAUAGCAGAAGAAUCAAGCUGGGUUUUUUUGUUAACUGUCUUAAAUUGGCCAUGAAUGCUACCUACGUAUUCAUUUGUAAGUAUCUUUUUAAAAAUAGCAACUGUAUCUCAGACUUUCAAGAUGGUAUUUCCCUCCCUUUUCCUUUCUGUUCUAGAUAAUUAGCACCAUGGAGCCUCAGGUGUCAAAUGGCCCAACAUCCAAUACAACCAAUGGACCUGCCAGUAACAGUAGGAACUGCCCUUCCCCUAUGCAGACGGGGGCUGCUACAGAUGACAGCAAAACAAACCUCAUAGUCAACUAUUUACCCCAGAAUAUGACCCAGGAAGAGUUCAGGAGCCUUUUUGGGAGCAUUGGUGAAAUAGAGUCCUGCAAGCUUGUGAGAGACAAAAUUACAGGUAAAGUGCUUCAUUGUUUUCUUAUUUCUUGAGAUUGGGACUUGCAUGCCGUGGGCUUCUUUUUCUUUGACUUCUGACAAGGUCUUUACAAGUUGCCAAAGUUUACUACAUCUUUUUUAUAAAAACACUUUACAUUGCCCAGCAAUAUAGAAAUCAUGUGUCCAUGUUUCAUUACGAUACUUCCCUCAGUCAUCCAACACCAGUGGCAUGAGGUAUGCUAGAUAUUCUGAAGAAGAGCAAAUCGCACAAGUGCCUGUGUGUGAAAUUACAAGAUGAGGAAGCUGAGAUGCCUUAGACCUAGAUGAAAGUAGUAUCAUCCAUAUGACCAGGCAUUAACCAUAGCUUUGAUGUAACACACGAGGAGGGGCGCUGCUGCACACCUCACCUCCAGGCUACACUGCUACUUACCAAGGGGGUGAGGGGUAAGACAGUGGGGAUGUCAGUAAUAUGUGGAUAUAGCGGUGGAGCCAGUCCAGCGCUCCCACCAACAUGCCUACAGACUGCCCAAUGAAUACGUAUAGAUGUUUACUGUGAAUGUAGUACCAUGAGGCCUAGGUGGUGGAAGUAGAUGCAGGGGUUCUCAUGGGGACUGAAUUUCUAAAUCAACGCAGAAAGGGCUGGAACCAUGGAGGUGAACCUGUUUGCAAGUAGGUCACACAACUAACUCAUAAUUUCAGCUCCCUUUCAAAAUUAGGACCAUUUUAGUUUCUUUUAUUGUAAUCAAAAUGUGUAUUCUCUUUUAAGUUAUCAUCCUGUUCCUCUCCCUCCUCCACUUUAUAAAUUAAAAUAUGGUUCUUAUGUUGAUUCAGUUUAGUUCAUCAUUAUGGAUUGUUUUCUAUAGACAGUUUGGUACAGCUUAGAUACAGUAUGGUAAUCAACCUUUUCCCAGUACUAGAAAGGUUGACUAAAUUUGGUGUAUUCUGGACAUAGUUUGUUGGGGUUAACAAGCCAGGGUUGCCCAAUUAGCUUGGUAAAACAGCUCAUCUUGUUUGCUUCAUUCGUUAUUGAGAAGAGAUGACUGCUGCCAAAAUGUGCAGAGGAGUUAACAAACUUCCUGCUUUAGUUUCUUUAUUUCAUGGUAACAAUAAUAAUAUACGACACAUUGUGAAGAAGCAAGCCUUGUAAUCCAGAGGGUUUAGGAACUGUAUUAAAUUGACAGGAGCAUGUGGUCAAGGAUGAAUGGUGUCUUGGGAGGGGCUGGUAAGUUAGGGAGGUUCAGGAAAGGGUUUGGUGAAAGAAUGGGUAUUAGAAAAUCAGCUGAAGCAGGAAUGGAUAUGACUUGAAUAACAGGGAAGACUUGUAGACAAAGGGAACAGUGAUGAAGCUUCAGGGGGAACACAGAAGACCUGUAGACAUAGGGAAUAAUGAUGAGACUGCAGAAGGGAACAGUGGUGGUUCAGAUGAUCAUGGAGAAGGCAAGAAAAUGCAGAUGAGAAGAGCUAAUUGAGAGUGCAGUAAUUGAGAAGAUUUAAAAGUAAGAACUAGAAGCAUAGAACAUGAUAAGGAAUCAAUGUAAAGGCUUGAAGUGACACAUUUGACUUGGUUGAAGAGAGUAGAAGUGGCUGAAGAGGACUUGGAAAGGGGAAGUUUGGUUAUCUAUGAGAGAGGUGACCAGAGAAUGAGAAACAAUUAGAGGCUAAAGAGCAGUGUGUGUAAUUUAGAUGUGCACACUCGGACUUAAACCUCCCUCUACCACAUUUAAUAGACCCGUACAUCAUUUCAAAACCCAAUUCCAAAACUCAUGAGACUCUCCAGAGUGUCACCCUAUAUAUAUACCAUGAAAAACUGAAGCUGGAGCCAAAAAUUUAUUGGGGUUAUCCGUGGGAAUCUCCAUCCCAGCUAUAAAUAGGAAAUUGAAUACAGGACAUUGAAAGAGAUUUAGAGGCUGCUUGAGUGUAAGUAAAGAAAAAAGCAGGAGGAGUCAAGGAAAAACUGGUAUCUCAAAGAGUGACCAAAAAUAUCUAUAUACAGUUAGUGGGAAAAGCAAUGAGAAUGGAUAUCAUCUACGUGUAAACAUGCUAACAAGAAGUAAGCAGAGGAUGAUAGAAAAGGCUGAAGGCAAGUAGAUGAGAAAAUUGAAGCAAGGCUGAAAAAACCCCAAAGGAGAUGGGAUGCAGGUAAUGGAACUGAAGCUGAUUCAGAGCUGGAAGAGCUGGAAAAUAGAGACCAAAGAAGAUCAUAUGGAGGGUUGGAGAAUGUACAGUAGAUAGAAAUUUUAACUGGAUUGUGUCCACUUCUGCUUGGCUACAACAUUUCCUGUAGGGUAAGAGGAAGGUUUAUGUUAUAUGGAAGAUGAAUUUAUGGGUCUAGUAGGUGAACAGUGCUCAUUUGUAUUUCUAUUGAGAUUCAGAUGUUAAAUGCUUAGUAUAUAUUUUAGCAGAUAAGCCCUGCCAUAUAAUGUGCUGAAUUCAAAAAAGUGUAAUGUGCGGCACAAGCGGUAUGGCACCUGGCCUUCUCAUCAGCAUCUUAGUGAAGAAAGAACUGCAUUUGUUAGUCGCUGUGCAGUUCUGUGGACAGAGAGAUGGCUUGCAACAUCAGCAUCCUUCCUGACAGGAUGUUUACUUCUACAUAUGUGAGCUAUAUAUGAGUUGUCACCCUUGUGAAUGAUACUUUGUUGGAAGGAACACAAGAAGCUGCUAUAUCCCAAAUCAGACCAUCACUUCAUCUAGCUUAGUAUUGUCUACCAGGCAAAGUCAGAGAUUGAGCUUGGGAUCUUCUGCGUGCAUCUCAAGUGCUGUACCACUGAGCUGUGACACUGUCACCAGCUGCACUACAUUUUAGGCAAUGCAGCAGUGGACAGAAUAAAUCUGAAGAGAUUCAAGGUAGACUCAAGUUGCUAAUUACUAAGUUGCAUUGCUCCUCUUGAUAGUGAGCCUUCAUAAGAAUUUUGUUUUUUGGUACUUGUUGGCCCAUGCUUAUCCUGCCCCAGCUGUACUAAGAGCCAAGCAAGGUUCAGCUGGAGCUGGAGUUGCAUGGUAUCAAUUAGGGGCCAUUGAGCAACAUUCUUGGGAGCCAGUUCCAUAUAGCAUGGAGAGCUCAAGAUUCAGGAAGAGCCAGCAGGCAUUGUUUUGGCGGGGGCCUCAGCUCAUAAGCUAAAUGGCAAAGCAGCCUCAUGAGCCCCAUGAUCCAUUCUCUUUCGCGAAGAGCCACCAGACAAUGAAUCGGGUAGAGCCUUUCACUCAAGCACAUAGCUGUCAACUUUUCCCUUUUAUUGUGAGGAAUCCUAUUCAGAAUAAGGGAAUUUCCCUUAAAAAAGGGGAAACGUUGACAGCUAUGCUCAAGCAUUUCCUGCUAGUCUCCAUGUGAGCGUUCUCUCUUCUCUGCCAGCAAUUUAGAAGGAAUGAUAGGUCUUGGGCUGUAACUGAGGUUGUGGAGCUGUACAUUUUUGUUCUCUUUUCGAGAGAAUCCCUGGUCUUACAAUGUUUCUUCUGUAUUGCCUUAGAUUUCAAUCUGGCUUUGAGUCUGAAAUUCUUGAGGCAAGCACCUGCUGGCCUAUAUCCAUAGAGAUCCCCUGUAGUUUGGAAAUACUGUCUGCAAUAUCUGAAGAUUGGGACAUUCCAGGGCAGGUAUUGACCCAGAUUCCUAUACCCCAAAACUUGGUUACCAGGAUGCCGUUGAGUUCUAGUUCAGUUUCAUAAAUUGUGACUGGUUUGGUUUCACAGUUUGACAUGUUUGGGUAAUAUAUUGAUAGGUGUUGAAGGUAUGUAUUGAUAGGUACUGGAAGCAUUCAUGUAACUUCUUUCUUAUGUCAAAACAACUUGCAGUGGCUUUUGUGUUGGAAUGGCCAUGUGCAUUCCCUUUGAGGAAUUAGUUUUUAUUGCGGGUUUCACACCUGUACUAUAUGAAACUGUUCAUAUUUAUAACCCACAGUAUUUAUAGUCUAGAGUGACUGGCAUAAUGAAAACCUCAGUACUUCCACUUCUGCAAAGGAAGUAGAUUUUAAUAGGCUAACACUUAACAUCCAAAAUAAUUUGAUGAUAAAUUCAGGGUGUGUGCAGUUCUGAUAUUUUAGACAAGUAUUUAAAUGGCUAUUGUAGGGCUGAAUAAAUCCCAAAUAUCUACCUGCUGGAGUACCUAAAAUGGGGGUGCUAACACAACAGAAUUUAAAAUAUUUUUCCAGCUUUCAGUUAACUUAAUAAUAAUGUUCAGCGUCUUCAUGCUGGCUUUUAGGUAGGUAGACUUUAGAAUCUGAUUCAUAAUGUUGCGCAUUGCUUUUGAAUAUGCUUUUAAACAAGCAUAUUCUUUUACAGAAAAAAUGCUAAUUUGGUAGUAUAUCAAACCAAGUUGACUGGGAAUGACAGCUUCUGAGACAGCCUUUAAUUUGGACUUCAGAACCAAAAUUGUAAACUUCAAUUGUGUUUUGUAGCUUCCUGAAGCAGGCAUAAAAUGCUAGUGAUCUAUAUUUGCUAUAACUUGGGACAAACUUUAAUUGUGACAGAGUUUGCAAUAGGGGAAAUGUCUUAAUUUCAGAGUUUUAAAAGAAUGAGCCCAUAAGAAAAGGAAGUCAGGAUAGGCCAAAGAUGUUUAGCUUUGUUUGGCAGAGAUGUUUAAUAAAAGCAUAACUUCUAGUUGUAAAGUGUGCUUAUUAAAUUCUUCAUUUACACUACCUAAUUAAUUCUAGCAUUUUAAAUUAACACUGAAACUGGUCCCUGCUGUAUCAUUUCAAAGCUGCAGCAUAUUUUGCCCAAUAACCCAGUUGUGAGUUUUAAUCAGCUGCUCUUCCAAAACAAAAACAAAACAAUGGAACCUUGAGUCAGUGAACUAUCUUGCACAGAGAAGGUACAAUAUCAGAAAGAGGAAAUACUUUUCUCAUUUGGGUGGGGUGGGGUUUGAAACCUAGGGCUUAAAAAUUGAGACCGAAUUGAAGCAAAUUAUUUUCCUAAAUUAUAUUACUCUUCAUGUAUGAUAAACAAGAUAUGAUUCUUCCUACAGAUAAGCAAUAGUGCCAGAGUAUUUUGGCCAAUAAUUAAAAUACAAGUCAGUUUUCUGUGCAUUCCUAAGAAGUACCAUAUUUUUUGCUCUAUAAGACUCACUUUUUCUCUCCUAAAAAGUAAGGGGAAAUGUGUGUGCGUCUUAUGGAGCGAAUGCAGGCUGCGCAGCUAUCCCAGAAGCCACAACAGCAAGAGGGAUUGCUGCUUUCACUGCGCAGCGAUCCCUCUUGCUGUUCUGGCUUCUGAGAUUCAGAAUAUAUUUUUUCUUGUUUUCCUGUUCCAAAAACUAGGUGCGUCUUGUCGUCUGAUGCGUCUUAUAGAGCGAAAAAUACAGUAAUUUAGGAAAAAUAAGAGACAGAGAGCUGGAUGCUGCACAUAAAAGUACAACGUGUAGUAUGAUUCUUUGUCUGGAGCUCAGCACCACUUGGUUCUCUCAAACCCUUGGGCAAAGUGGUAUAUCUGCUUUGGUUUUCAUCUGUUUUCCUCAACUGUGGGGGAGAGCCCAUUUAAUCUGAAUGAUGUGAUGAAGUAGCUUCCAUCUAGCAGUGGUAGAUUUUUUUCUUUUUUAAUGGUUUGAGUCGCUGGCCAGGACUCCCAGUCCUACUGUAAAGAGUUCUACAAGGACAUUUUCCCAUUAUGUAACUGGAUGUUAGAAUGCCACAAAGAGUCAUUGUGAGGAAUUAAUCCAUUUGUGUAAAUUAAAUUAAAUAAUUAACCGCAUGGAAAAAUAGAUAAUGAGUUCAUGGUAGAUAGCUCAGUGAAAAUACGUACUUAGUAAACUAGGAAAUUUCCAUGUUAGGGAUGGAAGUUAAUACUACCUGUAUUGUAGUGCUGCUGUUAAUAAUAAUAAUAAUUUUAUUAUUUAUACCCUACCCAUAUGGCUGGGUUUUCCCAGCCACUCUGGGUGGUUUGCAACACAUAUAAAAACAUAAUAAAGCGUCAAACAUUAAAACAAAUGGAUGGUGUAGCUACAUUUGGACUAUUGUGUACAAUAUUAUCUUAAAAAUUAUAUUUAGUAAUGUCGUCAAACAUCAAGAGAGAGAAGGAAAUAAACAAGAACUAUAAGGAUUUCAUUGCCUGCUUAAAAGUGAACAAAGGUGAGGCAAUACUCUCUGAAGGGAGUAUUCCAUAAUUCGGAUUCUGUGUUGAAAAAUGCCUUUCCCUUGUCCCACCAACCAAAUAAAUGUCUGCCAGAAGGGCAUCCAACGCGAAGGGGAUGUAGUAGAACCAAAAUUACCACGGGGGCUUCUAAAGCACUUGGAAGCUUUUCACUUUAGAAAUUAUAUCUAAGGAGGGGUCAUGAUAGAGGAGGCCUUUAAAGAAUGCAUAGAGGAAGUGAGUAUAUCUGAUUUCUCAUUCUCUGGCGUAAUAAUAGAAGUCAGAGUCACCCAGUUAAAUUGAUGAGCAGUGGAGUCAGGAUGAGAAAAGGAAAGUCUCCUGGAAUUUGCUGCUACAAGAUACUGUGACUACCACUGGCUUUAAUAGCUUUUAAGGGGAAUUGAGACAAAUUUCUUAGUUCUUUCAGCGGCUGCUAACCAUAAUAACUCAUCGGAACCUCCCUGUUUGGAGGCAGCGUAACUUUGAAUACCAGUUGCCAGGGAGCAAAACAAUUGGGGAGUGAUGUCGCUUUUGCUCUACUUGUAGAUUUCACAAAGGCAUCUGUCCACCUACUGUUAGAUACAUACCACUGGUCUGAUCUAGCAGGCUGCUAUUACAUUCUUAACAGUGCCUGCCUUUUGCUGAACUAUAGCCAUGAAGCAGAAAUUCAAAGAAGAGACACUGAAAUAUGGAUAUGUUGGUUCUGUGAAGCUUAGAGUUACUAAAUAUGUUUUUAGCUUGGUGCAUUAUUUUUGCUACUUAAUCCACUGUUUUUGUUUUUGGGGGAAGAGUUAUUAUUUCUUCAAGUGUGUGUGUGUGUGUGUGUGUGUGUGUGUGUGAGAUACACGUCUGUGUGUCAUAAAAUUCAUUUACAUAGACCAUACAGUGUUCUACCAUCAUUUGUUAAAUCAUUGAACCCAAUAUUUGUAGUAUGUCAUAUAGCACCAAGAAGUAGAAAAUAACAGUUCUCUGAUACCUGGAUUUGUAAAAUACAUUUGGUUGAUAUGAUGUUUGCUCUGUCUGUUUCCAGGCAUUGUCAUUACAUUUUUUUACCCAUAAUCCUGCUUAUCUCCCGCAUAAGUUUUUUAUUUUAGAAAAAUAUGCAUUUAAAUGUGCAUUUUCUCUAACUAUAUGUAUUUAAACAUGUAGUUUGAUAGGUUUAAACUGCAUAGAACUAUCCCAGUGUUAAGUGAAAUAUGAAAUUGGGGUGGUAGUGAUUAACACCUGAUUUGCAAAUUUGCAGAGAGUUAAAAUAUAUUCCUAUAAGAGACCAUUAUUCAUUGGUUGGAUCUUGCCUCGAUGGAACCAGACAAGCAUGGCUAAAAGCAUCUUCCUAGGAAGAGGGACACCUCCCCCAGCAGUUUCAGGGAGGCUUUAGGUUUCAUAUCAGAAUCCAGCAUUUUAGCAAGAAGCACUCUUUCCUCUUCUCCCGUCUAACUUCUAGGGUACCAAUACACCUUUGAAAGGCUACUUAACUUCCACUUAUCCAGGGAUUGGUAGUAGCCCAUGGGUAGGCAAACUAAGGGCCAGGGGCCGGAUCCGGCCCAAUCACCUUCUAAAUCCGGCCUGUGGACGGUCCGGCAAUCAGCGUGUUUUUACAUGAGUAAAAUGUGCCCUUUUAUUUAAAAUGCAUCUCUGGGUUAUUUGUGGGGCAUAGGAAUUCUUUCAUUAUUUUUUUCAAAAUAUAGUCUGGCCCCCCCACUGUCUGAGGGACAGUGGACCGGUCCCCUGCUGAAAAAGUUUACUGACCCCUGUAGCCAGCCAUGCCACAUGCACUCCAACCUAAUUCUGAAUAUUAAAAAACCAGUGCAUUCAGUACAGUAUUUGCGCAGAAAUAAAACCGCUAGCACAUUUGCAAAGCCCAGCCGGGUCCAGCAUAGUUCCCCGCAAGCUCUCUGCUACCUCCACCUACAAAUAAAAAUUCUGGGAUGGUCACGUGUUUCACACCUUUUCAGUGUGUUAACAGGACAGACACCUUCACUGUUGUACUGCAGGGUCUGCUCAAGUCUCUAGGGCUCAUCAUGGUAUUUGUGUCGAAAUGUAUUUAAAAAAAUAAAAAAAUUGUCCAUUAGCACCUUAGAGACCAUUGGUCUCUAAGGUGCUACUGGAUUUUAGAGAGAGAGAGAGAGAGAGAGAGAGAGAGAGAGACUGUGUCAGACCAACACAGCUACCUACCUGAAUCUAGAACCAUAGUAUUUGUGUGUGCAGGAUUUACUACCCUUCCUUAGGGUGUAGAUUUUUAUUUUAUUUUUAUUUUUUUCCUGUUCUAAUUUUCAGUGUUCUCAUCAUGAUGGGAGGAGGGGAAAUUAAUACUUUCAGAAUUUCUGUACUUCGCUUGGAAAGAACAAUCUGCCCACCCUGGAUAGUCACAUGAAUCCUUCUCAAACAGAUUGUGCUAAUUGCUGCUUUGUUAGUGUUGGACUCAUUUGCUGGUUUUGUAGUAACUUUUUUUGUUUGUUUGUUUCCUAUCCACGUCUUACUUCAAAUACCUUUUCGUUUUGCUUUGAGUGCCGCUCUCCCUUGCGUUGCUUGAGAUUGGUGGGAUAGCCCUCCGCACAGGGCAAGAGGUAUUUCAUUCACAGGAAGAGGUUUUUAGCGGUGCUUAGACUCAGCUUUGUGGAAGUCUUUUAAGUGACCUUCUAGUAUUUGUUUUAUCAUUUUCUUUUAACGUGUGCCUUGUGUUUUGAGCAGAUAAGAUGAUGUGCCCUAACCUCUAAUCAGAAAGAAUCAGUGCAGUCCUCAUUUAUUUUAUCAAUUAAUGCCAUCAAGAAAACCUGGCUGUCAAUUUGUUUCUAAGUUGUGCUGAUAAAGCCUGUUACGACUCAGGACCCCAUUUCCCAUGCCCAACAAUUAGCAUCAGAGGCCUUUAUGUUUGUGUUCUGAAUUGCGGCUGUUCAGACAGUGGUAACAAGGUAAUCAGCCUUUUCAGUAGUAGCCCCUUUUCUAUGGAAUACUUUCCUAAAGGGGCUUGAUUGAAAAGAGGAUCUCUCUGUCACCUUUGCCUGCACCCUGUCAUUUCACUGCCAGUUGCUCUGAAUGGUCAGCUUUAUUGAGGAAGAAUACUUAAGACUUUGAACUGCUGUACACAGUCUUUUUUUUUUUCUUGUCUUUUUUUAGAAGGAUAAGAUUUGAUGUGAACUAGCGGGAAGUGAUUAAAUGCCUCAUUUUGAAAUACAGAUGGUUAUCUCUCAUGCUAUCUUCUCCUCAGGGACUAGUUAGGAAAUAGAAACUUGAAUCCCUUUCAAAUUGAUCACUAUUAGGCACAUUACAUGUGUCAUUCCCCAUCUCCCAAUUUUGUAAACAAGAUACUAGAAAUACCAGAUAUUUGCCAAAUACAUGCACCUAGAAACUCACUUCUUUUUGUUUUUGGAGGUAAUUAAACGUAGGUCUGAUUGCAUACCAGGUGUGCUCAUAAGAAUAAAAUGUGUUAUAAACGAGGACCAGGAAAUAUAAAAAUACCCCUUUUAUGGGGUUUUUUCUUCCCAUUUGUAGAUUUGCUAGAGAUAGAUUUUGUGCUAGUGCCAACCCCAUAUGGCCUUCACAUACUGCUCGGCAUAUAGUGUUUCUAAGAUUGGCAUUUAACCAAUAUAAAAAACCAAAAAAAAAAAACUUAGAGAAAUAUUACCAAAUAAUAGCCAAGUACUUAAACAUUAAUUUUCUACAACAGUAUUAAAUAAAAGUGAAUGAAAAUUCAGAAAAUGCUGUCUUCAAAAGGAUAGCAGACCCUUCCAGAAAUUUCACUGAACCUCAUGCUCCCUGUACAUGGAGACCUUUCAGAUAUAGUUGAGUCAAUGACAGUGCUGAUUCAUUGACAGUUGUGAUCUGUUACCCUUUGGUCACAAAGUUCACUUUUUGAACUUGGGCUCUCCUUAGGAAAUCCCAUUAUCUUCCAUAUCCUCUCUGUCCAUCCACCAUCAUCCACCCGUUGGGCAGAUUAAUGUGCAAAAUUCCACAUCUGCAGUUGCACAUUAAAAUCUGUGGACUGGGGAUGAAUAAGUAUUCAGAAAGUUAAAUUUUCCACUAGUUUUCCUCAUUUGAUUUCUCCCGACAGUUUUGAGGGCAGAUGCCUAUAGUUUAAAAUGAACUGAUUCUCUAUUGUACCUAGCCACCCAAGAGGAAUUGUUAGUGUCCUUUUUACUUAGCUCUGUGAAUUGGGUUCCUCAGCUGAUUCUUCCCCCCUCCCCACCAACCAGCACAGCUUUAAAGGUUUUUCAAAGUGCUCCAAGUAUGAGAUCCUUUACAAAUUUGAAUUUGUAGAUACAGCUUCCUGUGAAUGUGUGAACCGGACAAGAGUCUUCCUGGACAUAAAAAAAUAAAUUUCAGAAGCUACUUCUUUUUAAAUUAUUUUGCUGCUCUUUUUGGCUUUAGGCUUUGUGAAGGUUUUCAAAUAAUGUAUGCUAUAAAACAGGUAUCUUGAAAUACAUCGAUAGUUAUUUGAGGUACUAACUAGGCUUGAGUUUAAGAAGGGUGGAUUCUGGCAGGGGGGAAGUAGGGAUGGGGAUUUGCCCUUUGGAGAUCUAUCCAAGGGUAAUGUUUUAUGAGUUUAAUAUAUAUUACCUAGGUUUGCCUUUAAUUGAUGUCUUGAGUAGCUGAAUUGAAGUACAGGCAGCCGCCUGUUUACACAGGUAUUACAUUCCAAGUCACCAUGCCCAUCAGUGAAAUCGCAUAUAUUGGUACAGUGGUACCUCGGGUUAAGAACUUAAUUCGUUCUGGAGGUCCGUUCAUAAACUGAAACUGUUCUUAACCUGAGGUACCACUUUAGCUAAUGGGGCUUCCCGCUGCUGCUGCUGCGCCGCCAGAGCACGAUUUCUGUUCUCAUCCUGAAGCAAAGUUCUUAACCCGAGGUAAUAUUUCUGGGUUAGCGGAGUCUGUAACCUGAAGCAUCUGUAACCUGAAGCGUAUGUAACCUGAGGUACCACUGUAUCCCAUUGAAAAAGCCUGCAAACACCCCGUAAUGUCCCCCUCCUUCAUUCUACCCUUUAAGUGACAUUUUUAUGGCAUUUCUGGGUUCGGCGCAAUACAUGUAUUCACUGUCAUGUACAUACUGAAUGUGCGUAAACUGGGGGCUGCCUCUGCUGAAUACAUCCUAAUGGGUGCUUCUGAAUUAAACUAGCUUCUUUAGCUUGCACCAUUUUUUAAUUUUUAAAAGAAGAAGUAGGAUUUUGCCCUUAAGAAGGCUGUCUUGAAACAUUGUUCAAAAUGACCCCUCUUCAGUCCCAGUGCAGCUCACAAUGAGCCCUUUUAAAAGGCCGAAAUCUGUCUGAUCACUUGUUUGGAAGGGAAGACACCUUUUUCUCUUGAACAACAUCUGUGGAAGCUUAGCUUUUUAAGUACGUUUCCAUUUCCUAAGCAGUGGAGUGGGGGACCCCACAUGCAAUGCCCACAUUGCAUAUUCCACCUAAGGAUAUGUAGAUGGUUGCAUGUCUCUUAGUAUUGGGGAUGAGAAGAAAUCUCAGUGGUGGAUUGCUUGGGUGGGGCACAAAUGCUUGUGUACAAGGUAGUUUGUUUGUAUUUUGUGAAAUGGUUUUGAUUUUGUCAAACGAUCAAAUUGCAAACACUUUUCUUAAAAUCUAAGCACCAGAGGGUAAGAUUACACCUAGCUCUAUGGACUUCAAGAAAGCCAGGUGUUUGCACUUGGUUUUGUUCAUGUUUCAAAAGAUGUGUGUCUUUUGUUGUUGCCCUCAUUAUUUUUCUAUUAAUUUCUGCAAAUGCAUCUUGCCCUUCCUACAAACAUAAACACUGUUUUCCAAAACAUGCACUGCUUAAAAUUCUGCAGUUUAAUAAUUUUUUAUGAUAUCUAAAUAGCAGUUUUAUUUCUGUUAAGAUGGUAUAUUAUUGAUAGAUGUGAUUUCUCUUAUCAAUUAUUUUUGAGGUAUCUGUAGAGUCUGCAUUGCUUCCACCCCACCCCAGUUCAUUUUUCCAAUUUGGGGACUGCGUCCAUUUAAGUUGCAGAAGUAGAUAGGGUGCAAAGACCUGUUCAGCUUUUACCUUUCAAUUCAUGAUGCCUACAUAAACAGUGCUUUUGGUAUACGUGUUCCAAAUCUAUUUAACCAUUCGUAUAGGAUUUGAUGAAGAGGAAGCUUGCCUUCUAAUUUCUCUUCUGCAAGUUGCCUAUAUUUUAUAAAUGGUUGCAUUUUGUUUGUUCAGCAAACGAUGCACAAAAUGGAUCAGAUGUUUAUAGAGAAUUUAAGUAGCUGGCAGAAGCAACCCAAAGAGGAGAGUUCCCAUUAGAAAUGCCACUUGAAUCCUUACGUCAUCUAUAUCCAGUUAUAGUGCAGAAUAAUUGCUAUUGUUCCCCAUUAGUAUUGGCAGAAUUCAAAUACACGUAGGCUGCUAAGGCUUUUAGUACAUUCCCAAAAAUAAUUCUGUAUCCUCUCGCAUGUGUGUGUACGUAUUAAGGAUGUGUGAAUAGUCCUCAAUCCAUUCCGACAUUUUGCACUUUCACCUGGCAUUUUCUGUUCCCCUGCAAUUGGUUUAUUUUGUGCAACUUUUUCUUUUGUUUCAUCAUCCACUGUAUCCCCUUUCAAACUUGAUGCAUUUCCAGAGGGGUAGCCCUCUUGCUAUUUUGCAGCAAAAACAAGAGUUUGUGGCAUCUUAAGAACAAUGUUUAUGAAGGGGCUGAUGGCCCAUUACAAAAUCAUCAGUUGCUGCAAUCCUAACCAUGUCUACUCAGAAGCAAGUUCACUUCUGAGACUUACAUUUGGGCUUGCUCCCAGGUAUGGGAGGUUAGGAUUGCUGUCUUACUGUCCUGAUUUUAUGGUUCAGUAUAAACAUGAGUCCAGAUGGCGACCAUUUUGCGUGCGUUCAGUUGACACAUAACCACUGACACACAGGUUAUUUUUGACCCGGAAGAUGACCAGGGCGGGCUUAUGUAUGUUCUGCUGGUGUGCAUAGGGGCCAGGAACAGAACUCCUGCACAAGUUAGGAGUUGCCUGUAUAUGUGUGUAAGAUAGAUGACUGAGUGUGUUUUCAAUAGGUGCAUAAUCCAACGUAUUUGGUAUUUGCUGAUCUAUUUCUUGUAUCCAGAAUAUCAACAUUUGAGUGGGCAAUUUAUGUAAUUUAUUUGUGUAUUAAAUUUCUUUACCUCCAUUCAUCCAAGGAUCACAGGGUGGAUUACAACUAAUCCAGAACGCAUCAGCUAGACUGGUGACUGGGGGCAGCUGCCGAGACCACAUAACACUGGUCUUGAAAGACCUACAUUGGCUCCCAGUACGUUUCCAAGCACAAUUCAAAGUGUUGGUGUUGACCUUUAAAGCCCUAAACAGCCUCGGCCCAGUAUACCUAAAGGAGCGUAUCCACCCCCAUCAUUCUUCCCGGACGCUGAGGUCCAGCGCUGAGGGCCUUCUGGUGGCUCCCUCACUGCGAGAAGCAAAGCUACAGGGAACCAGGCAGAGGGCCUUCUUGCUAGUGGCGCCCACCCCGUGGAAUGCCCUCCCAUCAGAUAUCAAAGGGAUAAACAACUACCUGACAUUUAGAAGACAUCUGAAGGCAGCCCUGUUCAGGGAAGUUUUUAAUGUGUGACAUUUUAAUGUAUUUUUUGUCUUUGUUGGAAGCCGCCCAGAGUUGCUAGGAAAACCCAGCCAGAUGGGCAGGGUACAAAUAAAUUAUUAUUAUUAUUAUUAUUAUUAUUAUUAUUAUUACAACAUAAAAAUACAUAACAUAGUAUUUUACAUAACAUAUGCAACCAUAGGUUGUUUAAAUAGCCAAAGGCCUGGGAGAAAAGGAAUGUUUUUGCCUGACGCCUAAAUAUAUGUAAACAAGGCGCCAGGCGAGCCUCCCUGGGGUGAGCAGUCUACAAGCAGGGAGCCACCACAGAAAAGGCCUGCUGUUGUGUUGCCACCCUCCUGACCUCUCAUGAAGACGUGCCUCAGAUGAUGAGCGCAGGGUCUGGGUCAGUUCAUAUAGGGAGAUGCGGUCCUGAGAUGUUUUGCUAUCUCUUCCAACCGUGAAUUGUUUGCAUGAUUCUUCUCAUUGUAUUUUCUUCUAUUCUUGGGCUGUCCAGAUAGAAGAAAAUGAACAGUUGAAUUCCUGCAUGAUGUUUAAAAGCAUCAGUUCAUUAUUACAAUUUGUUGACAUAUCAAGCCUGUCCCACUUGUUUUCUCUGUAUAAUACUGCUAUAUUGUAGGAGUGCCAUGGUGGGUUCUCAAAGAGAAUUCCUGCAUUCCUAGAUGCAGAUAUGCAACACAGUCCUGUGCAUGUUUACUCAACAGUAUGAUCUAAUUUCAGUGGAACAUGUUCCGUAGUAAAUGUGUAGAGAAUUGCAGUCUAGUUUCUUGGUAUCAAGGAGAAGCGAUUAGGAGUAAUAACAUCUGGCAAGGAUAGGUCUGUCUAGCUCACUGGUUUCAUGAAAGAAGUUGGAUGUGUAGGGAGGCAACUGUUUUGCAAGCUGUUACUUUGUUACAGACGAAGAUAUGGGAUGUUUUUCUAGGGGAUGCAUUAUGGUACAUUCUAAAUGUUUUUAACAAAUGGAGCAAAAUAUAUAAUUUAUAUAGUUGUAUUCAGAAUUUCCAACAUUGUUUUCCUUAUUUAUAGAUGACUCUGCCCCACUGUAAGAGCUAAUUCAGAGCAGACCCAUUGAAAUAAGUGGGUUCAGCUUACUUUAAACCAACAUUGAAUGCUACCCUUAGAGUCCUCUGGCCCGUUCUAUUUUCAAAGUUUUCUUUCUCUUACAAUGCUGUUCUUUUAUUAUAUUGGUCAGAAGCAAUCCUGUUUUUGCAAAACAGACCUUUCCCCCAAACAUAUUUUUUACAUUUUCUUCCAGUGUCUGCAUAGUGUUACAUGGAGUGCAGUGUGUUAACAUGAGACUCUUGUUGUCAGAAGUUGGCCACUUGUCGUUUCCGGCUGACCACGCAACUAAUUAUUAUUUAUUAAUUUACCACUUAAUGCCCAGAUAUCUACAUAAGCUGAUUUAUUAUUAUUAUUAUUAUUAUUAUUAGCUAAAUUUGUAUACCACCCUUCAUCCGUAGAUCUCACAAAAUAUACUUUAACUAAGGGACAUUCUUUUAUUGUAUCUGGAAAGCUGUUUUGAUACAUUCUCCUAUAUCGCCUAGGACAGUGGUUCUCAAACUUUUUUCUCUGGGCCACACUUUAAGAAUAGAAAUUUGCUCGUUCCACAUUGGGAAACAAAAAGAAACAACAACUAGCAGUGUUUGAUUUAUAAUGUAGAGCACAACUACUUUAUAUUACGAUCAUGGGACAUCCAGAAAGUAUAAAACAAUGCAGCUACAUAAUAACAUGAAUCAUUCCCAAAAUAUAAUUAUAAAUGAACCUCUUACAUAUGUACCUUAGGUAUGUAUACAAACCCAAUGAGAGGUGUGAACUUGCAGUAUCAUGUGAUUAUCUUGCACUUUGUUUUGAUAAUAUAUAUCCUGCAAAUAAUAAUUUUAAAAAUAUAUUCUAUUCUAUUAUAUUAUACUACACUACACUACACUAAAAUAUUUAAAUGUUUCUUUGACUGUCCUUGAAUCUUCCCGCCAUACUUGCCAUUUAUGCUGCCACACCCUUUGAGAACCACUGGAUUAGGAUGUCCUUUUAAAUCACAGCUUAGUAACCAGUCCUGCAUAAUUGUUCCUAGCCAAAACCUAAAUCAUCUUCAAAUACCCAGUGAUAUUUCCAAGCCUUGGCUUAAGUAUUUAAUGGCAGUUUUUACACCUGCUAGCACAAUUAACACUCCAGUACUCCAGCAUUUCAGUGAUAUGACGUAUCCAUAUAAACCAAUUUGCUUUCAUCACUAGACCUGCCAAGUUUGGUAGCACAAUCCAUUAUUGGUUUUUUGAAUAUUACAAAAGCAGUUUAGGGCUGUGGCUGGAAAACAGAUUUGAGAGAAGAGCACAGGACCAGAAACUGUAAAUGGCAUUAUACUCGCAAGAUAAUGUUGGUGCAUUUGUUAUAGAUUUGUUACUGACCUUUCUCAUUUACUGAAGGAAAUGUUUUUCGGAAGCCAAAAAGCAACUUUCCGGAGUACAUUUCCUUGCAUUUAAAGCUUAAAUAUAUUUUUCCAUCUUACUUACAGUUUACUACAAUUUUUGUCCUAAGAUUAUUUUCCUGAUUCUUAUAGGGAAUCAUCAGUUAUUAGUCACAAUCACUGAUGCUUGCUGACUUCCUGUAGCUGUCAGCCUGCCUUGCUUAAGGUAGGGUGCUUCCCACUUCAGGGGAAUACUGUGCAAACUUCAUGCUGUCAUGUAUUUCAAGAUCCCCACUCCAUUUAUCAAAAUUAGCAGGAUACAGUGUUCUGCAACAUAAGGAUGGCAAUAUUUUGCUGAAAUUCUGUAGUUACUUUAUCUGUUAUGGAAACACUUCAGUGAUAACGACUGAGAGGUCCUUUUUUCAUGAAGCAAGCUCCAUACUGUUUUAAUUUUAUGUGAAGAAUAUAAAUUGAGCUCCUAGUGAAGCUAACUCAAUUCAUUCCACAUCAGCUAUUAUGGUUGGAUUCUUCCACAUCAGCUGUUUGCUUGUUUGGCUAUUUCUAUAUUGCCUUCCACCAAACAGUCACAGGGCAGUGUACAACAUAUUAUAACACACCAAUACACCCUGAGGAACUUAGUCUCCACACAGGGGAAAUAGUAGAGGGGAAGGAAUUAGGCAAGGAAAAGAUUUAACAUUCACUUAAAUUGUAGUAGCCAAAUGACUUUAAAGGGGCCUAUCUCUUUUUGUGUGAUAGUUGAACUGCUGUGUGAGGGGUCAUUUUGGUGUGGGAUAAUUUCCCCACAUCCGCAGCUGUUAUCAAACUGGAAAAUGUGCAGUGCUACUUACAAAAAAAAAAUGUGUUUUCUUACUUGCAGAAAAUAUCUUUGUAAGGGGCAAUUUAGAUGGGGGAAUGAUGGAGGGAAGCUUCAAUCUAAUUUCCCCAGAUGUGUUUACUUUUGAAAAACUGGGGACUCCUACAUUCUUACCUAUUUUCACCCUAGGACUGUCCCAGCCAAUAUUACCUCUUAAACUAAUGCUGUCAUAGUUGUACAAACUAUCCAGUUGACAUAGUGUACUUGGACUUUCAAAAAGCUUUUGGCAUCACCAGAGACCCAUGACUAAGUUUAACAGUCAUAGACUAAGAGGAGAGGCCCUCUUGUGGAGUAGGACUGUAUGGAAAGUUCUCCAAAUGGAGGGGUGUAAAAAGUGGCUUCAGUCACGGGGCGGGGGGGGGGGGGUUUGGGACCUGGGCUUUUAAAAUGAUUUAGAGUUGGAGGUGAGCAAUGAGGUAACCAGGUUUUCUGUUGAGGCUACAUGGUUAGGUUGGUUAUAACAAAAAGGGAUUGCUAAGACCCCCAAGAAGAUUUUUCUAAGCUGAAUGAAUGGGUGGUGAAAUUGAAAAUGCAAUUCAGUGUAAACAACCAUAAAGCGAUGUACGUCAGGACAAAAAUGUAUUAAUUUUACAUGUACCUUCCUGGGGUCUGAACUGGCACUAUUGAUUAGAAAUGAGUGCCUAGAAUUGUAGUCCAGUGCAGUGCAGAAAUCUCUACUAAAGCAUCCAUGGCAGAUGGCCAUUCAACCUCUGCUAAUAAACCUCCAAUGAAGGAGAGUGCACCACCACCUUCCUACGUAGGGAAUCUGUUCCACUGUUGAACAGCUCUUGCCGUCUUGUUGAUGUUUCGUCUGAUUCUCCCUUCUUGUAACUUGGAUACACUGGUUUGGGUCCUACCCUCUGGAGCAGGAGAUGUCAACCCAAUAUGUGGCGACUGUGAAAAAGGCAAAUUCCAUGCUAAGGGAUCAUUAGGAAAGGAAUUGAAAAUAAAACUGCCAAUGUCAUAAUGCCGUUAUGGAAAUCUAUGGUACGGCCACACUUGGAAUACUGUGCACACUUCUGGUUCUUUCACCUCAAAAAGGAUAUUGUAGAGUUGGAAAAGGUUCAGAAAAGAGCAACCAAAGUUAUUGUGUUGCCUCUUGGUUGCCUUUUCUCUUGGCUUGAAGCCUCAAUUGCUGUAACCUUUCCUCACAGGGGAGUUUGCAGGCUUCCCAUAGGGGUCUAGGCUGACCACUGUGAGAACAGGAUGCUUCGUCAGGUGGGCCACUUUCCUGAUCUAGCAGGCUCUUCUUAAUGUACUUAAGUUUCCGUAUAUGGUCUCUUUUUAAUCGAGUUGUUUACUUCUGAUCCAAACAUGGCUGUGUCUGGUCAUCCUUACAGUUGGUAAUACUUAAAGGCAGUCAAUCCUGUGACAUGUCGUAUGAAGCUAAGGUAGCCUUGGAAAAUAACCUCUACUAAGGUUUACUAGCCAACAAAAUGUUUUACUCAUCUGCUUUUUAUAUAACAGGGCAGAGGAGGAUGGACAGAUCACUCUGUUCCUCCUUUGCCAGUCCCUCUUAUGAGUAAAUAGUGGAUGAAUAAAACAUUUUGUAAGCUAGAAAUGAGCACUCUGGGCCUCUUUUGACAGCCCACUUGGUUUCUGUGCUGACCGUGCAGAAAGAGGCUUUGCUUCCUGCACAUCCAGCCUUGAAGCAGAUGAGAGGUGAAGUGAUCCAUGCCAUUUUAUUUCUACGGCAGAGGGCUUCAGCUCUCGCACAUUCAGCAUAAAAAACUCUGCAUAGAUUACUGUACCCCUUCACCCACUGUGCACCUGUGCUAGAUGUACAUCCAGCAUAGAAACCAAUCAUGUGGCAAGUGGUGGCACAAAAUCACUCAAUCCCUUUGCCAUCAACCUAAGUUGGCAUUUAUGUGCUGGAUAUGCAGGAAGCGAAACUUUCCUGCACACCCAGUCCGCAGGGUUUCUAGGCUAGAUGCACAGUAGGUCCUCUGGGUUUCGUAGGAAAACAGCAAGCCGGCAGGGGAGCGAGGGAGCAUUCUUUUCCUCUUGCUUUCUGUUCUUAGCACACAGGAAAGAGCUUCACCUCUUCUGUCUUCAGUAUAGAAGCAUUAAAGGGCUGCCAGCAGAAGGAUGGAACGAUUCAUAGCUCCACCAGCAGCCUGCUUGGUUUCUAGGCUGGGUAGAAAGCAUGGAUCUUUCCAUUCUCAAAACGCAGGGCAGGAUUCACCCAAUGAGCCCUAUCAGCGGAAGCCCCAUGCAAGGACCUCGUCUUGUACAACAGGGCUUUCCACCACUCCUGCAAAAAUGGCUCUGGGGAGGUCAGGGGAACCCCCAGAGCAGCUAGGGGGCAGGGAGGAGAGGGGGAAUCAUUCCAUCUGCAAGCUGAAAUGCUUGCACAGACAGGAUGAUGUUUACAGUGCAACAUUGAAUUCCACCCACAGAAGGCCCCAAUUGUUUAAUCCUCCCUUUGGGGGCCUUUCAUUUUCUGCAUCAGGCAUGGAGGAGUCAAAGUACUUUCCUCCACACCCAGCAUAAAAAUGCUGGAAGUACCUGGAGAAGGGACUGGAAACUUGAUCCCACUUCGGCUUUCUUGCUCACUCAUCACCAAAGAAAAAUUACUAGUCAUCUAAGAUAGCAACCAAGUGGACCAAGUUGGACUGAGGCUCAAAUUACCGUAUUUUUCGCUCUAUAAGACGCACCAGACCAUAAGGCGCACCUAGUUUUUGGAGGAGGAAAACAAGAAAAAAUAUAUUCUGAAUUUCAGAAGCCAGAGCAAGAGGGAUUGCUGCGCAGUGAAAGCAGCGAUCCCUCUUGCUGUUCUGGCUUCUGGGAUAGCUGCACAGCCUGCAUUCGCUCCAUAAGACGCACACACAUUUCCCCUUACUUUUUAGGAGGGAAAAAGUGAGUCUUAUAGAGCAAAAAAUAUGGUACAUAUUACAGGCAGAGACCAUCUAACAUGUGUCUGAUUGUGCGCAUGCUCCUUGCUGCCGACCCAGAAGAGGCCCCGAAACAUUGUGGGCUUAUGUGCUUUGCCCAUGCGCACAGGCGUCAGGAACAGAACCCUCGUGCAAAAUGGUUGCUGCCUCUACUUCAUUGGCAGUUUUAUAUGUCUUUUUAAAACAAGGUACUUUCAGGAAUCGGGCUGCAAGGCAGGGAAGAUAUAGGCCUACUUAAUUAUUGAUAAUUCAGCUCAAAAUCACCCUUUCCAAAUUGAUCUUUUUGUUCAUAUGACUGCGAGAGAGAGAGAGAGAGAGAGAGAGAGAGAGAGAGAGAGAGAAUAUAUAGAUGUAGGCUGCUGGGGGUGAUGGAGGUUGUAGUUCAACAACAUCUGGGUGGUCACAGGUUGCCCACCCCCCUUGUAGGUGAAAAGCACCAGGAAAUCGGUGAUUUUAAGCAGAGUAGCCAGAGGGGAAAGAAUUAAGCAAGCUUCCUUUCCCUAUUACACAGCUUGUCUAAGCUGAUUUUGCUUUAAAAAUGUGGGCUUCACCUUAACAUGUACUUUAUUUCUGAAAGCAGCCAUUUUUGGGGAUUCACACUCCUUCAAUAUUGCACUAUCCAAAUUGUUCCAAGUGCAGAAACGUUGGAAUAUAUCACAAGAUAUUGAGAAGACCUUUCUUGCUAUUUCUAUUACUCUUCCUAUUCUUUCUUCUUGAGAGUUUACAUUGUAGCACCGGUUGGGAAUUUUUGGACAUUUCACUGGGACCAGUGCUGGUCCAAGAUAUUUUGAAGCUGCCCACUCUCCCCCCCCCCCCAUUGGAUUAAUAUUGAAGGGCAGGCAAUUUUAAAAUAAUUUUAAUUGUACCUUUGCAAACAAAAAAUUACUCCUUUAUUUUAAAAGAAAAACAAAAGCCAAGCCUUUUCAAGCCCAUUUUAAACAUAAACACUAUUGUUUGAUUUCCAUGUGAGUUCAUUAGGCUGGGGGAGAUCAGAAACCAAAUGGCAGGCACUCAUUAUUUCUGUUUUCUUGGACAAUCAAUUCUUCUCUUCCCCAUGUCCAUUCUCUCUUCCUGGGAGUUUACGAGAGAGCAUGCUUAAAAAUAAGUUUGGUGAUAGAGAACACUAAUGGAGGACUGAGCUGUUGUGCACUGCUUGUUUGACCAUUUCCGAUUCAUGGGCAGCAAAAUUGCCAUGUUUCCAACUUCCCUUCUCUGCUACACAGCAUUGCACUGGAAAUUAUGGCAUGAGUGCAUAGAAGUGUGAAAACUAUUUCUUCACCCUUUACUGAAUGCUACAGAUGUUCUAAAGGAGGCAGGUGACAAAUUCUUCACUUCGUAGUUUAAUUAAAAGAUGAGUUAAGUAGCUGUCACCAUAGGGGAAAUGUCAUUUGCCUUCCGCUGCAGCAGAAAUGUUGCAGCUGAUUGGAAGUUGAACCAGCACUUCUGUUCCUCUUUGCUUGCGCCGAGACGGCAGUAGCAAAGGAAAUAGAUCACUGAAUUUCAUCCCACUGCAUGUAGAGUGCUUUGGCUGCUGACGUUCCCAUUGACAGGACUUUCUAACCAUGAUUACUUUCCUCUGAAUUUGUUCUUCAAGUUCUUCACACCUUGAUUGUGGUUAUCAGCUGGGAAUCUGUGGUGCAUGAUGAGACCCAUCACGUAUCAUUGCCUCGUACCUUAGCGUAAUUCCCCUGAAUGAGGAAGAGAAGUGAGGUUGCUAAGAGACAGUGAUGCAUCCCAUGACGGUGGCAGUGCUUAGAAAUCCUAGCAGUGAGUCAAUCACGUAAAUUAUCUUGUUGCAGCCUUUAAAACAAUCUUGCAAGGUAGGUUAGUAUUAACUCCAUAUUGCAGGAAGUAAGCUGGGGGGAGAGAGAGCCGUUUAGCCACCUAGUGAGAUUUGAUCCAGGUUUCCUUGGUUGUAACUCAGGGCUGUUUCACACUUACCUUUCAUUCAUGCUUUAAAGUUCCCUGUCCGAAUUCAGUUUGAACCUGAAAACUCGCCCUUUCAUCUUGCCUGGGUGCAGUUUUCACUGCCUUGUCCGCAUCUAGUCCCCAGUGGGUAGACAGGCAUUUUGUAAAUUCAGGGUGUUAAGACAGGCAGAAAACAUGGCAUCUCCUUCUGAAUUUCAGUCUCUCAUUCUCUUGCCUCAUAAUGGAAAAAGAUGGAGAUCUCCCACUAGAUGUAGGAAAGCUGCCUCCGCUUAUCGUUUAGUCAACCAGUUUCUCCAUGUACAUUGAAAUCAGUUGUGUGUAUUAAAAGCUGUUGAAUCAAAUCAAAUGGGGAAGAUGCUAUAUAGAGAUAAAGGGGCAUUUAGUCUGUGCACACACCCUACAUUUAAAAGCUUUGCCACCACUGCUCCCAAGAACCUUGGGAACUGUAGUUUGUUAUGGGAGCUAUAAGGGUUAAACUGCAGUUCCCAUGAUAUAUUUUUUGACCAAGUGGGGUACGCUUUAAUUGGAUGGUGUGUGCCUCCUGUGGGGGGACAUAGCAUAUGUAAAACAAUGAAAAACUGAAUAUAUUGAGGCAGAAGAACUGAAUAUGAACUUGGGCAAACCUGUAAGCUGCAUGUGCAUGGUGUUGAUUGGAGCUGGUUGUCAUUUUUACUGUAAUUAUACUCAUUACCUUUGAAUUAACGAGGGGUGGGUUCUGAUAGAUUAUAGGGGGGUGACAAAAGUUUUCCUUGGUCAAAUGUUCUUACUGCGUUGCAAGGCCAAGAUCAUCCCUGACCUGUGUGAAUCCCUAUGGUAUGUAGUUAGCACCAUGUUAAAAAGCUAAGCUGUUUGUACUGGAUAAAGUUGAUCUGCGAAACGUAAACACGAAACACGACAAUAAAACAGAAGCUGUUGAAAUUUUGGCUGCUAAAAUGGGCUCCUGCCAUCCGAAUGCAGAAGCAGAUUUACUGUUUUGUUCUUCCUAGCAUCACCACAUGAGCACAGUGCAAAGAGCACAAAGUAAUCAUCUAUCCUGCCAUGUGAUAUUAUGUCAUUUCCGAUGGUGUAUGUGCUGUCACAGAUAAGGCAGUAACAUAGAUGCUAAUUUAUUGGCUUUUACAUGUUCAUUUUUAGAGUUCAUCCUGAUUUUUAGAUAAUCUUUCUGUUUCUUUAAGCUUCUUAUUAAUAAGAGCCCUUCCCUGCUGAAAUGCAGUAUAUAAAUAUUGUAAAUAAAUACUAUUUUCAACCAAAUCAGGUAAAAUAAAUGCAGGGUUUCUUAUUUGUAAGAAAGGUUUCUUAUUUGUAAGAAUUUGGUUAGCUACUGAUAUGUGUUUUAGUUUAAGCAUUUCAUUUAUUUCACUUUAAAUUGCAGUUGAGUUGCUUGUACAACUAAUUUUUAUUUUUUUAAUUCUGUCUGUUGAUUAAAAUAACACAAAUCGUUUAUAAAUUCUGCAUGUAAUCCUGCUGCUACCUCUCUCUUGUCUUUUAUUCUCUUAAUGUGAUUCCUGUAGGGAAAAGCUUCAGUAAGUGUGGCCACUAGUAAAUUCUUAAUAUAUCCGUUUAGUUUUCCUAGUUUUAAGGACACUAUGGAAUCUAGAAGAAUCAGCACCUGUUAAUGACAGACUCUCAGGAUAAAAAUAUUUCUAAGCAGUCCUCCUGAAAGCUGUGUUGGCUGUAUGGGUAUGCUUUCUGGAUUGGAAUGGAAGUGUUAGGUGAAAAAGUUUAUCAGAGAAAAAGGAUUUCAUUCCCCCAUUUGGAAAUCGUACACGUGUGCUGCAAAGAAUACUGAGUCCUUUUUUUUUGUUUCUUAUGUUUCAACAGGGCAGAGUUUAGGGUAUGGAUUUGUUAACUAUAUUGAUCCAAAGGAUGCAGAGAAAGCCAUUAACACUUUAAAUGGACUCAGACUCCAGACCAAAACCAUAAAGGUAAGAGAAUACAAAGAGUAUUUUGCUAAAUUCAGGAGGAAGAGUGUAGUUAAGACAGUGUCUGGCUAUCUCAGCAAUGUUGCAUUCUUCACAGCCCAAAGGGUGCAACUAGCUCUUACUUUGGAACAAAGGAAAGGUGUAUAGCAGAUGGCACUUUCUUCUUCUUUUCAAACUGCCUAUUGUUUUUGUUUAUAAAAAGAAAAGAAAAAACCAAGCAGAAAAUCUUUAAAUGACUAUUACAGGAUUUCAAGUCAGCAUGUCAAAAGCACAGCGUUUAGAGAGUCAUCCACAAAAAUCAUAGCAGCAAAUUAGGGGGGGAAAUAGGCUUUUUACGAAAUGGCUACUACAUGGGGUUUGGUUGCUUAUUUCGGCUAUCAUUAUCUUGCCAUGAGAUAACUGGGCAUACGACUGAUGCUCUUGUCAAGAUGCACCUGUAGUUACCCUAGAGUAAAUGGUGAUCAGGUACCAGUUUUUAGCAUUAAGUUUGUUUUCCAGAAAGCAGAACAUUCUGAAGGAAACUCAAGAUCAAGUGAUCUUAAAGCAUUUGUCUGCAUUCUGUUAGCAUUUUUGGUACUGUAGUUCUUUAUGGGGGGAACUAGAGUACUGGGCUGUAACGUCUUCCUGAUUUCAGAGAGAAAAACUCCAUGCAAAUUCUUUCAUAAUAUAGCUACAUGUACGUUGUAGUAAUUUAAUAUAUAUUCUAUUUUUAGCAUACUCCUUCUAAAUCCACUUAACAUAGUAUCAAAUUUGAUAUCUUUUACACUAAGAAAAUGCUUACUAUAGGAUUCCCUGCAAUUACUACACAUUUUGCUUCAGUGAGUUAAUAUGAGGAAACAAAACAAAAAUAUUCUUAUUGUUACAGUGUAGUACUGAGUCAGCAGCUUCCUUGUCUGCUUCCAAAUUAAAGGAAGAAAUUGCUGGCUUCACCUGAAAGCCCAUAAGCAAAAAAAAGGGGGGGUCCUCCACUUUUUUAAGAAAGAAAGAAAAAUAGAUUGUAUGUGUCUUAAAUAGUCCAACUUGCAUUAAAUUUACCCUCAAGGUAGAGAUUUUUAGUGCCGUGUUCACUUUCUGUAUUAUUUUUCUGCUUGAAAGCUUGGUCAUCUUUGCUGUUUUAUAAGUUGCUUUCUCGUGUUAUUAUCAUAGUGCUAUAGACUCAAAUUUGGGGUGGGGAGAAACCAUGAUAAGUAGGAUCCUAGAACCCCAGAAUUUAUUGACUAGGACUCUAGUAUCCACUUUUAGAUGCACGCAUUUAAAUAGGUUUUCAUACUUAACCAGUUAAUGACUAAAAAACCAUUAUAUUUUAAUGGUGUUUAUCUCUUGUUUUACUCUUUAAAGUAAAAUGUGUAUUUUGAGGGGCAGGGGUGGUCUUGAUCUAAAGGCUAAACUUCUUUUAAUUCAAAUAUGUCUACCAUAUCAAAUUUGGAUAGUUAUUGUUUUUUAAAGACUAUGGGUAUGAUUUUGGUCCAGGGUACAUCAAGGUGGUUAGCGAAGAAAUAAUAAAGGAAAAACCCAAUAGAACUGUGCUGUGCAAAGGUAUGAAAUAAUAUGUAAGAAGCAUUAAAAAAGUUUUUAAAAAACAUCCUAUCUCUUCCCUAAAGGUUUGUUUUGCUGGUUAGGGUGUGAAAGUAAAAGAGAAUGUUCAGCCAUUUCAACCCAUUUGUUUAUGUAUAACUCGUUCUGUGUCCUUGUUUAUUUUUCGAUUGUGAUAUGUUCUGAUCUGUGUAAACACACUAGAGAGGAUUAUGUUCAUCCGUAAUUUUUCCUAUAGCAUUGAAGGUUUUCUUUUCUUCUUAGUAUCUGCUUUGUAAAAUGACAGGCUGUUCUCCUUGGUGUUAAAUGGGACACCUUCACCUUGAAAUUUAAUAAUUUAACAAUUACUUAUUUUAUUAUUAUGGCCUAGAAAUGUUACUGCUUCUUUGUUUUAAACCUUCUUGUUUCCUACACUAAAGUGCCUCCCACACAUGUGCACUGAAUAUGGAAAACAAUAAAUAGACAGGGAUUUGUUUUUGCAUUUCUUCACAUGAAAGAAAGCCUAAAUUCUCUCUCUGCACAUGGGGGAAAAAUAUAUUGUGAAGAAUGCUAGAAUUCCCUCAAAAACUAACACUCUGUGGGCAGGGUUGUGUGUGGUUUUUUUUAAAAAAUUGGGACAGCAGGGUCACCUAACUGCAGUUUGAAGUGAUACAAUUUUAUAUAGAUCAUGUUAAAGAAUUAUAUUUGUUAUCAUAUAAUUAAAAAAACGGGGGGGGGGGGACCACCACAAUUACCAGUACUUAAAACACCAUAGAUGUGUGAAAUAAGGACAUAGAGCUUGCUUAAUUCCUUCUGAUUGGUAGAAUGCUUGAUUAAACUAUGGUGGGGUUUGAUUAACUAAAGUUGCUCUCAAAACAAGGGUAGUUAGUGAUCUGCAUGUGGAAUUACAGAACCAGGAUAAAACAUCUGUAUGUAAAUUGUGCUAGAUAAUGAGAUAACAGUUAGUCAUCUUGUUAUAAUCAUAGUACAUAAGAACAGAUUGCUGGAUCAGGCCAGUGGCCUUUGUAAACCAGCAUCCUGUUCUCACAGCAGCCAGCCAGAUGCCUGUGGGCAGCCCACAAACAGCAUCUGAUCAUAAGAGCCCUCUGCCCACCUCUGGUUCCUAGCAACUGGUACUCAGAGGCAUUUCAGUGCUGUAAGUUUACAGUGUCCUCAUAAUUUUAAACUUCAUGUAAAAUUAUGAAUGAAUGAAUGAAACAAUGAAAAUACUUCCUGAAGAAAUACAGCCGCUGAACAAUAUUGUCUAGUUUUAAGAUGGCUCCUUCUGUCCCUCCAUGACCACGAUAAAAAGUGUAAUUACACAACUGUCACUAUUUUCUGACAGUUUAUUUAGUUUUAAUAAAGUUUACAUUUUAUUAUACUUCUGGUACUGAAUUACAAAGUUGAUUGGCUAGAAGAUGAAACAACGCAAAUGGCAUCAACGAAUCUGAAAUCUUUAUUUUUAUUUUAUUGCACUGACAGUGUGCAUAACACUUCUAAGUAUAAGAGGAUAGGUUUCUACUCCAAGGUGUGAAAUCUGAUGCUGGUCAAGCUGCAGAGAGAGAGAGAGAAGGAAUGGGUCUACAUUUCAGUGGCACAUGCUUAGUCUUAAUUACAGUAGGAUAUUGCGCUGAAGGCUUAAUGGAAAAGCUGGGUUUCGAGAAGUCAUUUGAAGGAGAUGAGAUGUUGCAUGUUGAGACCCCAAAACCACCCCCUCAUUGAUGAAUAAGACACAAGAACAUGUAUAUUCGGUUAAUGGUUAUUGGGCAAAUUUAGGCCACAGCUAUAUUGGUUACAGAAUGUGAGCGGUAUUGGCUUAGGCAUUGGAAUUGACCCGACUAUAUCUGACUCCUACCCGUCAUGCAGGGAGUCUGUAAGGGUCAACCACUGGUAGGAGGAGCCCUGUUGAUGCAAACCAACUCAAGCUCCCCCUGGGUUCCCGACAGGGUCGUGGCAUGGCCCUAGCCCUGCCCCAGGCUUUCGACAAGAUCCACACCCCCGAAUUCCUUUAACAGAAUACCCUUAAGCUUAGAGGGGCAGGUGAUGGCCACACCUCACCUCCCCCAUCAUAAGACCAACCAAUGCCUAACCACAACCCUAACAAAGUUGUGACGAUUGCUACAAGGUAGGCAAAAACCAAAUGACCCAUGCCAAUUUGCCAAGUGGAAAAAUUCCUACCAGGCCCCUCAACGGCAACCAACCGAUGUCCAUAGCAAGGCCAAUUUCGAAACCUGAAACUAGGGAGGGCAGGUGGAAGAUCGAGGAAGCGAGCCAAGAGGAAGCUCUCCGGUUUAAAUGGGGCCCGGCCACGUCCCACACCCACACCCCCCAGCCAACAGAUUGGCUGGCUGGACAAUAACGUGGCCGGUAACCUCUGGGUGACGUGGGACUUUGUCCCCCGCCCCCGGAGGGGAGUGGGUGGCCAUGUGGUCCACUGCAACCCCUCCCCACUGGAAAGUAGAGUGGAUUUAGCACCAUUCCGGGCUCCAGGGGCAGCAGUGGAUAACGGGGCACAGCAUUUGAGGGAGCAGAAGAUGUUUGCACACUUGACAUGGGUGGAGCUUGAAGAGCAAAGACCACAAACAGGAAUGCAUUGGGAUGUGAGAGCAGAGAGAUCAAACUUGAAAUAAUGAAAUAAUGUUCACAAACAGUCAAGUGAGAAAAUACACGGGAAGUACAAGGCUUGGGAGCAGGGGGGAAACAAAAUUGAAUUCUUGAGACAUACUGUAGCCCUAGAAACUUCUGUAGGGAAAAGUAAUUGGUAGAAAGUGUCGGGGGAAGGAGGGAAUCCUCUUUCUCAAACAUUUCCUAUUAUUAAAGGGAGAGGGCAGGGAAAUAAAUUUUAUUAUUUUGCUGUUUGAAUACCAUAGCUGUUCUACCAUACUUGUCUCAGGAUGUGGAAGUAGAAAAUUGCAGAUUUAGUGGUGUGAUUCACAUCCCACUGAAGUUAAUGGCAAAGUUUAGUUGAUGAUAAGGGCUGUGGAUUGCCGCCUUACAAUAACCAAUGGGAAGCGUUCUGUUGGCUGUGGUGCUUUAACCCACUUGCGAAUUUUAUUCCCAUGGUAUUGCCAAAAUAAGUUACUGUGUAAGUUUUGCUUGUCAGGACCACAGUUGCUUUUACAAUCAGUAAUAGUUGCUAUGAUGCUUAGUUAUAUAAAUAUUCUUGACAUUUUUAGCAUUAGUUAAUGUCAUUGGCCUGUCAACAGUAUUGUUGCUUUUUUUUUUUUUUAAGUGACUGCUUUUGGGUGACCUAAGUGAGUGAUUUUGUUCCUUCCACUUCAGCAACAGGCCAAGUAAUUGCAUGAGGGCAAGUAGUUAAAUUUUGUCACAUAAAUGGUUGUCAUUAAAAGGAAAUACAUUGCUAGUGUCCGGUAUAAUUAGGUUUUUAAACUCUCUCAUGUGUCAUCUUUGACAUGAUGUCAGAGACCACUGUAGAUGACCAGAGCAUCUAUCUGCAGCCCUAGCUCUUGCAAUGACAAGCAUUUAAGAAAAAGGAAGAUGCUAGCAAAUAAUCACACUUUUAAUGGAAUAAUGAUCACCAUAUAUAAGAACAUUCCCAUGAGACAACACAAAUUUCAAAUACCCUUGUUACAGAAAUUAUUUUGACAUCUUAUAGUGUGUGUCAUGGUGUUGGUCACCCUGUUAUGCCCAUCAAAUUUCAAACAUCUUGGCCAUUGGGCAACAUUUAAAUUUUUUGUCUUCAUCUUUGGAGGCGUAACAAGUGGAGAAGUUAUAAACCUUUUGUUUGAACACAGACAGAAUUUUUGACCAGUAUAAAAGCAGUGGCUCAGGGAGGUCAGGCCAGGGAGGAAAUGCAUUAAUUCAAAUUUUCUUAAAACACAGUUUUGUCAGAGAGGAAGCUGUAGCUUUUGGAGUGGGGGGGCUGAGUCCACAAUGUGAGACCGCUGGCACCUGUCUGUUUGGCUGCCGUGAUAGAUGUCCAUUGUGCACACGAGGAGCUGAUUGCAAAGUCAGGUCUCGCAGUUUAACUGUCAGGUGCCAACCAUGCACUGAAAAAUAACAGCAUGCCCAAAGUUGUCGUCCACCUUGUACUCAAAGAUCUAUAUAACUAUCACAUUUGUCACUUCUGUCACAAUCUUCACACCGCAUUUAUUUCAGCCUCCAGUGAGGCAUCCAGUGCAGUGGCUGCUGUGACAUGGAUAGGUUUCAGCUGAUGUCACCUAAAGAUGUGUGCAAGAUGCUUGGAACAAUGCACCCAACCAUUUGCUUCCUCAGCCCUUGUUCCCUCUUGGCUUAUUAAAGCACGCCAAGCGAGGUUGACCGGGUGGGCCCUGGGUGUGGUCAACACAUCACUGCAGGAUGGACUGGUCCUGGCAGUUUUGAAAGAUGCUUUGAUUCAACCACUCCUGGAAAAGCCUACAUUGGACCCCCUCGUUUGUGACAAUCACUGCCCUUUCACAAAUACCAAUUCUUGAGGGAAGGUGAUUGAGGGGGCUAUGACAGGACAGUAACAAGUAUUAUUGAGUGAUAUGAGUUAUUGACAUAUUCCAGUCAAGAAUCAGGCUUGGUUUGGGGACUGAAUCAACAGUGAGCACCCUAGCGUAUGGCUUUUAUCAGGAGUACAAGGGAUGUGUGACCCUGUAAUGGUGUGUGAUACCAUUGAACACAAUGUGGUCCAGAACUGAUGAGAUGAGCAGUGUUUUUAGUGUUUGAUGUUGUAUUGUGUUUUAAUUUGUUGGAAGCUGCCCAGAGUGGCUGGGAAAACCCAGUCAGAUAGGCGGCAUAUAAAUAAUAAAUUAUUACUAUUUUACAGUGGUUCUGAUCCUUUCUUUGAGGUCAGUUUCAGAGAAUAGACUGGUGGUUUUUCGGCCCCCUGGCAGUGGGGUGCUGCAAGGUACCAUCCUGCCCCGCCCCCCCGGUGUCAUUUAGCGUGUAUGAAGCCAUUGGGAGCUAUCAUUAGGAGAUUUCAGUGUUAGAAACUGAGAUAUGAAAGCUAGGAGCUAAAUGGCACCUUAAACCUAGGUUAUGGGUGCAACAACAGAAUGUCUAGGCGCACUUUUUUAAUAACAAGAAUGCAAAGCUGAAAAUGAAUGAACUGCAGCUAAAAUACUGUGUUCAUUUUUCACAUGGUCUAGUCCUUCUCCUGCCCACCCCCCUUAAAUUUUUAGGAGGGUCUCUUCCAGUCUUCAAAGAGUAGCUAGAAGUGGGGAGGGAGAAAAUGGUCCUCCUUUCCUUCCACUCUGCAGUUUUAAUCUGAUACCUUAGGUGCAGUACUGCGCCCAGAGCUCAGAAACUGCUCACACUAAAGAAAUUCCCAGUCACAAAAUGUGCCUAGAACAGUAGGAGUUUCGAACACUGGCAGAUUUUAAGGCUAGGGUAUCUAAAAGAUUAACUCACCCACACAUACCCAAUUGAACACUAUACCCUGCGCAUGUCUUCUCAUCAGGAGGUAUGAUAUAGGAAUCAUACCUUUAGUGUGGUUUCCUCUUGUCACAAGCCUUUCAAGUGAAGGUUUUUACCUAAUAUUUAUCUGCAUUGAACUGGAAAUUGUAUUUAUAUAUCUUUUUAUAGUUGAUGUAUGUUUGUUUUUAUUUAUUGUUAACUGCUUUGGCAUGUUUCGUGGUAAAUGAUUCUUACAUGAAAACAAUCCUAGUAAUAACACACUAUCCUUCCUUUGAGGAUCUCAGUGCAGUGCAGCAUACACGGGGUUUCCCCAUUUCAUCUUCACACCAUUACUGUGAAGUAGGUAGCCUGAGAGUGAUCUGGGCCAAAACCAGCAUUUAAUACACUACACUGGCUCAGUGUGAGGUCCAAGUGAACUAGUGUUAACUGCCCCUCCUGAAGAUAGUGUGAUCUCUUAACCUAUAAACAGUUGGGAUGUCUAAAUAAUUAUAAUGCUAGUAUCCUGCAUCAUAGUUUUAUAUCUAGCUUAAAAUAAAUUCAGCUCAGACACACCUGCUUUAGGGCUUCGUGUAAUUCUUGCCUCCUCCUUACCAUGUUCUAAGCCCUAGGACUGAAUUACCAGAUGGCAGACCAACUGAAUAACUUCAGCCAAGCAGUUAUUCUAAUCCAUUUGAUGUUGAAUUAGAAUAGCAAUAUAAAGCUAAUCAUCUGAUGUUACUGAGCAAAGUCCUUAAGCGGGUGGUUGCUAACCAGAAUCAGGUUCUCUUGGAUCCCGUCUGGUUUUCUAGAUCCAUUUAAAUUGGGGUUUAGGCCUUGUUUUGACACAGAAACUGCCUUGGUCGCUCUGUAUUUGUUGGGUUAGGGAUGGAUGAGAAACAGGGAGAGUGUUGAUUGACCAUGGUAUUCUUUUAGAGUGGCUGUCCAAUUUGGGAGUGGGUGGUUCCACUUUAAAAUAGUUCCUACCCUACUUAGAUGCCCAUCUCCAGAGAGUGGUGUUGGGAGAUGCUGCUUGGCCCCAUGGAUUCUCCAGUGUGGGAUGCCACACGGACCAGAUUUGUCCACCCAGGCUGUUUAGCAUCUACAUGAAACCACUGGCUGGGCUCAUCCAGGGAUUUGGACUGUGUUGUCAUCAAUAAUCAGAUGAGACACAAAUCUGUUUUUCAUUACCUGUUCUGGAUAGAGUUGAGCUUCUCCUAAAGGAGCAAGAAUACAGUUUGGGGGUGCUUAGGGACACAGCAGGUGUCUGUGGAGACACAAGUGACCUCAGUGGCACAGAGUACCUUCCAUCAGCUUUCACUGGUGGCACAGUUAUGACGCUGUCUUGACAGGGGCAGCCUAACUUCUAUUAUAAACACUGUACUAACUUCUUGCUUUAGAUUACUGCAAUGUGUUAUACUUCGGGCUGCGUUUGAAUACAGUCAGAAACGGCACAUAGUGCAGGAUUCAGAGGGCAGACUAGGUGAUCUGGUGAUACCAUACUAAUCCUGGCACAGUUGGCUGCUAAUUAAGUUCCAGGCUCAGUUCAAAGUGCUGGUCAAGAUUCCAGUACCUUAAGGACCAGCUCCUCACACAUGAACCUACCCAGUCCCUGUGUUCAUCAUCUGAGGACCUUCUUUGUGGACCUAAAGGGGUUAGUGGAGGGGGUUGGUGAGGUCUUGGGGGGGUGACGAACGAAGCAAGCAGGGACACAGCCCCUAGCAAUAAAUAAUACUGAUAAUGAUGUUCCUAAUAGGAUCCAGUUUGGUCUUUUUUUCUCCUUAGGAAAGGAGUGAGUUGAUUAUUAUCUUGCUUCUCACAUAUAUUUGGAUUCACACAUUUUUUUAAAUUGCUAAGAGCACAUUUUUCUUCACUUUUCUCAAAAGUAGCUCUCUGGUAAGUGGGGAAUUCUUUGCUUCCCCAGCAAUAACAUUUCCCCAUUUGGAAGAGUUAACGGUGUUACCAAAAAGAUGCUGUACAAGAAGGAAUAUUCAUGGUGUAUUAUAUAAAUGCCACAUCCAGUUUUGUGUUUCAGGCAUGAAAACAAGCACCUGGAUUUUAGGGUUCUUUAAUCCCGAAAAUAUGCAUAACAUGAGCAGAUCUCUUUAGGUUCCUCUGUGUUCCCCUGUAGAACCCUUCCUGAACUGUUGUGCAUCCAUUCAUUUAGGUACAUAAUGCUUCACAUUCCCUUCUUCCUUCCUUGUUGCUUUUUCAUCAAGUCUAAUAUUUCUCUCUCACUUGCAUCUUACCUACACUCCUUAAUGUGCACCCUCAGAAGCUACUUAGUCACCUCCAUAUUAAAUUACCUAUUUGUGCUACUGACUGGCACAACUUAAAUAUUAAUAAUGAACAUGGUAAUAAACAUUACAUUAGGAUAAAGGUGACGUGAUCAAAUGGCCCAACUCCUGCAGCGUAUUUCACCUCAAGCAGUUGAUGAAACCCAAGAGCAAAUGGUGACAAAUGGAGUGAUCUAUUUCUUUUCCUUUUCAUUGAACUUCCUGGUUUAGGUAUAUCCUGAAGCAUCAUCUGUAUCCCCUAGAACAUCUUGACUUAAUAGUUAUUGAUGCUCCUAUUUCACUUGAAUUACAUAAUCCCCCUGUGCAGCUUGUUAUGAAAGGUAAAUAAAGCAUUCUGGAAAGUACUGUCUGCACAUGAAUUCGGUUUUAUUCUGUGCUGCCUCCAUGGGUACCACAGCAAGACACUUACUAAGCUCCAACAUAUUUAGUACUUACGCUCUGUGGAAGUUCAGAGUUAACAGAUACAGAAUAAAUAUACAAAGGGUGUAACUGAUAGCCGCUGCUUGGGAAGGGGAAGAGAGAGGAAGCCCCAGAACAGCAUAUAGGGAGAGGAGAGGGGAGUUAGCUUUGUCAAGAAAGCAGAAAUAGUUGAGCUGAAUAGUCUCUUUAGCACUAUAUUGAUUUCUACCCAUUGUUUGAUUGGGUAACUAUAUCACAAAAUUUGGUUAAGUGUGAAUUUCAAGGGAUGGUUGUGUUUUGGUUCUCAUACUGUUUUGGAAAGCACAGGUUUGAUAGAUUCGCCUUUAAAUGUGACCUGAACCAAAUUUGUUCCGAUCCCUACUUUGCAGACAGCUUAUAUAAUUUGUGUUCUUGCUGGAUGGAUUGUGGAGGGAUUUAGGGCAGAUCCUGAAAAGGCUCCGGCUGCGUGCAUUCCCAGAGAUCCCUCUUGUUUUUUAAAAGACAUUUCAACAAACUUUCCAGACCCAUGAUUCUAACUAAAUAGUAUAUCCACGUAUCUAUAUAUCCCUCCCACAUCUGGAAUAGAGCAUAGAUGUUAUAAGAAAAUGGCAGAAAAUUGAAUGACGAUCAGAAGUAAUUGUGCCAUCUAGAGUGACCACUGAAAAUGAGCCUUAAAAAGUGGCUUUAUAAAUAUAGAAGCUUCAAUAUAUGCGGGAGGGAAUCAAAGAAUUGUAGAGUUGGAAAGGCUCACGAGGGUCAUCUAGUCCAACCCCCUGCAAUGUGGGAAUCUUUUUGCCCAACAUGGGGCUUGAACCCACAAUCCUAAGAUUAAAAGUUUAAUGCACUACCUACUGAGCCCCUCCCUGCAACACUUCAUUUUAGAUCCUUUCAGCAGGACGUUAACACACACAAAUUCACUGGGCAGUAGUGAGCGCUCUAUGCCAGCAUAAAGGUAUUUGGAUUGCUCUGUCUGAAAAACAGCUCCCACUGUACUUUUCUAUGCCUUGUAACUCUGUGGGCAAGAGGGGCUGAUUAUCAUUGGGAAUCAUGGUUCGGGAAGGGAGGGCUAAAUCUUCCCUCCUUUUGGAAAUGACCGUCACACCUGGUAUCUAAUUUUUUUAAAAAAAUAUAUAUGCAGUUGCUAACCACACUUAGUAAAUAAAUGUGUGUUUUGGCCUUCAUUUUAGGAUUUGUCAAACUACUACUCUAGGCUCUUCUUUCCAGUUGUGAUGUAUUGGUCAAACUGCAUGUUAGCGCUUAAUACAUAGUGUGCAGCUACAUUGCUUGUUUGUCCUUAACUGCAUGCUCAGGGGGCUCUGUUAUUGGGAUUGCAGCAUGUGGGGAGAGGAGGUUUAUCCCUGUCUUCCGGUGCCGCAAAACACACAGACGCUGCAUGGCUACAAGGCUUAGAAAAUAAUUCCCACCUCUCUUUGGAGUGAAACAUUUUAUUUGCAGCUGUCUCCUGAGUCCUUUCUCUUUGCUGUCUCUGCAGCUGAACUACAGUGCGGUCUUCUGACCUACCCCGCUCUUAUUUGAAGCCCUGUUUCUUAUCUGCAUCCUUUAAUAUGAUCUACACAACUACCCAGUUGCCACUGUGUUUAAAUUCCACAGCUAUGUUUUUCCCCCCAUUUCAACUAAGUGAAGGGAGCAGCAAGAAACAUUCACGCAGCUCUGCGUGCUGCUGCUGCUUCCACCACUUUAUCAGACACUGUCCUGCACAUUCUAGAACCCUGACUUUCCAGGGUACUGAAACAGACAGGGAACCCCAAUGAGUAUAGGAAACUAUGCAAUUGAGACAUUCACCCUCCACAAGUUGGAUGGUGACCAGUAUGGCCAAAAGAGACAGAGCUACUGCCUCCUUCCCUUUUCCUGUAGUAACGUAACACUUAAGCCAGGCAUAGGCAAACUCAGGCCCUCCAGAUCUUUGGGACUACAAUUCCCAUCAUCCCUAGCUAACAGGACUAGUGGUCAGGGAUGAUGGGAAUUGUAGUCCCAAACAUCUGGAGGACCGGAGUUUGCCUAUGCCUGACUUUAGCCAUUACAAUUAUCUUGUUAUGUGAAUAGGAAGGUGCUUACCCACCAUAAACAAAACUUUAAAAUUCCAGCGUUAGGAAUGUGUCCUUUACCUUCCAAGAUUUUGGGAUGUUUUGUUGUCAUUCAUAUAAAGCGUAGGUUGUAUUAUUUAAGUUAGAUUUGUCCAUUUUGCUUUCUCCCGAUUUCCUGUUUUUCCAGUGUUCAACUUGUCUUGGUAAACGAGAAAAGGAAGAGUACCAUGAGGCUAGUAACAUUGAAUGUAAAAGAGGCAUUAGCUGCUUUGUAUAAUUAUUAGAAUAUUAGACUUAGAGGACAGCUUCCAAGAAAGUUAAAGCUCAGGUUGCUUGGGUAUUGAAGUUUGAAUACAUGUAGUUUUCAUUCUCCAAGUCUUACAUCUGAUGUAUUUGUGCAUGUCACCUGAAUGAGUACUUUCCAUUCCCCCCCCCUCCACUCCUUGCGGUCUUAUAUGUGUCUUAGGAGUCAGAAUUAGGACAAACCUAUGAUCCACAUAUAGGGAUGUGGGUGGUGCUGUGGUCUAAACCACAGAGCCUAGGACUUGCCGAUCAGAAGGUCGGCGGUUCGAAUCCCCACGACAGGGUGAGCUCCCGUUGUUCAGUCCCUGCUCCUGACCACCUAGCAGUUCGAAAGCAUGUCAAAGUGCAAGGCAGGAAGGUAAACGGCAUUUACGUGCGCUGCUCUGGUUUGCCAAAAGCAGUUCUGUCAUUCUGGCCACAUGACCCAGAAGCUGUCUGCGGACAAACGCCGGCUCCCUCUGCCUAUAGAGCAAGAUGAGCACCGCAACCCCAGAGUCGUCCGCGACUGGACCUAACGGUCAGGGGUACCAUUACCUUUAUGAUCCACAUAUUUUGAAGACACUACAAUGGCAACAAGUAGUUUUACUAUAUACAGAUGAAUGCAUGAAAUUAUGUUCACAAACACAGUUUAUAUAGAAACACUAGGACUUAAAAAAAUAGCAUGUAUUAUUUAGGCUAUGAAAUUUUGAGUGGCACCUGUGUUGGUAUGGUAUAGUUAAAAUAAAAAAGAACCUUUGCCUCCUUAGACAAUGUUAUUGUGACAUUGGUUUUUGUGAAUUACAACACACUUUAUCAGAUGCAUGCCAUGUAAUCCUACAUUCACACAAGUGCUGAGAAGAAGUGAAAAAGUCUGUAUAUAGUAGAGCCAGAAAGUCAUUACAGUUAGGGGAUAACAGUAGGUGUUUGCUACAUUGCUAUGACGAAUCUAAUUUUUUCAAGAUAAAAUCAAACUCUGCCUGGGCACUCCAUUGCCUCUAGGUUGCAAAUCAUAGUACCCUGGCAAUAUUCCUACAUUGGUGGUGGUGGUGAGUAGCCAGGCUCAUUUGUUAUUGCCAGAAGAAAUAUAGUGAGUACUUUGCUGCUAAUACGCCUUACCAGUAUGUUUUUAAUUCUCCUUUUGCUCCCCAAUCCUUCCUCACAAUACAUGGCCUAGUACAUUUUUGUGCUUAUCUGCAAGAUCAUGUGAGAUUAGAGGAAGAAAAUCCAGUGAGUAGGCAGUUACAGGAUCACUGCAGGCAGUCUUUCAUAUGUCUGAUGCCUGACUAAAUAUUGGGAUUUUUUGAUUACAUCCCACAAAGGAAUAGAACUGAUGGCUGUAUUUUGUAUGUAAGCCUCUUUAAAAAAAUUGUAAUCACUGCAGAAACAAAAUAGGAAUUAACUUGAUAAAAAUAAACAUGUUUUUGACAAGCUAUGUUUAUGUUUAUUGCAGCUAGUUUUAUGCAUACACAGGUGUUUUUAAAAUGCUGAAGUUACGCUGACUUCCAAACCUUUGCUACCUAAUGGCCCCUCAACCCAACUCUUAUAAUCUGUUUCACAUGCAGAUAUGCCCAUUUCCAGCAUAUGAGGACUUGUUGACUGGGGUAAUAAUAUUGUGCAAGUAUUACAAGAGGAAUAGCCAAUAUAUCUUUGACAUCCACCUACAACCUUGCAUGGGGAAAUAAAAGAAGAGAGCAGUAGCUCUUUCCCCAAAACAAUUUGGGAUGAGGUGUAAGUAAGGAAAUGUUAUCUUCACAAACCCAUUGUGGAUAAGUGUACAUUUACCACAUCACAGGCUUUGCUGAUGACGAAUGAUAGCUGAUGGGGCUUGAAGACACUGUGGCUCAGUAUCCUAUGCCUCUGUAGAGUUUUGUGAAAGACUCAAUGUUCCCUGAACCUAAAAUCUGAAAACCACUGUCAUACACUAUAACCAGUCCCUCUAAUUGUUUGUUCCCUUUUUAUCACAAUUCUUUUUAACAUUUAUAUUUAUAUGCAUUGGGAUACUUUAGAAAAUAAGUUAUGUCUGACUCCUAAAUAUUGAAAUGUGGUUUUAAAUUCUUUGCAGUGUAAACAUGUGUAACGUGUUUAUCUUCUUCUAAUGAAGAUUGUGGAGGCAAAUAUUAGUUUUCUCUGAUAUUUUCUUUGUUGACUCAUCUGUUUUUAGAAGUGGAGAAAAUACAUACAUCUAUCAGUUGCCUUUUUGAGAGAUAGGUGUUGCUUGUCAUGUUACUGACUUGAACCCCCUCCACACAUGCUGUUGCGUGAAUGUAAUACAGCAAUUUAUAGAUGAGCUAGACUUUAAAUACUUAGUUUUAGACAAAAGUGAAAAGCUUCACAAAGUUGUUGGGUUUGUAUAUUCGAGUAUUAUAGUGUGCCGGAAAGCUUAAUCUCUUUAUACUCUGUGUGGAAUUGCUAGCAGUACAAGGAAUGGGUUGGCAAAAUGGCUUUUUGUAAGAUGAAAAAUACAUAUUUUCAAACUGGAGCUGGUGGAAAUAGGAAACAAUAUUGACAAAUUAAACAGACCUCUAUAUAUAAAUCAUACAUUGUAUGUUGACUGCAGUUAUUAAAAUGAAUAUUAAAUCAUUCUUUCACCGAAAUGUGUUGUAUUUUGCUAAAGCAUUAUUAGAAUUCUGCAUAAUAUUUUAAUAUGUAUUGACUAGCAUCAGCUGGAUGUUUUUCCAGUUUGAGGGGCAGUUAGAACUGAGUUGAAAAUAGCAUGAUGCUGAGAAUGGGUUCACUAAGCAGAUGUUUCGUUAGUUAUUCUGUAAUGCAAUCAGGGCAGAUCCUGCCAGUUUAGUAUGAAUACAUAAAGAGAAAAUAUCUCUCUGUAAAAAGCCUCAUCUGUUUCUAACCAUUAAAGCAAAACAACACUGAACCUGUACAUACCAGGUUCAUUCAGAUUGUGCUGGAUACAGUAAAUCAUUUUAUACACCCACAGCCCAAAGGGGUAAAUUUACAAAGCUGAUGUGUGGGAGGCUGCACAUUAAUCUGCCUAUCUUCAGUCACUGUUUUUAUUCCUGCAUUUAAGGACCUUAUCCUUGCAUGUGUUUUAAAAUUAUUUCCAGCUUUCCUUUUGUUCUCAACAUUUUUUCUACUUCUCAGUUUCUAUAGUAAGAGCAGGUAGAAUCAAGUGAGAAGGUUAUUUUAAACAAGCUGUCGGAACUCAAAAGGUUGAAAACAGUCUGUUAACCAAGUGUGUGAUGUAAAGGUCUUUGUGGGAUUUGUGCUUUUAAGCUUGUCCACAUAUGAUCUAGGAUUGGGGUGAGUAGUGAGGCAGCCACGUUUGCCGAUAACAGUAAAUUGUUCAAGGUCAUUAAAACAAAAAAGAUGGGUGGCAAAAUAACAAAUGCAGUUCAGUGUAAGCAAGUGUGAAGUGAUGCGUGUUGGGACAAAAAGGUCUUAAUUUCUCUUAAAACUCAUGAGAAACUCAGUGACUGACCAGGUACAAGACCUUGGGGUCAUGGUGGAUAGUCGACCUGUGUGUGGCAGCUUUGAAAAAGCACUAAUCCCUGGUGCAACUGCGUUUGGAAGACGGUGAACGGUUCUGGUUCCUCACCUCAAAAAGGAUAUUGUAGAGUUGGAAAAAGUUCAGAAAAGGGCAGCCAGAAUUAUUCAGGGGAUCGAGCAGCUCCUCUAUGAAGAAAGGUUACAGCCUUUAGUUUAGAGGAACGGCAUUUAAGAGGUGACAUGGCUGGAGUUUAUAAAAUUAUGGCAUGGAGAAGGUGGGUCGAGAGGAGUUUUUUUUCUUCCUCUUUCAUAGUACCAGAACUUAGGACAUCCAGUAAUGUUGGAAAGCUCAGGAUAGACAAAAGAAAAUGCUUCUUCAUGAAGCACCUAAACUAUGGAACUCGUUCCCACAUUUAAUGGCCAACUUGGAUGGUUUUAAAUCGGGAUUAGACAUUUCAUGGAGGACUAUGGUGAUGUUCCUCCCUCACUGUUGGAGGCAGUGCUUCUGAAUACCACUUGCUGGGAAUGGGCAGAGUGCUGUUGUGUUUUUGUCUGCUUUCAGGCAUCUGUUUUUGGCCACUGUUAGAACAGGAUGCUUGACUAGGUGGGCCACUGCUCUGAUCAGCAGGCUAUUAUUAUGUUUAAAACACAAUACAUUAUUUAACCACGUGUUGUUUAACUCCUAGGUUUCCUAUGCCCGUCCAAGUUCGGCAUCAAUCAGAGAUGCUAAUCUGUAUGUCAGCGGCCUUCCAAAAACGAUGACCCAGAAAGAGCUAGAGCAGCUUUUCUCGCAAUAUGGGCGCAUCAUCACCUCAAGAAUUCUGGUUGAUCAAGUCACAGGUUGAAAAACGUUUUAUUUAUAAGCACAUUUCUAAACUUGAAUUUGUUUGGAAGGUCCUUCAUUUGCUGUUUUAAUUAAAGCUCUCAAGUGCUUUCGCUCUACUUUUUCUACACAGGAAUAUAUAUAAAGGAAAUUGCAUAUUUAGAUUUGCUGACAAAGGGAGGGGAGGUUGAUAAUCAGCUGUAAUUUCCAAAUGGUGGGUUAGGGACAAAUCAGUAAUUUGGGGAAGUCUUGUAAAUGUGUGAUCAGUUGGAAUGGGGGCAGGGAAUUCUGGUUCAGGCUGAAAUAAACAUGGUUUCAUCAUAAAAACAUUUCGACAAAUAUGAUAUUCCACAUUUAUAAGAGGGAAAACAGCCAUAUGUUUACAACUAUAUCAAUUUUAAACUUUUUUUUUUUUUACCUAACUGUGUAUAGGACCAUAAAUGUUCGUAUAUAGGUGGAGUUAUUAAGGCUGUAUCUUUGUAAACAGCGCAGAGAUUACAUAAAUAGUGUGUGAAUUAUUUAAAUAAAAUAAAACAGUUGCAAUUGCAAUAGGUUUCUUUAAAGGCCAACUUAAUGCAUGCAAAGAAAUAGAGGAAAACAACAGAAUGGGGAAAACCAGAGAUCUGUUCAAGAAAAUUGGAGAUAUGAAAGGAACAUUUUGUACAAAGAUUACCAUAAUAAAGGACAAAAGUGGUAAGGACCUAACAGAAGCAGAAGACAUCAAGAAGAGGUGGCGAGAAUACACAGAGGAAUUAUACCAGAAAGAAAUGGAUGUCUCGUACACCCCAGAUAGUGUGGUUGCUGACCUUGAGCCAGACAUCCUGGAGAGUGAAGUCAAAUGGGCCUUAGAAAGCACUGCUAAUAACAAGCCUAGUGGAAGUGAUGUUAUUUCAGCUGAACUAUUUAAAAUUUUAAAAGAUGAUGCUGUUAAGGGGCUACACUCAUUAUGCCAGCAAGUUUGGAAAACUCAGCAGCGGCCAGAGGAUUGGAGAAGAUCAGUCUAUAUCCCAAUCCCAAAGAAGGGCAGUGCCAAAGAAUGCUCAAACUACCACACAAUUGCACUCAUUUCACAUGCUAAAAAGGUUAUGCUUAAAAUUCUACAAGGCAGGCUUAAGCAGUAUGUGGACCAAGAACUCCCAGAAGUGCAAGCUGGAUUUCGAAGGGGCAGAAGAACCAGAGACCAGAUUGCAAACAUGUGCUGGAUUAUGGAGAAAGCUAGAGAGUUCCAGAAAAACAUCUACUUCUGCUUCAUUGAAUACGCAAAAGCAUUUGACUGUGUUGACCACAGCAAACUAUGGCAAGUUCUCAAAGAAAUGGGAGUGCCUGAUCACUUCAUCUGUCUCCUGAGAAAUCUCUAUGUGGGACAAGAAGCUACAGUUAGAACUGGAUAUGGAACAACUGAUGGGUUCAAAAUUGGGAAAGGAGUACGACAAGGCUGUGUAUAUUGUCUCCCUGCUUAUUUAACUUAUAUGCAGAAUUCAUCCUGCGAAAGGCUGGACUGGAUGAAUCCCAAGCCGGAAUCAAGAUUGCCGGAAGAAAUACCAACAACCUCAGAUAUCCUGAUGACACAACCUUGAUGGCAGAAAGUGAGGAGGAAUUAAAUAACCUUUUAAUGAGAGUGAAAGAAGAGAGUGCAAAAUAUGGUCUGAAGCUCAACAUCAAAAAAACUAAGAUCAUGGCCACUAGUCCCAUCACCUCCUGGUAAAUAGAAGGGGAAGAAAUGGAGGCAGUGAGAGAUUUUACUUUCUUGGGUUCCAUGAUCACUGCAGAUGGUAACAGAAGUCUCGAAAUUAAAAGACGCCUGCUUCUUGGGAGAAAAGCAAUGACAAACCUAGAUAGCAUCUUUAAAAGCAGAGACAUCACUUUGCCGACAAAGGUCUGUAUAGUUAAAGGUAUGGUUUUCGCAGUAGUGAUGUAUGGAAGUGAGAGCUGGACCAUAGAAUUGAUGCUUUUGAAUUAUGGUGCUGGAGGAGACUCUUGAGAGUCCCAUGGACUGCAAGAAGAUCAAACACAUCCAUUCUGAAGGAAAUCAGCCCUGAGUGCUCACUGGAAGGACAGAUCCUGAAGCUGAGGCUCCAAUACUUUGGCCACCUCAUGAAAAGAGCAGACUCCCUGGAAAAGGCCCUGAUGUUGGGAAAGAUGGAGGGCACAAGGAGAAGGGGACGACAGAGGACGAGAUGGUUGGGCAGACUCUGGGAGGCAGUGGAAGACAGGAGUGCCUGGCAUGCUCUGGUCCAUGGGGUCACGAAGAGUCGGACACGACUAAACGACAACAAUGCAUGCAACACUUUAUUUCCUGUGGUGUUACUAACUUCCUGUGGCCUUGUGUAGUAGGUUCUUGAAACUUCUUUCCCUUUCUUCUUUUGCUUAUUUAAAUGCAAUAUUCUUUUCACAGGUGUUUCUCGUGGUGUAGGAUUUAUCCGUUUUGAUAAGAGAAUAGAGGCAGAAGAAGCCAUAAAGGGACUAAAUGGCCAGAAGCCUAGUGGUGCUACAGAACCGAUUACUGUGAAGUUUGCUAAUAACCCCAGUCAGAAAACAAGCCAAGCCCUCCUUUCCCAGCUGUACCAGUCUCCCAACAGACGCUAUCCGGGACCUCUCCACCACCAAGCUCAGAGAUUCAGGUAACAUUCUCCAAAUAAUUUAUUUUAUUGUUGUUUACCAAGUUAUAGGUUAAUUUUCAGUAUCUUAUGACUGGGAGUUCAGUGGGCCAUCUUUUUGCAGGUUCCUGAGUUGACAGAACUGUGGUUUGGCAAAAGGAAUGAUAGGACAAUCAUGUAAACAAGAAACGGAAUAUGUGUGAAUUAUUACCCCACAUAAAAAUGAGAAACAGAAUUCAUUUUUCAUUUAUACAUGGUGCAUUGAUACAAAAAGAUACAAAAGAUUAACAUAGCAGUUGGGUAAUAAAAAAUAAAAGCCCCGGUUGAGGGAACUAGAGUUACAGUAAAAAAAACCUAUGUACUUGUUGCCAUAUGCCCCAGGAUAUGAUUAGCUUGCAGCAAUCCCUUGUUAAGCAAAAGGUGCAGGAAGCAGGUUAUAUACUAGAUCUUUUCCUCUGGCAAUCAAAGUUGACAGUACUGAUCACCUGUUAGAUGUCUCUAACACAGUAUAGUUGCCCUGCUUAUGAACUACUGUUGUGGGGACUUUCCCUAUUCAUGGCAGCCUUUUGCGUAAACUUGUUUCUACAUUUGGAUUGGUUUCCAUAGAGAAAGCAUUGGUACCUAUUGGCAUUGCUUUUAAAGUGCUCAGAUAAAGUACAAAGAACACACAGCUUUAUUUCAGUAUCUGUUCAUUGAGUAUAAUACAUAUGUAGAUAGAAAUAAAUAUAAAGUGGCCUCCCUCACACAUAAUACUAAACCAUGGCUAGUUUAACCAAAGUGGCAUGUGUUUGAGUGUCAGCCCAUGGUUUUUUUCUGGUACUAUCACAAUGUGAAGCCAUGGUUUGUUGUUGACUACACAAAUCCUAGGUUGUUUUUGUUGGGAUACUGCCAGGGAGACAAAGUCCAUCAUGACUCCACGUAGCCUCCGGACGUCCAUCAAUCUCCCGUGGAUACAGUAUCAGCAAUUAGCGACACGAGGUCCAGAAAUAGCUUGCCACAUUCCAGAGCUCAUGCACACUCUAUCAGCAGAAUUCACACAGCGAAAGAUGCACGCAGGAGAGCAUUAUUUACAAGUUUAUUCAGCGUUGGUCAGAACAAAGAAAACAUGACUGCCUGUGUCGGUGUCUCAGGCACAGAGAUAGAACGAAAGCAAAGACACAACAGAAACAUCCUGUGAACAGGAAAUACGCAGGCUGUGACACAAACAUCCUGCUCCCUUUUAAGGUGGAACGGAGAUAUCCUAACAGUUUUAACUGUGGUUCAAUGUUAUGUCCUCUCUCUCAACAGUCUUGCCUAAUGAUGGUUUGUUGGCCACCUUUCCUAGACGCUUGCCGAACUGUGGCAGCAAGAGCAGCUGGAAUGUAAACCCAAGUUCUGGGGAAACAAGCCAUGCCUUGUUUACUUGUCAGUUGAGACAAAUUGAUAUCUGCUUAAACUAACCAAGGUUAAAACAAAACCACAGUUUAGCAUUCUGUGCAGAUACAGAAUUCUGAACAGAAUAUUCACAAAUUGUUUCACAUUUAAAGCAUUUACAGAACACUUCUUGUUUUUUCUGAUGAAGUGUGAUGGAUGUUACAUUUUUAUUUUAAAGUUAAUUCUUCUGAACAAUGCAGCUAAUUUCAGUUCGUUAUUUUUUGCCUACAACCCUGACCCCUUGGAAAACAAAAACCCAUUUGCCUAAUACAUUAAUAUGGAAAGCUCCGUAUUUUUAAAGUUGGGGAGGCCUUUAUACAUGCUACAUUGUGACUGCCCAUCAUACUAAACAUUGUCAACUUUGUUUAAUGAUCUGAUCUGAAAAAUGUUAGGAUAAUCUGCUCUGGCUUUUAGGCAUCAAAAAUAAUUUCUCCCAACAAAAGAAAAAUGUCUACAAUUCACAAUGCUAGUACAAUCCUAAACGGCUGCCACCAGUGUAUUUUUUAUUAUUAUUUCUAUUUACAGGUUUAAUGACAAUGGAAAGGUAAAUAGUGGAAAUCAUAGCAAAAGUUACAAUUUCAGGCUAAUAUAGUGUGCAGAAGCAAAACCGCAAGGGAAUUCUUCUGUGAUGAAUCAAAUUGUAAGAUGGUGGAAUGUUACCUUUUUUCAUUACCAGCACAUUUUUAAAUGUCAUUUGUUUAUUGUGGAAGUAAAAGCAGCUCUAUGGCUGCUGAUUCAUUAGACCCGCUAGAUGUACAGGAGUUGAUGUUACAAAUUUCUUCUUUGAAAAUGGAGCAUUAUUAAUAAAAGUUCCAUUGAGCAAUCUUGCCAUCUGUGAGACAUUAACCCAGAGACCCUCCUUCUCUUUUCAGGCUGGACAAUUUGCUUAAUAUGGCCUAUGGCGUAAAGAGGUAAUUAGAAUUGAACAGAUUGCCAGAUGUCCAUGUUGGCACAGAUUGGUGCUAUAAUUUUUUUUUUAAUCACUAACUUUAUUUUGUUUUUAAUUCUUUCCUUUUUUUCCCCCCACCAGCAUGCCAAAUGUUUUCUGUCUUUUCGUUUGGACUUCAGUUCGUUUUCUUUAACACCAUGCACAAACACACACACACACACAAAUAGUGUGUGAUUUUUGUGCGCAUGUUCUACUUUUUCUUUUGUUACAGGUCUUCUAAGAUGGUUUAGGUGCAACAGCUACAAGCAUUCUGAUUUCCUAAGUGUAUUGUUAAAUGACUCUUUAAAAGUCUCACUCAAUCAGAGUUUAUUAUAACAAAGAUUUGGUGUCACUGGGCUUAUCGUGUGAAAUUGUCACUGAAAAUGUGACUCAAACCCAGUAUUGUUUAGAAAGGUAAGGGAGCUGCCCAAGUUUCAUAAAACGCUGUAACUGUGUGCACCUUAAUCAGGCCUCUUAUUUUCUUUGUUGCAGGUUUGACAAGUGUUUCCAGUAAUUUGGAGCUUGUGGUUUGCCUUCUUUUAAGUUAAAUUGCUUGUUCUGAUUUUUAUUUCAUAGUGUCACUACUGGAAAUUUGAAAAUACUGUCCUGAUGGCAUGAAACUGUUACAUUAGUAUGACUUCUCUGUUAAUAAUCCACAUACAUCAGCACAGAGGUUAAAGGACUGUUUCUUACAUUUAUAAUCCAAAAAUGCUGUAUGUAUAGCCUCUCACCGUAUCAUGACAUGGAACAUACACAGCUGUGUGCACACAUGUCCAAUUGUGAUCCAUCCAUGUUGAAAAAGUAGGGUGUGACAAAACAGGCCCACCCACUCCAGUCUUUGAGAUGGGGUGGGCUGCAAGGCACUCUGUGGAUUUCCAAGUAGGACAGAAAUUCACCAGUGGGGAAGCCCCCUCUCCUUGACACCACAUUUGUCACAUCCACAGAAGAGAAUUUGAUCAUUAGCAUUUGCCAACAUUCCUGCGAGGUGUGAAUGGGGCCAUUCUCCUCCAGAUGGCAGACACAGGAGGGGACAUCCCCAAGGAGGGAGAUGCUUUGGAUGUGCUUUUGCUUUUUCAAAAAAUAGAUUUUAUUGAUACAUCAGGACAACAAUAAAAUGGAGGGGGGCAUAAAUAACAUAAAAUUUUGACUUCCUUUGGAUGCGAAUUGAUCUCUCCUAGUUAAUGACAUGAAAAUUUCUGGGUGCAGAUAUUUUCUUAAAAGGACAGCGUGAGGUGGGUUGGGGGCUAGCUUUUUAUUACAGGGUGUAGGUAUCAGAAAUAUAGAAUGCCACCCACAGACUGCAGGUAUAAUAUUUCAUGCUGCAUGUCAAUACUGUAUGCACAGUGUAGGUGCAACCACACACACGCAAUAUUUCUGGAUUGUAGCUUUGAACCAGCACUUGGUCUGCCUUAUGAAAUCACACAGGGUGGGGCAGCCAUGCUCCCCAACAUUUUGAGAUUUUCAGCUGUUUUAUACAUUCCCCAAGUCUUUCUGAUCAUUGUACUCCUGGCAGGGUUAAAAAAACAUUCCUACUGCACUUUAGAAGUAACAGAGUACCUAUUUUUCCUGCACAGAUUCAGUUGAGAGUGCUCACUUCAGAACUUACCACCUGGUGCUUGAAAGGAUGAACUUAAACUAGGGUGGUUAAGCAGUUUUGCUUGAAUAAUCUCAGCGUUAAACUUUGUUCCUUUUUACCUCCCCGCUUCCCUUGAUUUCUGGGGUGGUUGUGGCGCACCAGUUACAAUCGGCUUAAAUUGCAUGCUACUGAAUACUACCUCCCCAUGUGAUUUCAGGUGACCAUGUGGUAAGUUUUUAAGCAGCUACCAUAUAGUUUCUGGACACUGGAAUCCAUCUAGAUCAGGGUGCUAAUGUGAACUAAAACUCCCAUCAUCCCUGACCAUUCACCACCAUGGCUGGGCCUCCCAAAUACUAGAGUCCACAACAACUGGAGGGUGUCCUGCUGACUACCAGGACCUAGAUAUUAUAUCCAUGUAGGACAAAGAUUUGCAUGAAGCAGUCUUUAGUUUUCAUAACUUGUCAUGUUAAUGGUAUAGCAAGUAAUAAGUCUAGUAAAUUACAGAAAACAAAAGUGCUUGCUGCCCUCUGUGGGGGUCAACAGUUGUGGUUCAGCUAAGCUAGCCCCACACAGAUUUAAAUAUAUCUAUGUAAAGAGACAGAAUUCACACAUGUAAUACACAUUCAUAUUGCACACAACAUCUUAGACAGGAUAGCAAUGCUUUUUCUAGGGCCUCAGUAGUUUCAAAUAAAGGUACUUGGUAAUUCACUGAUGCCUGUGUGAAUACAAUAGAAAUGUAGAGUUGGAAGGGACCCCGAGGGUCAUUUUGUCUAGAAGUCUGCAGUGCAGGAAUCUCAUCUAAAGUAUCCAUAACAGAUGGCCAUCCAACCUCGGCUUAAAAAUCUCCAAGGAAGGAGAGCCCACUGCCUUCCGAAGGAGUUAGUUCCACCGUUGAACAGCUCUUACUGCCAGAAAGUUUUUCCUGAUGUUUAGUCAGAAUCUUCUUUCUUGUAACUUGAAGCCAUUGCUUUGGGUCCCAGCCUCUGGAGCAGGAGGAAACAAGCUUGCUCCAUCUGCCAUGUGGCAGCCCUUUAGAUACCUUUGAUCGAACCAAUUAAGCUUUCAUCAGGCAAUAAAGGUAGUAGCUACAACCUACUCAGAUAAAACCAUGUACUAGAUCACAACGUAAAGAAGACUUCAUUUGAUUUCAGGGUGCAGCCAAGUUCUCCAAGGGAACCACUAAUACACACUCAAUUUCAGUUCCUUAUAUUGAGUUCAGCAGCUGUUGUUUCAGAGGCAUUUAGUAGUGCUUUUUAAACUGAACGUUACGCCGUGUGCUGAAUGUGCGUUCUUCACUGCAGAGAAUUUAACAGGCUCUUUUUCUUUCCUUGGUCUUGGUUUUAUGUAACGUAUGCUUGAAAACUGAUCUGUAGAUUAGCCCUCCUCUCUUUUUUUGUCUUUUGUCUUUGUUAAUCCGAUAGGUUUUCUCCGAUCACAAUUGAUGGGAUGACGAGCCUUGUAGGAAUGAACAUCCCUGGCCAUACUGGGACUGGGUGGUGCAUCUUUGUCUACAACUUGUCCCCUGACUCCGACGAAAGUGUCUUGUGGCAGCUCUUUGGCCCCUUUGGGGCAGUCAAUAACGUCAAGGUGAUUCGCGACUUCAACACCAACAAGUGCAAGGGAUUUGGCUUUGUCACCAUGACCAACUACGAUGAAGCUGCCAUGGCAAUUGCCAGCCUUAACGGAUACCGCUUAGGAGACAGAGUAUUGCAAGUUUCCUUUAAAACCAAUAAAACCCAUAAAUCCUGAAUUUCAUAUCCUUAAUAAUUAUUAUAAAUAUAUAUAUAUAUAAAUAUAUAUACGAACAAACAAACAAAAAACUUUCAAGGCUUAUACUCAACCAUGGACUUUUAUAAGCCAGUGUUGCCUAAGUAUUAAAACGUUGAUAUCCUGUGAACAGGAAAGGAUUUUAUAAUGCUUAGAAAAAAAAACAAAAAACCUUUGAUGCAUUGAAUGUUCUUUCAUAGCUGUCGUUGUUGAAUAUAAUAUACAUAGAUAACAAUGUGCAGGGAUUUUUACCCGGCCAGCUAGUUUUACUACCUUCCUUGAAGGUGGGUCUUUUUAAGAUGACCAUUCACUCAUUUGAAAAAUAAAUAAAUAAAUGAAAAAAAUCUAAAACCAUUUUUACAGACUAAUGGGAUUAGCAGAUUUUGCUCUCUUUUUUUUCCAAAAUGUUUGAUCCAAUCAGAUUGGUAAACCCCCAACAUAAAUUAAAGAGGAACAAUAAAAAUUGCAAAAUGAAAAAAAAGAGAAACAUAAUUUUGCAACUUUUUUAUUUUUCCUUUUUUAUUUUAUAUCAUGUGAACUAAACAGUCUUCUGUUAGGGAUAGGGUAAAAGGGGGGGGAUACCUGAUGACAUAACAGUUUAAAUAACAUUAACAAUGUUGCCAAAGAGGUGGUCUCUUUGCUGAAAAUGGGUUUCAAGAAAAAUCUAUUUUUAUAAAAUAUAAAGAAUUUUUACAAGAGAAUCUGGAUUUGAGAAAAAAAUAUUUUGACUGGCUAAUUUAGGGGAAAUUGACAACUUUGUCAUGUUCAUACUGCACUGGUAACUUUUUAGAGAUCAAGAUGUGUGUUUUAAACUGGAUUAAGUAGAUUGUUUUUUGAAGGAUGGGCUACAAACAGAUGAUCUUCGUAUCUUUUCAUAGCAUGUAAUAAAAAUAUUAAAUACAGAACGGGAGAGUGUUCUUCCCAGGCACACAGUUACCCACAGUCAAAACCCAAAAGCAAGGAGAUGAGUUGCAGGAUGGUUUUUCUUUAAGUCAUCAGUAUGGGAUAUCAGCAGAACAAAAGUUUUGGAAAAAAAUUAAUUUUAAUCAAAAAGUUCCUUUCUUUGAGCAGUAGGUGCUACAAAAUUAUUUACAUAUCUUAGUAUCAUAGUUAAAUGUAAUGUGUUUAGAGGGGAAAAAAGUACAUUUGCUUUAAAUUUGUUAAGAAUUUUCAGAUUCACUUUCUAGCCCAUACUGAUAUAAAUUGGGCUGUGUGGGCACAUUUGAAACACUCUUUACGUUGCUUGAAACACUUAUUUAUUUAAUUGCUGAUGUGACGCAUAUGCCAAAAUCAAAUAUUGCUAGUUUGGCUAGUCUACUUAUUUGUUUACUUAAACUAUGGGAAGAAGCAUAUUAUUGUGUCAUUUUGUUGUGUGUGUAUGUGUAUAUAUAAUAUAAAUAUAUAUAUAUAUAUAUAAAAAGAAGUUAUUUUUUUCCUUUUGGUUAACUUAUUCUAAGUUGUAACACUUUGCUAGUUUCGUUUGUAUAUGUCUUAAAAUGUUUUCUUAAUGAUACUUAAGUGGCAAGAGGUAUCAAGGUAACCUGUGUAGAAAUAUUGUUUGAUAUAUUGUCAUGUUUGUCGUGAAUAUUAUUUUUUUUUCUUACUGCACAGUAGAAAACAACAACAACAACUGGGUCUUUAUUUUAAUGUAAUUCAGAUUGGGGAAAACAGAGCUAAGGGAACAAAAUGACUGAGGGAGUCCUCUCCCAUGUUCAGUGCACUGAUCCUUUUCGUAUGUUUGUGCUUUGUAUGGUUAUAUAUUUAAAAGAAAAAAAAGUCAUGCUCUUCCCUGAGUACUAGAAACAGUUACUCGCUAUGCAUAAUCUAGUUGAUAGUUAAAUUUGCUAUUGCUUUUCUUGUCUUGUUAUAUACAAUUUUUUCAAUACCAGUUUAGUCUUAAUGGUAAUAAAACGUUAUGGUUCUUUAUAACUUGUGCUUAUUUUGUGCAUUCCCCCCCCUCCCCGCCCCAUGCUUAUACCCACUAACUGCAUGUAAACUACAUACUGGUUUUAUUUCAUUUAUUUAUUUUCCACACUGAAGCAGCAAACAUUUUGUAGUACAAGAAUAAUUUAACAGCAAAGGCUGUGCAUCCUAAAUGUCAUCAGUUCAUUUACAUUUUGAAAUGAUUUUAAAUUUCAAACAAAACAAAACAAAACAAAAAAACUGAAAAUGCCCUCAUUCAAUGUUUGGGGAAAACCUUUCUACACCAUCUGCUGUGAAUGAGCGCAGUUUGCUGGGAAAGUUUUGAUGCAAUUUCUAAGCAUUAGUGGGGAAGGCAUGUCAGAAUCUUUUCUCUACAAUGUGUUUUACUAUCUGAAAUUUAAAAUAAAAAAAUCUUUCUUAGGACCAGGCAGUUGUAUAUUUUAGUUAUAAUGUAUUACUUCAUGUUUAACUUGCUAGUUUAGAUCAUUUCUGAGGG